UGUGACUGGAUCCUGUCGCGCGUGCCUCGUCGGUCCAUUGCUCGGUGCGCUGUUUAUUUGUGUCCCUACUGCCUUUUCCCUGCAAAAUGGAGCUCUGUGGAAACUAUUAGGUGUGUACGUCCUCGCGUCCUCGUCGUUAGUGUUGGAGGAUGAUCCACCGGAAGCUUAUUUUAUCCCAGGUAGGUUCGCCCUCAUUGUUGCUGUGUAACGUUAGAUGAUACAGCCUAUGAUAUCAGUCUCCAGCAGCGGCCCGGCGCUCUGUAGCCUGUCAUUCACUGUGACAUUUUCUCCCGUGGAGAGGAAACCACACGCUAAAUUGCGCUCAUAACGUCAAGCGAUUUAGAGAAAUGUCGUUAACGGAGAGGAUAUUGAAACAAACAGGGGCUCUUCCUCAAGUAUAGGUCACAUACCCUCAAGCAGCAUCUUGGUGAGAUUGUUUAUCUGAGGUGAUUCACUGGACGUCUGAACGCGUUUCUACUCUUGCUUUAUUUUGUGAUGCAGCCAGCAAGCCACGCCAUUCCUCAAAGUUGGCGAUAUAUCAAAUGAAAGGCAAAAUUGAGUCGUUGUUAUGUUUUGGACGUGUGCCGAAUGAAAGAGUGAGCAAGGGUAUGAGUCAGUCUUGAGUCAUCUGUCGUUUCAAAUUCAAUUUUCGCCUGCAAGCAAUGCAACACUAAAUCAAUUUGGAGGAUGGGUUUAGUGUGUUGUAUUGGCAGGGGCGAGUCCAGAUGAGUAGUCCGGGGUGGUUAGGCCCCCCUGACAUCCCAUUGGUCACUACUAUGAUUGGUUAUUUGCUUAUCUUUGCGUUGUGAUGCUCAAGAAGGUAUUUUGACUGUCUUGCAACCGACUGCAAGUAUUUUUCUUUGCACUUAAAGGUACAGUUGGUUGUAUGUUAAGUAUGAAUGGACUUGGUGUAAAAGGAAUAUACUGGCGUAAGUGUGUUUAACCCUUGGAUCUCCCAGCUUAAUUUAGCUAUUUUUGGUCCGCCUGGUUUUUUAUUUAGUAAAAAUUUGUAAAAAUAUUAGUAUUUGGUAAAAAUCUAUGUAGCAACUCUAUCCUUUCAAGCACAGCAAAUAUAUACACAUCUUUUUUUCAGGAAAACCUCAGCUGUCAGUUGAUGGGUGCAAAAAUUAUGAAUAUAAAUGUGACAGUAGAUUCAGAACCAGCAAAGUCAACCAAAAAACAAAAACUGAAAUUGAUACCAACAAUACUUUGCUCAAAAAGCACAUGAAACUACAGUGACCAAGCCUUUCCUCACCUGCACAUCAUUCUCUCAAGUCUUUGUUAUCAGGAGAAGAAAUAUUGGGAUUGGAACAAACACACAACAGAAACAAUUUACAUAUUUACACUAAUUCUUCCAGGCGUCUCCACGUCUCCGAUCAAACACCUAUUUUUGUGGCUGGAUUUUAAACCCUGUGGGAGGUGUAGAAAUGCCUGGAAACGUUUGAUAGAUCGCCAAAGGGUCAGCUUUUGAACACCUUUCAUCCCAUAGAGAUACACGUUAUAGUUCCUGAGAAACUGUAAACAAUAUUAAUGCCGUCAAGUAAGAUCGCCGGCGAUCCAGUGAGUUCUAAGUGUUAAAUCAGUGUUCAUUUAGUUAAAUAGUUUUUUAAAAAGUACAUAAAAUUAGCCCUACAGUGCAGGUCCUGUUCCCCUCACACUCUUUUCUGUAGUGACAUAAAGUGGAUGAAAAAGUAACAGGCAUUUUUCUGUGCAGUGAGUGAUAACCCAAAAUACACUGGUUGGGAGAAGAAUAAUGGAAUGGUUGUCUCAUACAAGAGAAUUUGUAAUAAUAGAUAUUUUUGAUGGUAAAAACUUGACAAAUAGAGAGUCAUACUUGGCAUAAAUCACAGGAGUUUCCUGUCCUUCAUGGCUUCCAUGGCUUCAUGAUAGAAAGGGUGAGCAAGCUCUUGCACACCAUAUUAUCAUCAAAAAUACAAUCAUUAGAUAUGCACCUGCAUUUUUUUUUUAAAUUGUGACUUUGGGCAUGCAUCCUUUAGAGACCUUAAAGUUUUGAACUUAAAAGGUUAUCAUGUCACCACCCCAGUGUGUUGUUUUUUAAAGUUAGUGGUUACAGUAUAUUUGACAAGCGCAGAAGGAAAGAAUGCUAUUUAUUCAAGUGUGUGUCGACAUACUGUUUGUCACCCCGCUUAAGUUUCCUAAUGUUGGGCCUCCCAGUCCAGAAACUCCUUUCACAUCCCUGUGUAUGUCAGGGCCAUAGAUUUGUGUCCCAGUUCCUCUUGAUUUGGCCUGAAUUAUGGUUCCUGAUGUAAGCAUACGCUCCCCCUCCCUCUUUGUGUGGGGAUUCCCACCCUCAAAAUCCUCUUAAAUACUGGAGCAACGCACAGUGGGUGUAUUUUCUCUUUUGUUUUCCUUUGUGUUGCGGUGUCAUGCAAAUCAGUGGCCUAUAAUACAUCAAAUAAUGGACAAGAUUGAGGUCUGAUGAACGAACAGCUGCUAGGACAAAAGUUAUUUCAUGUGCAACACUUCUUAAAAUCUGGCCUGUAUUCAACAUUGAAUGUUGGUUACCAUUUUUUCAUGAAGUGGGUGAAGAAUCUUCUCUUUGGUGAGCAUCAUUUAACAAAACAGAUUUCGCUACUUUCCGGGGGGAAAAAAGAUGUGUCUCGGGUGGAAGCGAGAAGACUGACUUAACAGCAGACUGACUGUUUUUCAGUUUUGAUUAGACACUAGUGUUGAGAUGACUGUCUGUCAUGAUAGCAUGUACUGAGUUGGGGCCAGUACCAGAUAAGCACAUUAAACUAUAAUCCAUAAACGUAAGGUAACAACCGAGACCCAAUGGGGCUGUGACAGCAAUGAGAUUAAGUUUAAGACAGUGAAAAUACAUAUGGUAUGUUGUAUCUGAGCUUACAAGUUUACGAGCUAAAGUUACUUAGCACGGAUGAAAGUUAAAACAAAGACAUUUAGAAAACUGUUAAAGCACACAAACCAGCGUCAUAUGAGAAAUCCGACGCUAUGAGUCUCCACAAGUUGUCCUUCAGGUCAUUAUCUUUGUAAUGUUUGUGUUUUUUUUUUAUCAAAAGCACUCUGUUCUCCGACACAUAAACAAUCAGCCGGUUCUCCACGUUGUAUUUGUGGUGUUUCUAGACUAUGUCCCUCUUUUAAAAGUAGGCAUGGAUAGAACUCUAAAAAGCCUUUUGCAAAGCUGGAUCAAUUAAGAGUAUAUUCCCCUGUUUUAGGAUUAUGCCCUUUAUAUUAAUACUUUCUUUCUCUAAAUUUUGAUAACAUCUCUUCAUUGGAGCGUCACAAUUUUUUUCAAAUCUUGUAAGUUGAAGUUAAUUUUUGUAUUUUUUUGGUACAUUUAUAUCAAGAAAGUUUCUCCAAGGCUGUAAUUGUGUGUGAAUUUAAUUUGAUGUCUUACAACCCCGAUAAAGGCCUCAAGCAAAAACACAUUGGUCUAUCCAUAAAGUUGCUCUUUUACUUCAAGAGCUGAGUGAAUUUUGACCUUUGUUGACUGUUUUCCCUUCUCUGUGCACCUUGGAAGUAUAUGAAGUUGUGCCAGACUCCUCCACUCAAGCUGAACAAAUGCAACAUAUCCAUGCAAUUCCAUCUGUGACAUGAUGUAGAAAAGCUUAGAGUGCAGAAUAACAUCAGCAGCAACAAUCUGCUCAGAAUAAUUAUAACAACAGCAUUAAAAAGGUGGGAUGUCUCACUGAAAAUAAUGUCUCAUAGUGAUCUAGCAGUGGAUGUUUCUGUACAGAGCAAGUACAGAUCACACAAAUUAUUGAUCCUGGAUGAGGAUAUGGCUACAAUAGAAAAAGCUUUAAAUUGUUGGCAACUAUGCUUUGAUGGAUAUAAAUAAACUUGGUUUUAAUACAUAGUCCAAGUGCGGGAAAUUCUACUCACUCAGUGGGUGUUUAUUUCUGAACAUUGUAUUAGCCACAUACUUUAAAAGUAUGGGUAAGUAAAGUAAGUACAGUUGACUCAGCUGAGACAUUCAUCACAAUAGCCAUGAAACACCACAAUCAUAUUCCGAUUCUCGACAAGGCCAAUUUAUUUAAACUGAAGUGGUCAUUAUGAGAGUACUUUCUCUUUGUGUGGAUCAACCAAUCACAGCUUUGAAGGCAUACGUCUUACCUAGCUACAGACGAUUCUUAAUGGUGGAGUUUGCUUUCGUCCAAAUGUUCUGAAAGGAGCUAUUUGACAUUUCUUUAAGAAACUCAGAAAGAGCUGGAUCCAGUGAAAGACCAUAUAACGUGUGAUGUUUGCUAAAACAAGCUAUACUAUACCUGCCCCUGCCUUGUCACACCUGCCCCCUGAUUGUUCCCCCUACCUGUCUCCCAUCCCCCUCAUCACCCCUUGUACUUAACCUCAUGUCUCCCACAGUCUCGUCACCAGUUCGUUUCACGUUCAAGCACUUCUAGUUAUCACAGUCUACGAUAUCGACCUUGUUAGUUUUUGACCCUGCCUUUGGACACAUCUGCCUGUUAUUCUGCCUUAUUGUGUACUGAACUUGGACUGCUAAUAAACCUGUCUUUUGCAUGUUGGAAACUCGGGUCUGCAUUUGAGUCUUUUGCCACAACCUGCACUGAUCUUACCUCUUUUUGUGAAUGUUUGUAGAAUGGCUUCUGUCUGUCUCAGAGAUAUUUUAGCUUGCUUUUACUGUGCUGGGACGUUAUUGUAGCAACAGAUGAACACAUAACGUGUUUUGGUCGACUUCAUCCUUCUUGUAACUGAAAUAAUUCCAGAUAGCUGAUGUUGCUUUUCUUUUUGGCAACAAGUCUUCAUUUUCAGUCGAUUUCUCUUGUUUGUUUCUCAUUUUGCGUUUGUUGUUGUUAACGUUGUUGUGCUGAGAAACGCAUGCCCUCCGAGAAUUGCAUCCGCCUCUCAAAACGUGCACCACUUAUAGUAGAGUGGUCCACUGAAAUGUACAAUUUAAAACCCAUACAAUUCUUAUUUGUGGGGCUAAACUGUGAUGAGUAAUGUUCCGAAAGUCAUUCUCAGUGCACACGUGUUUCUUGGCACAACAUCAGCAGCGCCAGCGACUCGCUCCACAUGCAGGGGCAUGGUUUCCUCGUCUCUGAUUUUGAUUGAUGGCUGGCAGGGUAGUCUGAUUGGCAACUGAAUAAGUCCUAAUAAAGUCCUUAAAAUGUCCAGGGUUUUCUAUGGAAGUUUCAAGUUUGUGUUGGGUUGACUUACUGAGUUAGAAGGGCAUAAAAGACACUUGGUCCCACCUGAAAAACUCUCAAAAUGAACUACGCGCAACUUUUGGGAUUCAGAAUAUGGUCACCCUAAUCUGUGGCCCAUUUGCUUAGUUUAUCUUUGAAUAAAUGGUUUGGUGCUGGCUGGAUAGUUGCAGGUCUUGCAUCUUCAUCAUCACUUAAAAUGUGCAUGUUAAGAAAAUGCUGCUCAUGUUGGUGACCUCAACUUUAAAGUGCAAGGCAAAACUUUAGAGUUUUGCUCCAAAACUUAACUGGGCGACUACUUAAUGGGCUCAAGUUGUUCAGCAAAUUGUAGGUACUGAUCAUAUUAAUGCACAUCAUUGCACCUCAUCGGAUGCUUACGUUUCAAACCAUGUUAGUGCAAAUUCGAAUGAAAGAAAUCACAAAGCACUUCUUGUAUUAGUGAGACAAGACUUGACUUUUUAGUGUGCUGUCAGUGCAAAAAGUUGUGUCUUUGGGGUUUCAAGUUUUUAAUGAGGAAGAAAUGAAUGUCUGCUCAGUAAAUUCAGGGUUUACAUCCAAGGUAAGAUGUAGGUCUGAACUCAACAUUUUGGCACUGAUAGAUUUUGCACAGUCAAAAGCCCUACAGGUACGUAAUGCAGUUUGGGCACACAUCAAAGCUGCAACGCACAAAAUCAAGUUAAGCAUCAGCUUUUACCGUCCUUUUGAUGUUUCGCUGUCAUGUCAAGCCAGAGAAAGCCAUGUGAGAGGAGAUGGGGAAAUUAAUUCAGCUGCUCUUUUAAUCAUUUUUAAUUCAUCCCUUUCCUUUUUUAGGCAAAUAUGCCAAACCAUAACUGUCUCUGAAUAUUCACGUUAAAAUACACCAUUUGCGUCUUUUACUUGUCAAGCAUGAUAGUAAAAUUUACAAAACUGGGGUUUCAAAGUGUGGGGAAAAAACUCAUAAAAUAUUCAAACCUUGGCCCGGGAGUAGAGAUUCAGAGUUCACUCUUUGUUUUUUGGCUGAGAUCAAACUGUUGUGCUGUCAGUACAGAAAACGAUCCUCGGAUGAAUCAUUAAGGAGAAAGAACACAGUGCAGAUAUGCUGAAGUAAAAACAUGAAAUAUAUUUCAGUGAUAUUAUACCAGGAAUGAGUCUAACUGAGCUUUCAGUCGUCAGUCUCUGUAACAACAUCUCAGUUCACAUGGAUAUGCUGCAGGCUGCACUCAUCGUACAGUGCUGUAUAUAGAGUUUGUAUUGAUUUACAGUGCAGGGCAGCGUUGUACUGGAGACACUCUGGAGAUUGAAUGCAGCUGUAUGUUGGAGGAGUGAUGUGAUGAAGUGUUGAUUGUUUUAUAUUUGAUUGGAUGUUAAUUUAGUCUUCUGAAAACCAAUCUUUGAAUAUUUGCGUUUUUUUUUUUUUAAAGCAGCUGCAUAAAAAAUUGUUUUAAAUGACCUCAAAGUGAUUGAUAGUUGCCAUGGUUACAAAUUCGAACAAUUGUGGAUACUUUUUGUGAGAGCUUCACAGAGCCAAACGGUUUAUUCAUUUUCUAUCCGAGAAGUGUUCACCAUAACCACAGAGUGACCACAUUACAAUGCUGUUGUGGUUUUGGACUAUAUUCUAGAGUGGAUAUAGGGGUGGACGAUACAGCCUGAAUGAAAUUUAGAGUUUUUACCACAAAACUUGGAUCAUAGUUUUAAUUUGUCAUUUUUAUUUCUACGUAAAAAGGACUAAUAAAAAUGACAAAGAAAUGUCCCAAACGUUUUUUUUAGCCUUUGCUGACCUCUAAAGUCGUCACUAGUGCUGGGUGAUAUGGCCUCAAAUCAAUAUCACGAUAUAUUGAGCAGUUCACCUCAAUAACGAUAAGUGUACAAUAACUACUCCACAAGCUGCUCACCCCCUCCCACAUUAAUUUCGUCUACUUCAGCUGUCUACUUUAACUGUCCUCCAUCUCCUUACCUGUCUUUUCCCCUUUGUUACAGACUGGAUGGGGUGGAGUCACGUCUCUGACAUAGGACAGCAUCUUAAAUGGACAUGAGACAGUAGCCUACCUACACGCAUCCUAAACCAGCUUUAUAUUUAUUUUUUGACACCGAAUGUACCAAUAUGGGCAAAAUGACAUUGGUUAUUUUCGUAAAUUUUGGUGUAAAUUUUCAGUCUAUCAUCUAGCCCUAGUCAUCACAGGAGUUUAAGAUUUGGGGGAAGGAGACACUGUGCAGGGCCUAGAAUGCACUAUCAAAGUCACAUAAGGGUGCAUGGUUUGACUGGACCAUAUUCCUCAUGUAGUGAAAUAAGAUAACAUCUGCUCAAGCUUUUAUCAAUCUUUUCUCAUAUGCAGUUUCACAGAUUAGCCAGGGAAACUUGUAAAGUAAACAAGGGGAAAGCCCAAGGAAGUUGAGAAAAUACAGAUGUAAAAUGAAAUUUCACCAAACAUAUAAGGUAAUCAACAAACUUGAGUCAUUGCCUGGUCCUAGUUUUAAAAGAAUAAAAGAAGAAAAUAAUAAGCAGUAGCAGUUUCUCAGAGUAACUACAUUCAGUCAGGAGAACCUCAGGAAGAAUAGCUACUGCAUAUCUUUUUUGUAACUAAUGGUGAAUCCAAAAUAAAUCAAGUCAAAUCAAAUCAAAUCUGUUUGCAACCUGAAACACGGAAAAAACAAAAUGAUCAGUUUGAUGCCCAGCACUGAGCUCUGCAACCUGACUGUCAGAUGAAAGUGACUGCUGUGUAAAAAGUGUAAACAGCCGUGUAGAUGGCAUUGUUGGUUGUUGGCUGCCACUUUGAUUCUCCAUUGCAUAGUCAAGGUCAGCCCCACAGUACAUUAGCUAAUUCCAACAACAGCCUAUAUCAGCUGAUUGCUUAUCCAACAGGCAAAUGUCAACAUUCAAAACUAUUUCAUCCAGUCUACUUUGCCUUCUUGCUUCACUUUACAACCUGCCUCUUAUUUUACCUAUACCAUAUUGCCACUAAUGCUCUGCUUUGCUCUGUUCUGUUCUUUACUGGGGUCUUUGCUGCUGCUCUACCUACUCUGUCUCCUUCAACGGUUAAAAAGACCAGGUAGUCUGCUCUCCCCGCCUAAAGGUCCUUACACACCGGGAACGACGCAAAUAUAUGAUGCGAAAUUACGAAAUAUUCAGAGGCGAAUUUUGACGCACCUGACUAUACACAUCAAGCAUGAUGCGAUUUUGCGACUUUCUGGUGGGAAAAAAGACAUGUCCUGGGUGAAAGCGAGUAGACUGACACAACAGCAGACUGACUGUUUUUCAGUUCUGAUUAGACACUAGUGUUGAGAUGGCUGUCUGUCAUGAUAGCAUGUACUGAGUUGGGGCCAGUACCAGAUAAGCACAUUAAACUACAAUCCAUAAACGUAAAGUAACAACUGAGACCUAAUGGUGCUGUGACAGCAACGUGAUUGAGUUUGAGACAGUGAAAAUACAUAUGGUAUGUUGUAUCUGAACAGGUUAGCUUACGAGCUAAAGUUACUUAGCAUAUUCAUUGGCUUUUAACCCUGCAUGAGACUCGGCUCCUGUUUUAGUGUUCUAUGGUUUGUUUUUUAGUUAUUUGUUUCUAUGUUUUUAAAUUAGUUUUUAAAAACAUUGAAGCUAUAUUUUAUUAUUAAUUCUGCUUUUAUUUUAUCCAUUGUUUUAAUUGUUUCUUGAUUGUUUUUUAUCUUGUUGUUUUGUCUAGUUAUGUACAGCACUUUGUACAGCUGUGGUUGUUUUAAAGUGCUUUACAAAUAAAGUUGAGUUGAGUUGAGUUGAGUUAAAACAAAGACGUUUAGCAAACUGCUAAAGCACACAAACUAUCAUCAUACAAGAGAUUUGAUGCUAUAACUCUCCACAAAUUGUCCUUCAGGUGUUUUUUUUAUCAUAAAGCACUCUGUUCUCCGACAUGUAAACAAUCAGCGGGUUGGCCAUGUUGGAUAUACCGGUGAAUCUGACCUCGCAACAACACGCAAUCUGUUUGGUCAGAAGUGGACACACAGUAUGCAAAACUUUCGAAAAUUUGACCGUUGUACGAAAAAAUAAAUGCCGCAAUAUCGCAAGAUAGGAAAAUGUUGCUGAUAUGAACGCUUGUAUUGACAGGAUCAGGUUUGAAAAAAAAAAAACAUUGACAUCCAAAAUAAUCGCAUGAAAAAAAAUGCUCCCGGUACGUAAGGACCUUUACACUGGUAUCACAUUUAUUCAUGUGGAAGGGCAGGGCGCUCUCAGAACAGAGCCAUACUAGUAAAUGUAAUUUAUUACAUAAGAAGGAUUUUCUCUCCUUGACAACAGUGGUCCUGGUUGGGUUUGCUGAGAUUUAGUUUAUUUAAACUCAAGGCUCUGCCAUUGACUAAUGCUGUGUAUUCUACCCUACAAGCAGUAGUCCCGGAGGAUGGUGAGUGAGUCAUCUCAACAAAUAGAGGCGAGAUUGCUAUGAAAGCUGCCCAUAGCACUGGGCAGUGAAAUACAAAUGGUUUUGGUUGUUUCCCUCAGUCUCUUUUCUUUCCACUCUUUUCCCCUUGAACAUUUCAUGUUUGGCUCUGUAGCUAAAAAAAAUUAAAGCAGUGGUACAUGGAAAAAAAAAAAACACAAACAAACAGCAGAACAUGCAAACUCCUCACAGAAAGCCUUCGUAGGUUGGACCAAAGCUCUUACAUUAGAUAAAAUAUAAUCAGAUUUUCGUCUUCCUGCUGCUAACGGCCAUAUGGCUGCUCUGUUGUAAACAAAUAGAUGUCUCAGCUUCUAACUCCCUGCUCUGGACCAGUCUGCAGUAAAAGUGGCUCUGACCUUCUCUGAAGUGAUAUUCUAACCUGCAGGUGGCUGCCAAGUGACAAAAACAAUCGUUAUAAGCAGGCGGGUAGAGAGUGUGCAUUUAUAUAUAACUGCAUAUUUUUUUCACUAAUGCAUCCAUCCUCUACUCAUGGAGGUUUCAUGUCACGCUGGAGGCUAUAUGUCUGGCUUACAUGGCCCUUACACAGAGAUAUAGAAAAAGGCUGACCCGUAAAGAAAUCUGCUGAAAGGAAAUGCUUCCUCUCACUGUGUAGGUUUGUGUAAGAAAGAAUAAGAAGCAUUAUUUCUACUUUACACAGCAAGAUGCCUAGGAAGAAGGUGGCAGUAAUGUAGAAAAGGAUUGCUUCAUUAUCUGUCCAACCCUGUUUUGAGGUCUUGGUCACAAUGGAGUAACUAAGGUUGCACUAAAGCAGCGGUUUACAACUGUGAGCAGAGCUUCCCUGAGGAGGAUACAUAAGGUUUAUGUAAAGGGAUGAUGUAAAGGAGCCUGUGGAUGCUCUAAAAAUAACAGCAAGUAGUGAUGCAGAACCAAUGAAGGCAGUUUUGGGACUUCAACACCCUCAGUGCACAUGAAUAACAUACAAAUAAGUUCAUUGUAAAAAAGCAAACAGAUCGUAUGUCAUUUUUUGUGCUGAUGUCAACAUGUAAAAUCCAAAAAUCCAAGUUUGUCAUGAACAGGCUAAAAAUAGGGUCUUGUUGAGUAGCCAACACCUCUAACAUAUUGCUGCAUCUGCUCUUUCUGAACUUUUUACAUCAUCCUCAAACUAGAAAUGAGACUCAAAAGUUGUCAAACCCGUACAGAUUUCAAAAAUGGGUUUUCGUCAGCCACAUCAGAAGUAAUUCCUAAAUAGCCUUAAUUUUAAUCUCAGACAUGUCCAUACUCCAGGAUUGAAGAAACCGUACUGCAUCACUCGCUUCAGGACAUUAUCAAGAUUAUUGAGUCAACUGCUCAAACGUUGCACAGUCUCACGCAAUCUUUCAGAAAACAGAUGUAAACCAAUCAAGACUGACCAAGCAUUAAAAAUUCAGAAGUUUAUCAUCUCUGUAUGAGAAAUGGUUGCACUUCUCCACUGAAAACUGGAGGGAGGAUUUUGGCUGUCUGUUUUGAUAUCUGUCAGCAGUGAGUGCUAGUUAACAUUAGCCUCAGGGGCUGAAAUGUUUAUCAUUGCUUGGAAACACCAUGAGAGGCUCUGUCUCCUUGCAGACUUGUCUCUUGUGGAUAUUUUCUCUCUACCCUUAGAGUCCUGACGUCAGCGCCUACAUUUUAAACUGUAAAUAUGAUACAUGUUUGACGUAAUCAAGACAGCUUUAUGGAGAAGAAGGAUUAGACUAGUUUUUUUUUCUAAAGGCCUUAAGCUAAAAACCAACAGGAUGUGCGUAGUGUCAGCAUCAUGUCCUGGUAUUGUUGGACAGCAUGCGCUAUUGCCUACUGGAAGCGUGUUUGGAGCAUAGCAACAGCGUAGCAACAGCAUAGCAACAGCGUAGCAGCAGUGCAGCGCAGCCCCUUGCAGCUGGACUCAGAAUAUAGAGAACAACAGACUCACAACAGGUUGCUUUACCUAUCUGUGGUUGAUUUCCUGCUAAUUGAGAUUUUAUCCUGUGCAUGUGAACACAUACUGCUAGUCUACUGCAUGUGAACAAGCAACGUGAUUUUAAAGUUUGGAUUAUUGCAGAUUUACUUGUGUUUAGUCCAUUAUGUUCUUCUUUGCUGUGCUGUUAUCAUCAGACAGUAAGCAGUUUUCUUGUUCUGUAGUCAAAUGCAAACAGGAAAAAAUCUGAAGACUUUAGUAGGGGGCUAUUAUGCAUUUUCAAAUUUACAACAAAAAAUGCUUCGUGACAAUGUUUGGUGUCCAUACUAUAUGUCCUAUAUAUAUGAAGGUCCCGCCCUCCUUUGCCUCUGAUUUGCUAGAAGUGCUGGGCUCCAAUUGGUUAUUCCUAAUGACUGUGAAACGUCAUUGUCUGUCGGGUUAGGGUAAGGGUCAGGGUUAGGGUUAGGAUUAGGAUGAGGGUUAGGGUUAGGAGAUUCAGAAGUGUGAUGUAUUCUGUAAUGUUCUGUUCGAUGUACAGAGCCAACAGCCAGCGUUUGGCUUGAGCUUGGAUGAUGUUUACAGCUUUUCCAGCCAAUCAGAGGCGUAGGAGGCGGGACUUUCCCCUACCGUCCUACAAAAAAAAAAAAUCGCCUUCUGGGCAGAGCGCGGUAAUGCUACUCUGCUGCUAGACUGAUUAACCACAAUAGAGGGGGCGGGCCUUGCCCUUUGCUCUCGAGCUAAAUAUUUGUUAAACUUGUCCUUCUUGGUUACUUGUCUCUCACCCUUUGCUCUAUCCCUUUUUCCUGCUGUCGCCUCUUUGCCACCACUCUCCAGUGAGGCACAGUAGAGUUUGUUUUCGGGCUGGAAGUUUGUUUUACAAAAUCAGAGCAGUGUCACAUUUUGUGAGUACAAUCCCACACCCAUAUUAUGGUCUGUAAAUUUGCACAAAAAUAGACUUCAUGUUUAUUUAAAUCCAUUCAUACAACAUGAUUUAAAUUUGAAACAUCUGAAAAAAAAAUUCUGAAGGUAUGGCGGUUUUUAUUUUGGCGUGGCAGAGAGCCAUGAUCAUUUCCAUGUAGUGGAAACCCUGCUGCUGUUGCCCGUUCUUCCUCUUCUGAACCAAAUACCAUGGGGGGAUGGCUGUUCAUUACUGAACCAUGUAUGUGGAUGUUUUUAUUUUCAGCACAAGCUUUCCCAUCACAUUUUAACUGUGUGCCAAAUAAAUAAUCUGUAAUGUUCUGUUCGAUGUACAGAGCCAACAGCCAGCGUUUGGCUUGAGCUUGGAUGAUGUUUACAGCUUUUCCAGCCAAUCAGAGAGGAUAAGUGGGCUGAUUUCCUUGAGGUUAUAGGCAAAGCAUGUAAAUGCAGCGAGUAGUUAGGGCACCAUACUUAUGUGGCACUAUAUGACUAAUGAGCUCUAUAGGGAUUUGGACAAGGCUGUGAGACAUGAGUUUGCAUGGUUUUUGUUCCUUCCUGGGCUUUUACAUAUUUGCAUAUGUGUGUCACCUGAAGCACUAAGCCAAGUCUACAAGGACAUACCAGCCUCUUCUUUUGUUGUAGUAACAGCAGUGUCGUUUUUGGAAAUCUCCUUGCAGUUGAAAUAAAAUUUGGUGUAAAGUGUUGCAGAAAAUGUAGAGGAAAAAAUUGUUUUUUAUUCCAGCCACAUGAACAAGAAUUUAAAACUUCUCGACGUCCUCAAAACUGACAAGUAUGAGCCUCAGGGAAGGGAUCUCACUAAAUUUAUCUUUUUUUCUUGAAUUCAAGGAGCUGCUAUUUAGCUGCUAGCUGACAGACCUUGAGCUGUCCUUGAGUUAACCAGCAAACUAAUAAUAAUAAAAAACUGAGUUCACCAGUAAGCUGAUCAGGCGGAAGAAAGUGGAACUUGUCAUGUUUAUUCAGUUGAUUAUUAAAUCUAAGUUAAAUUGUGUCAAGCAAAUUUUUAAAGUAAAAACACUGUUUUCUCAUAGUUGUGUUUGAAAUAAAACUCAAACAUUCAACAUCUUCACACAGAGGAUAACAAUUCAACCCUUACUCUUGCUGUAUAUCACGAUUCUGUGAUGUCCAGCCAUUCACUCAAAUCAAGCAAGUAAACACACGUCCGUGUGUCCAAAUAUGCACAAAUUCAGUGAGUUAAGGAUUUUAUUUGCACUUGGUGUGAACGCAACAUCAGUAGAAAAGGUGCCUCUGCAGUGGUGCUAAAACAUACCUUUUAUCGAUCAACUUUGUCAUCCAUCUGUAAAAUAAAAGGCUGAUAAUAAAAUAAAAGACAAUCUGCCAAAUGCAACUUAAAAUAAACAUCUUUUGGGAAUAAUAAAGGUACAAUUACAAUGGUUGCCUGGAACUUGAUUAGUGGAAGGACUGUCAAAGAAUAUUUGAGUACCCCAAAACUUGAAUAUAUAAUCAAAUCAUUCAAAGACUAGUAUACAAUUGUGAAACUGUCUUUUGACUGUUCAAGGAGAAAAAGUCCUUUAGCGCAGCUGUGUCUUUCAACUUCUGUCAUCGGUUGCUGCACUGAAAGCUCUGGGAUAGUUAAUCCUGAUUCAUGCCUUUGCAUUGGACCCAGCUUUUGCUGUAGGUCGAAGUGGCCCUCUAAGCCUAUGGAUAUAGCUAACACACAACUCCUCAGAUGCAACUACACGUCAAAAUGAUGCGGAAAGCCCUAUGAUUCAUCUGCUUGGUAGUGGAUAUUCCAGAUAGUCCACUAUCCCGUCUUCAUCCUUCACAACUGUAUUGUUUGUCUCCUUGGACGUCCAUCCUCUAUGCAGUAAUUAAAGCGUGAUCAAACAUGAAAGUACAUGAAACUCAAAAUAUUAUUCUUGGAUUCCACUGCUGUGUUUUCUGCAUCCAAACAAGGAAGUAGAAGCAUGUGCUCACGAUGGUAUAGGCACUUAAAGCGUAGAUACGGCAAAGGUCUGACGCAGAUGCCUAAACCAGGCGUAAGAGUCACAACUUGACUGAUGAUGGCAGGGAUCUUACAACCUAACUAAAUGAUUUCAACAAGAUCAUAAUAUUACAUGCAUAAUUAAGUAAACAUGGCUAACUUGAAUAAGGACAGCCAAGACAAGAAGAGGAGAGCCUGAGUUUAAACUGAGGCUUGCUGAGAAAUGUCACCUUCCAUUGAGCGUUUCAUUGUGUGUAGACUCUGAGUCACAGGCACUCAUGGUGAUCUCAAUUUGUUUGAAGAAACAGACUUUAUCUAGAGUUUCAGCACGCCAAAGGCUGCUUAAGAAUAAAUCUGUCAUGGCCCGAGCAGAUGAAUGUUUCGUGACUUGAAUGCGCAAGUGUGUCAUCAAUACGACUCUUCACUUGGAUCAUGGCGAGAUUUUAGGCAUGUAAGCAGAUUGGGCAGUAUAUGAAAGAGAUGUAAUUAAGAAUGAAACGGCUGCACAUGAGUUAUGCUUUUCUCAGGGUCAUAUCUGAGUCACACAUGAGCAAAUCCUUCGAAAAAAAGAUGUCUGCAAUCUGCAUAUUAAUGAGGACUUUGUCAGUGGCAUUUUGGUCUUCAAUCAUGAUGAAAUCUUGGUCUGUAACAAAUCACAUUUUAAACACACCAAGCUAUUCCUGCUACCAGUUACUUUGUUCGCAAGCUUGCCUCUUACGUUGCAGGAAUGUCAACAUGUGAUCAUCAGCAGAUGCUUUGUCAAUGUUGUGUGUCUUUUUUUUUUUGUUCAGGAAUAUCAUUGUUGCUCUGACGUUGUAUGUGUGCACACUACUGUAUUUCACUGUUCUCCAUGUUCCUGUUUAGAGGUCACAGUGUCUCUGUCUCUGUUUCCACUUGUCUUUCGCUCUGUGUGCUUGUUCUCCUUAAAUUUUUCAUAUUUUUAUCUGAUGAAGAUGAAGUAUGAAAGUUUGAAGGUGCUGUGUUGUUUAUUUCCCCCCCUUUGACAUAAUACUGUUGGCCAUACCUUGGAUUUCCACUUGCUACAUUCUGCUUUUUGUUUCUAUUGUUUGUAACAUGCCAUCCUUCUCCUCCCACUUCCCUCAGGUUUUGGUCUGCUUUGGGUUGCCUGGUCAUUAUGCUGAUGCAGCUCUGUAGUAUCAAGGUCAGUGCCCCCCUUGCCUGCCAUCAUGAUCACCUACCACCAUCUUUAUUUGCCUACCUACCACCCAGUCAUGAAGAAUACAGAGUUUUACAGCUGAUCUAAACAGUACAACACGUUGUUAGGUGAUUUCAUUUGCGUAAAUUAUGUUUAGCUAGUUUCUUCAAAUGUGAUCAUGCUCAUGUCAAAGUAUAAAAUGCCUGCCUUGCAUCCUGUUUUUAUACAAGUGAAAUAUAUGCUGAAUCACUUAAAGAUAAUGUAUUCAAAUUCCCACAGGCUGAAUCAUGAAUUAAGCCAACCUUAAUAUUCAUAUCAAACUGAGACAAAGGGGAGCCCGCAGAAGUUGUUUAGUGCGUGUAGAUACAGUUUUCUUCUUCACAAAGUGCUUUAGACCAAUCUAUCAAAGCUGGCUGAGUCGUGCCCUGAAGCUCCUUUCUAACUGGAGCGUCCUCUGAUCAGAUCUGAGAUCACAGGAUGGAAAUGUCUCACUCAUACUUAGACUUGCUGGUAGGGAAACUAUAUCAUUCAAAACUGACAACACUUGCUGAAAAGAGGAAGAAGUCUCAAAGCCACACCUUAGUGCUCUAGUACGGGAACCAGGAUUCUGCAGUAUGUUUUAAAAGGAUUACAAAACGUGAAACUGAAUGGGAUGUUUUGUGGUAUAAUAAUCACAGUAAUAAGGGUAUGAAUAUGGGGUAUUAUGAGUAAGUAUAAUCAUAGUGUUACCCUAUGUGAAAUUAACUUGUCUUUGUAGUUGGUGGAUGUUAGGGUUAAACACAAACACAUCUGUGACAUCUAAACAGAGACAAUAAUGUCGUAUGAUAGGAGCCAAGUCCACACUGUUGUAAUUUCUAACAAACAUGGGAGGACAUAGUUUCAGCAGCCCCAGGCCAAAAUUUUGGCAAUGUGGAAGUAUUUUACUCUAGAAAGUAAGAACAGUUUAACAGCUACAUGUGUUGUUAUGUUACAAUGUGUAAUAACAUGAUUCCAUUGCAGCAGCAGUCAAGCUGCAUUCAAUACUCCCAAUCUGAUACGUCAUAGCGAAAUGUUCAGUGUGUUGACUAAAGCAGCAGAGAAAAAAAGUCAGUGGAUUAUGUUUAUAUAGAUCUUUCUUCAGUCUACUGGCCAUUCAAAGUGCUCUACAUCACAUGUCACAUUCACCCAAUCACACACUGAUGGCAGAGGCUGCUGUGCACAGAGUCCAUCAGUUUUUGACUAAUUGCAUUCACACACCAGUCAGCGGGGUUGGUGGGGCCAAGUGUCUUGCCCAAGGACACUUCAGCAUUAGGUCAGAUCUGACUCUACCAAACUUUGGACUCUUAAAUAAAAGUUCAAUAUCCUGUAGAGAGCCAAAAAGGCUAAAAAAUAGAUUACAGAGAAGGUUGUUGAAUAUAAUGCUCUGGAAGUUCUUUUGGAUCCACAACAAUUUAGACACCGAAGCUGUACAACAAGUUUAUCAUGAAAUGUAAGGUGAUUUAAAACAUAGCUUAAGAAAUCUUUUAGUACAUUUGUUUUCCUUAGUUAUUUUUGAAAACUACAUAACUUACAUCCUCCCUGUUUGAAGUGAGAUUUGCAUUCCAACCAGCUGUUUUUAGGUAAAGAAAUGCUCAUAAAGCAGUCAAAAUCAAGCUUAUACAACAGAAUCUGCAUGCCUGCUUAUGCCUGCGUCUCUUUGUUUUAGCGGUUACAGGCCUGUUUUAUCUGACAUUGCUUAUUUACAACUUCUUGCCCAUUUUGUAGAUUAGUAUACAACCUAACCUCACUGUCUUUCAAGAAGCCAUCUAUCAUGUGUUCUUGUUUACAUCUGUGUUUAAGUGGGCUACAACAUUAUGACAGAGUAGUGAGUGCCAGUUGCUCAAUAGAGAGUACAGAUAGUUAAGAAUUUUUGGACCAGGCAGAACCAGACUCAGUUUACGAGUAACAAACUGGUGAACUUGGCAUCGUUUAGCUUCAUGUAGUUGGGAAAGCCUUGAUUUUAGACCAGACAUGAUACUUGUAGGACUGCCAUACCUAGUUACUAUUGUUAGGCUAUGAUGAGACUAUUGAUGCUCAGGAGAUGUUUUAAGCAAAUCUAAAUCCCAUGUGGGGAAAAAAGCCCUGCAAAAUAAUCUAAAGCACCAAAAGAAAGUCUUAAUGAUAAAUAUUUAAUUAUGAAAAAGCCUCCUCUUCUCUUUGAGGUCUAACGUGUUUAAAACAGCCACAGUAAAGGAGUGAGAGGCAAUAAUGUGGGCACAUCCUCGGACACUGCUCAUGACCCAGGCACAACAAGCAGUGCCCUACUUACAGACCUCACUCUGUCCUCCGCUAUGUGAACAGAUUGUGAACUAUGGUCUGAGGCAGGCUUUUUAACUGUCUUAUAAGGUGCUCAAACAAAAACAAAUAUGCAAAAUGAAUGAAUCAACUAUAAUGUAAUUAUUCAUUUGUAAAUUCCAACCUCAGCUACAAACCUCGCAUCAAUUGAUCAUCAUCUGAUGUUGUGUUUUAGAAAAGGUAGAGCUCUGAGCUACAGCAUAAAGUCUGAUAUAUCAAAUUUGUGUUGAGACUGUUUAAAUCAGUCCCAAUCUCCUCCAUAAACAGCUGGUGUCACUCUCAGCACCAGCGUCAUUAUGAUUCCAUUCUGCCUAUUAAAUAGCUUUUGUGUCUAAUGGUCCAAGAGAUGAGUUAAUGCAUGAAUGUGUCUCUUGUGUCAGUACAGUGUUAUUAUAUAAAUGGUUAUCUGCCAGUUGGUGUGAAGAAUUUCCAUCAUGUUUACAAGAUAUUAUCAGACAAACAGGAUCCACAAACACAGUGUUUUCUUCAUCUUAUAUCAGAGAAAGCAACAGCCAUGCUGUCUAUCUUAGAUUGAGUUGUUCGCAUCCUUACGUUUUUGAUGUAUUUGCCUUAUUAGAGCUUUUUCCCCUUUAAAAAAUUAAAUAUGAGCCACUGGUAACAUUGAGUGAAACUAGGAAUGGUACUUCUCUUUGACAUUAGACACUUCCAUCAAGAAAAAAAAAAUCAUGUUUUGGUGAUUAAAAAAAUAUUCUGUCAAACAUCUUGUUUUCGCUGCAGCAUUUCGACUCAUGUUGUAGCACAGAAAUUCAUUCGAAAGCUUCCAAAUCAUCCAAAUGUGUGUUAUUUAAUGUAAACAAGUUUUUAAAGAGAGAGAAAUGCAUCCCCACUGUGGCUUAGGAUAACUUUGCUGUGAUUGACAGCAUGCUUCCAAGCUGCUGUGUGCAUCCAUUAAGCGCACCACUAAAUCAUUUAAAUUCAUACUACAGGCUCCCUGCUUCUCAGCCAGUAAGUGAGAAGAAAGGGCAACAACACGGCGUGUAUUACCCAACACAAGCCUCUUUGCUUUAAGCCGAAAAUUCAAAUACUGAUGACAGGAAGGAAGCCAAACUUUGAACUAAAUCUUAUCUUUGUGCUUAAAACUCUGCUGCUGUUACAGAAUUACCUGUUUCUGUAUUAGCACUACAAUUCUACUGUUUACAGUAAUGCAAUACCACAAAGAUCAUAUGUAAAUGUGAACAACAGAAUCAUUUUGCUGGUUGCAGAUGUGCAUGUGUAUGUGAGUGUACAUAUCAGACAUGAGGGUAGAUGUGUACAUAUAUAUGAAACACUCUUUAUUUAGCAGUGUUAAACCUCUCUCUAUUGAACUGUUUAUAUUUUGUACUAAGAGAAAUGUCCUUUUCAAUUCCUGUGUAUGUAUUUAAAUCUGGUAGAAAACUUGACUUAUGAUGGAAAAUAAACAUAGCUGAUAACAAGUUCAUGUACUGCAGUUUAGGCUCAGGUGAAAAAAAAAAACUUCAAUCUUAGAUGCUUACUUAUUUACUCACAAGAUUUUUUUUUGCAGUAGACCUUUUUUUUAAGAUGUGAUGUGUUUCAAGUAUGUUUGUACUUAGUUAUCUGAAGCCGUUUAUAAUGUCAUUCUUUAUAUUAAAGGUUUUGCUGUUUAUUAAAGUCUAGCAUCAAAAAUUUAGCAGCACCAGUGAAAAUUCAGGAGCAUCACAGUAACAAUAUAACACUGUGGUACUUGCAACCUAACCCAGGCUCAACAGUGAACACACAGCGUUGUGCUGUUUUUGUAGUGGAGCCAUUCAAAGUCUUGAAGGUAUUUACUCCAAAAACUGUGAGCUUUCUUUGCGACCGGUGCAUCCACACUCACAUAUUCACACUCUGCUGUUUUUACAAUGAAGUGCAGUGAAGGGUGUGUUUAAAGGUGUGUUAAAUCUUGAAUACCCCAGACUUGACCUAUUGGCUUAAACCCUUUUGCUGUGUCAUUUGUCUUAGAACUUGUACCAGAAUCGGUUCCUGGGCCUGGCGGCCAUGGCAUCCCCAUCCCGCAACAGCCAGAACCGCCAGCGCUGCAAGGAUGUGGCCCGUCACAGCUAUGGCCCAGAGAGCUUUGCUGUCAACGGUCUGAACCAGGAGGCCUUCAUGCUGGGGCUGUCCCGGUCCACCAGCGACACUGAUCUGGUUUCCCCUGAUGCUCGCUCCACCUUGACCAUCAACUCCUCCCACUACACCAUUGGCCAAUCAGAGGACCUGGUGAUCACAUGGGACAUCAAAGAGGAGGUGGAUGCUGGAGACUGGAUCGGCAUGUAUCAAGUUGGUAAGUGACAUACAAUGAGGGUGCAUUGAUACAACUUCUCUCCUCAUUUUUGAAGGCCUGUAAAAAGUUUGGAAGCCGUUCAGAACCACAUUUUAAUUUCAGUUGUUUCAAUCCAACGUUAACAGCUCUCUCCCACAUACAUAACAAAAGUUCAAGGAAAAAAACUCUGCAUUUAUAAAACAAUUGUGAAGAAUUUUGCAGACGACAAAGGAGGAGGAGGAGGAGGAGGAGGGGGCAAAGUGAGCAGCUGUGUGCAGAAAGCAGGUGUUAGAGAGUUUGGAUAGGAAAGUGAUCAGAUUAAAUUAGUUUGUGAAUUAACAUUUUAGGUAAAGGUUGAUUACAAUUACAGUUAGAAAGUUUUACAAAAAACAAUGAAUAGCAUAAUGCAGCAUGUUUAUCUGUAAUGGGAUGCUUCUAACAAUACUGAUAAAAUUAAUUGAGACUAUUUACUCACAAAGCCAUUAAUUCUGUUUUAAAGUCACUCACCUGACAGCUGUAUGUUUUUUUAUAGACAUACAUGGUUUCAUAUAUGGAUACAUUUAUGGGGAAGUCCACUAAGUUGGAUUGUGGUCAUAAAUUGCACCAAUAAUUGCACCUCAUUUGCAGCUGGUAUCUGUUCUUGCUCAUGGUCUAAUUAAAAAGCUACUUGCACUAAUGAUAUUCCAGUGCACAAAGCCCACAGUUUUAAAGCUGUGUUCAGUUUGCUCCAGUUUUAAAUAUUUAUGUGACCCAGAUAAGUUUUUAACAUCUCCACUCUCCGCUGCACAGACAUGCGCUGCGCACUCUCAUCCUGAUAGCAGCAGGUUAUAUCCACACGUCCGUAGCUGUUUGUUGUGUAGGUGUUUCAUGACAGAUGUGACACAAAUUUAAUAGUUUAUGCCCAGCUUAAUUCCUAAAGUGAGGUAUCAAAACCCAACGUGUUUGGAUAAAAAUUUGAAAAGAAUAAUUAAAUUAAAAAUUACACUUAAAUUUAGUAAUAUGGCUUUGCCGAGGACUAAUUCAACUGUUGAUUUUUAUAAAAAUAGUAAUUUCAAAGUAAUGUCAGCACAUUUAAUGCACUGCUGUAAUAUUUCAAGGUCAGCCAGAGGUGAAUCAUCGUCUUGAUCACUGGGACGUUAAGCAUCUUAAUGCAUUUAAAUACUCCAGUUCAAUCAGUACCAUCGUGUUGAAAUAAGGCUCAUUUGCAUUGAAGGAGGGAUGUUUUGUUCCACAUGAAUGCAUAAUGGCUCAGUAAGAUUUAUGCAAAUCAUACUGGUGCACAGAGGCACUGUUUACACAACAGUUGAGUUUGUGCACCAGUUUUAACACCUUAUGCAUGCUGUGAAAAUAAGACAAUGCCUUUUUGGCCCAAUAGCACAAAAGCAGGGCAGUUCUUUUGCAAAUCAUACCCUCACCUUCUCCCAAAGUACAACUGAACUAUCUACAUAACUAAUAAUAUCAAAGUAGUUAAGAAGCAUUUUUAAUAAUUUAUCCUGAAUAAUGUUUUAACUUCAGCAUCACCCACUCUCUGUAGUCUGUCUGUAAUAAUGCAGUUGUAAUGUACAGGCUUUUAGCGAGCAGACAGAGGGAAAGCUGUGGUUUUAGUACUUUUGAGUCCAUGCUGGUAAAAUUGGUCCAGCUAUUGAUCGUCAGGCUGACUUCAGCCUUGUUUGACGGACAGCUUUUUGCUUGUGCUGUCACUUUCUCCUCACACAUUCCCAUCAGACUGUGACUGACUGAAUGCAAGCCUCUGCUUCUACCAAAGUGUUUGAUUUUGUGACAUUUGCUGUAAUUAAUUACAUUAACUCAGCGAUCAAUGAUUGCAACUUAAAAUAAAUCAGAGUCUGAUGGAAGCAGAAGUCAUUAUAUAAACUCAAAAUAGAGGGUUUUGUAGCAUCUCUGCCCAGUCUCUUAAAGGCUUAUUCCAGCUAACAACUUUCAUUAGGCAAGUGUUUUGUUUCUGUUGUUUCUGUGUGUCUAAACCUUUUUCAAGAACACCACAAACACUGUAAAGUGAAACCUUUCAGUAACAGUAUGUGUCACGACUUUUGUAAUGUGAUACCAUUACAUGGCAGACAGGGAAUCAGCUGCAGUUAAGUCACUUUAAUGUGUAAUGAGAAAUAAGAAAUAAAAAUGACUCAUUGUGAACAUGUUCAGGGUCGGGGUGGCAGCGUAAUUUCAUUUGUUUUAUCUCUUUUUCCAGAUGAAGCUUUGUCUGAGAACUUUCUGGACUACAAGAACCGAGGUAUCAAUGGAUCUCACAACGGACAGAUCGUUUGGAAGAUUGACACCAGCUCCAUCUUCAGUGACCGUAAGUAGCAAAAAUUCCUCAAUACUCAAUGAAAUAAGGUUAAUAUUGAUAUCAUAAAACAGAAUGCAUUAUAUAUUUAAAUAACUGCUCCUCUGCAUCCAAGUGGUAUUACUCCAGUCCUCCAGUUAACUCUUGUUUUUACAGUUUGUCACCCGUGUUCUCUGUCCUCUUGAGACUAUCACAGCUUUACUGGUGUGCAAUCAUUGAUAGUCUGAUCUCCACCUGACUCAGGGUGUGUUGUGUGAAUGAUCCAUGUCAUGAAUUUGACCACAAUCCUGGAGCCCCACUCAGGCAGUCUUCCCUGUCAGGUGGACACAGGGAAGCCUGGCUAGCCUUGCAGGCAGACCCAUGGGUGGUCUCCGAUGGGUGACCUACUGUGACAAAAUUACCAACCUUCACCACCAUUAAAGACCCUCUGCAUGUAAAAAUACAGCAGGAAGAACUGUCCACUCUCCUGGAGAAAAAGGUGAUGAGAGAAGUAGAGCAGGCUGGGCUUUACUCCAGCUAUUUCUUGGUCCCCAAACGAGGCAGGGGGCUUUGUCCUAUUCUGGACCUCAGGGGGCUCAUUAAGUAUCUCUGCCCCCUGAGGGGGGACCUUUCACAGUCCCCAGUGUGAGACAGGCCAUCUCAAAGAGAGACACAAGCUGGUUUUUCUUAAAGUUAUAUCCACAGACCCUGACAAGCAGGAGAUCAUAUCCCACACAUGCAAUGCAUCAGUGUGGAGGGGUAGUCCCUUCUCUCAGAGAACCAAGGUAACAAUUUAACCCCAAAUUUUACUGAAAUACAGCUCAACAAAUCAUUGUAGCCAUCUUGUUCAAGGUUUAAAACAACAUUCAGAUUUCCAUUUAGGAAGUUGGUAAAUUCAAAUAAUUAAUCAAUUAUUGUUUGAAAUUAUUUGGCCAUCAUCGAACAUCUUUGCAUGGUUAUGGGAACAGUGCAGCUAUGUAUAUAACCUACACAGGAUCCAAAAUCAUGCAUACACUUUAAUGAUGUCACUUUUUAUCUGAAACUUUCAGUUGACUAUAUGAACAGUAAUGAGCCAUUGGAACUCACAAUCAUACCGCAUACCAGCACAUUAGGCCACCUAAAGUAGCUUGCUGUUUGACCCUCUCACCUUAACCUGGCCAAUCAAUGUACUGUUGACCUCAGUAAACUAAUACAGUAAUGUUAUUCUAAAAAAAUGUAAGACAUGGUGAAGCAAAGCCUCACUGAGCUGACAAUAACAACCCCUAAAACACUUAAGAAGCACUGUGUGCAAGUAUUUGGGAUCCACACUGUAGACAGAAAUAGAAAAGACAAAGAUUGGGCUUUGUCUCGACUUUAUAAAACAGUUGCCCGGCGGUGAUGUCAUUCAGUCUGGAUUAGUUUAUUUUUAUGAACGUGAGGAGCCAGAAAUAAAAAUGCUAUUUCAUCAAUCACGUAGCUAUAAAAUUAAAAAUAAACAUAAUGACUUCUCAGGUGAUUUACAGACAAAGUUAGACACAUGAAAUGCUUAAAUUGUCUUAUAGUAGAUACAAUAAGGAGAAUACUUUAUAUGACUCAGUGUGUGGUUGGAUAAAGGUGGUCCUGGUUGUGUUUCACUCGCCGGUUUCUCCGUGAAGCUUUUGUUCCCUCUCUCAGAGAACAAAGUGGAUUGAGCCUUUAAGCCCUGUGGCUGUAUCAGCAUGAGAAGUAGCAGUCUCUGGAAAGUAGAGAGCUUGCUUACAGAGGAGCAUCAUUAGAGGGAGAGAGGGGGAGAGACUGGGUUCAGGGAGGGAGACCGUCUCAUAUGAUGCAAUAGGGACAUAAGGAAUUGUGUUUAUGGGUGACGAGUGAGAAUCUGAAUAAAUUUAACGGUGGAAAGCUAUUCAGGUGUUUCCAUCUAGUAGUACCAGACACAAUGCUUUAUGUGUCCUGUCACUUACCUGGUCAUAUACCGAGUCCAAAGCUCAGAUUUUUAAUAGUCUUAGUUCAUCAUUUUGCAGAUUAGACCAAACACUGAAUGAUUGAAAUGUUAAUUAUAUUUAAUCAUGGAUUUGUGUGCCUUAUAAUAUUAUGAAGGUUCUAAAUAAAGAAAGACAUAAUAUUUUAAUGAUUGUUUAUGGCUAUGUCAGUUUUUUAAUUAAUUGUGAGAGUGUUCUUGAGUACUUAAAGAAUUUAUUGUAAUCUAAGAACAUGUUUCAGAUAAUGAAACCUUUAAGAAUGUCAAAAAUGGUAGUCUGCAAAGGAACCGUUUUUUUGUGUGUUUUUUUUUUAAACGGUUGGUAAAUGAGGCUCGUACAUAAAUGCCUUUAUCAGAAAUUAAACAAGAAAAAUCCUCUACAUAUAAACUUGAAUUAAAUAGUGACCAGUGUAAUUUUAGAAACUGGUACAGCAUUUUAUUUUUAUUCAUUUCGGUAUAGUUUCAUCAUUUGUAUAAUUUAGUCGUUUUUUUAUGCUGUUGUUUUUACAGUGAUAAUUACCUACAAGGAUUCAAAGCAGCUUGUGGAGCUGUUGUUGCUGUGUAUAUUAAAGUUAACAGCAUUUUGUCAUCAGCAUGAACAGUCAAUGUUUGUCUGUAUACUCAUAGUCAGAGUCUCCUGGUGCGGUUUUCUAAAUACUUGCAGCCUGUCAAAGGAGGACUUAAACUGAACACUUCAAUGACUUUGAUGAUGUGAGUGGAAACAAACCACCCAUGACUGAAAACAAGAGUGACUUUAUUUUCCCUCUCUCUGUGACUUUUACAAAUCAGACCACCGACUCGGUUCUGGACACUCAGUCACUCGUGUCAAGUGUUUUGUGUUCCCCCCUCUCUGUUUGUCACUUCAUCAGAGUGUGUCUAAUCAAUCAAGCAGAAAAAACAUGGAGCUUUAGAGUGACCUUAAUCUCCCUGUGUCACCACUUGUGUGCUCCACUUCCCUUAUUUCCAACAGAGUACUAAAUCCCAGAUAAGAUUAAUGUCAUCUAUCAACUAUCUGUUAAAACUUGAUAAAUGAAUGAAGUAGCUCAUUAUAUCACACUGUUUAGUAUCUGCAACUGAGCAAGUACCAUUCUGUAGGUAGGAAAAUAAUGAUACUAACAACUCAAGAUACAAAGUGUGAACAGAUCUGGGUUCAUGAUGGGAUUUUAUCAUGUCAGUUUUCUAAUUUCAUAUGGAUAAACAUAAUUAUGAAUAAGUUUGAUUAUUUUGUUAAAAUUCUCAGAUAAUACAAAUGCGAAAAAAAAAAAGUUUCCCAUGUUUUCUCAAAUAUCUAAGAAGCUUUAAAAAGUGACAGAUAAUGUUUAAAAAAAAAAACAACUGGGAAAAUUUUACUGAGAAAUGUUGGCAGGUCUUUUCUCUCACUUUUAUAGAAACUUUAGUUCUACAGGACCUUCACUCUGAAAGCUCUCAGGUACUCUCUGAGGGCCUGGUUUUCUAAAGGCUAAAUAAACUUCGCAGCACUGGUAAACAAAUGCACUAGCUGAUCUAACAGUCCGCACUGAGGAUUGCGUCUUUCAAAUGUGUGAGAUAACACAUGUCGUCCAUUUAGUAUGUUCACUUAAAAUAAAUAUGCAGUAUGGAGCAUUUCUACCCUAAUGUGCGAAAUACUGGCAGGAGUAAAUGCAAAAAAGUUGACUGAAUAUAAUACCUUUGAAAAGAAGGUGAUGAUAAUACAGGUGUCGCUCACAGAUGGUUCUUGAUGUCACAGUGAGGAGGAGACAGAAUUACAGACACAUAUCACUCAGUUUCAAAGUUAUUUCUGAUGACCUGUUUGGGGUAUUUUUUAUUUGCAUUCGCUUACCUUGAAUAAAAAAAACACAAUUGAGCCCAUUUAUCAUGGCCUAUAUUUGUAGCCAGUCAAAACUGUAGCCUAAAGAAAGUUUAGAUUGACAUUUGUCUUCUUUCUUUCCUCUUUUUCCCCCAAUAUUGUACCUCUACUUUUUGUUUUGUUUUUUGACGGGUGUGGAUCUCUGCCCCCCACAUGCACUCCUCUUCUCCCUCUACUUCCCCACAGUCUCCAGCUUCCCCCACUGUGGGACUGCUUGGAUGGAGAAACCUCAUCAUUGCUUGCUCCAGUUUUUUGCCUUUUGCUGGACAUUCGUGGCCAUUUUCUUUUGGCUCUCUUGAUUUCAUCUUGCAGAAGUGAAGAUUUACGACCUCUAUACUCUCUGAAUUUCAUUUUGCACUUGCUGUCAGUCUUAACUCCUCAAGGCGUAAACCACUUAAACACACAAAACCUUAAUUCAGAUACCACUGCCUCAACUGUCUUAGCACCUGACGUCAUUUAUGCAGUCUUUUUUUUUAUCACCUGCAGAGCGAACAUCAACAAAAUUGGAUUUUGAUGGGAUGUAAACGCAAUUUGUAACUCAACAAUCAUGUCUUUUUUUUUUGUGAUCACUACAGAGUGAAGUGAUUCCUUGUUGGUCAAAGGGGACUAAUCCAUGUUUUCUUUUCUCUCCAUCUUUAUUUUCACCGUCAGCUGAGACCCAGGUCUGCUUCAGGUACUACCACGGAGUCACUGGAGCACUGAGGGCAACCACACCCAGCGUGACCAUUAAGAAGGGUUCUCCACCGGUGAGUCCCAACACACUCCAACUUUUUCAGAACUAGUUAAGCUGCACAGCACUUACACCUCACAUAAGACAUCACUGUUCUGUACAGAUGGUUUUCCUGUGAGGUUUGACAGAAAAGUGCUCCACUUUUUCAGAUUUUGAGCUUUAAGACGGAUUCUGUAGAGAGCUUAUCCUCAUUACUGUUGUGAUACAGCAUCAGAUUUUCAGAACAUGAAUGAACAGAGCGCUCAGCAGCAUGACAAAGCUGCAGCUUCAGUGACAUAAGAGGAUGGUUGGGUUGGACAGCGCUCAUUCAGUGUUUUUCAAAAGAGGUUCAGGGAAGUUAUUGCAGAAAGAUUUAUGUGCAUUUUGUUAGAGCUGCGUUCAUUGUUCAGAUAUGAGGAUUACAGCCCACAUAAAGGUUUAGGAUUUGUACUUUGAUUUUUUUUUUUUUUUUUUUUUUUUAAUGAAAAUGGGACAGAAAUGGUGGGGCAAGCAGUAGGUAACAGGAAACUGGUGUGGAAGUUUAAAGUUUGAAAUCUUGGUCACACAUCCUGAUAUAUCUGUUCAAAGUGGAUGUUAAUGUCAGAUUAAAAAAUAAUUGUUGUUCGUUGUUCUGAAAGUUGUCUGAGAAAUACCACACAGGUGUAAAUGGGUUCUCACCUGUCCCAACACAUUAACAUUACCUUCAGUUGAUUUCUCUCUGACCUUUAAGGGUUUUUUACUCAUGAUGACAAGCCUUGCUUGAUAGUUGCUUUAGGGAUACGGUCAUAUUUGGGAUUCCCGUACUGGUGAGCACAGAAUUGACAAAAAAUGUGUUUGAUAAUUAAAAUGGUGGCUUACCUCGACCUAGGUAACAAUAUUCUCGCUACUUUAGACCUGUGAUUCCCAAAUGGGGGGUACAACCAAUGUACAGAUGUGGAGCUACGGUCUGAUACCAUGAUCUGAAGUUGCAAUUAUGUCAUUUUUUAUGUUUUACAAAAAUGUUAUGAUAGUAGAAAUUUGAAUUUAAUGAAUUAGCGUGAGGUGUUGGGGGACUUGAAAUACUCUCAUCUACUUAAGGGAGCCCUGAGGAAAAACUUUGAGAACCACAACUUUAAAAACACUCAGAAAGCUCAUCACGACAGUGAAAACUGGGUCAACAGAAUAAAACAUGAAACAUCUAUAGAGAGUGAGUGAAAGUAAUUAAAUUAAGUUGUUUUACUAAGUUAGGACUUAAAACAACUUACCCUCAUUAAUGACCCUCUACAUCAACAUACUGUGCUCCAAACAGAGGCUUGCAAGUCUUGCACCAAAACAGUUCGGUAUGAAUACGUCUUUGAAUUUCAAUAAAUUUCUUCUUCUUCUUCUGUACCUACACAAACCUACUAUUGACUGACAGCAGCAUGUCGGCGAAUACUUUGUCAUGCACCUGUAUUAAUAGCCAACAUGUAUCUGUUGUAUCCUGUCUUUAUCAAAUAUGCACCGUAGCGCUAAUUCAGAGAAGUGUUUAUUUGGCAGAGGGAGCCUAAGUGAAUUUACUUAACAAAAAAGAAAAAAAAGAAACGUUUUUUUUUUACUUUUUUUUUUCUUUGCUGUUUUCUGGACUCAAUCUUUUCUUCUUUCUGUUUUUCUGACUUUUUUUCUCCUUUUUUUUACGAACAUUUUUUCCACUCUUUAUGUUUUUUGGGAAAAAAUUUUACUGAAAUUUUUUCCUUUUUUUUUCGCCUUUCUGUAUUUCUGACUAUUUUUUUUCUUGACUAAACAAGAUACUUAAAAAUCCUGCAGGAAUCUCAUACAGUCAUGUAACGUAAACAACAUCGGCUGCUCCAAAUCAGCAAAUUCUGCAGUCCCUAGAUAACUUUGACUACAGGGUCACUGACACUAAAGCAUGUUAUUAAUUUAACAUAGGGUAUGCAGAUCCUGAGGUGCCUGCACAAAUUACACAAACUUCUGACAAUUCCAUCUAUCUGACUUAAAGAAAGGAGUAUCUCUCACUGUCUUAAACCCAAAAGAAAGAAAAACUUGAUUAAACUAAACAAGUCAACCAUGUUUGCUUCCGAUAAACUGAGCCGAGAGGGAUGAAAGCCUUGCUUUUGAAAUGAUCACAAUCCCAGAGAAUAGGAAAAACAAUUAGUAUGAAAAACAAUACAAAAAUAAAAUUGUCUGGAGAACAGAACUGAGAAAUAAUUAUCUAAAAAACAGAAAAAAAGUUAGUCAAAAGAACAGGAACAGGAAAAAAUUACUCUAAAAAACAGAGCUUUUUUUUUUUUUUUUUUUUGUUUCGGUGAAUGCAAUACAUUCCUGUAAAAAUCACAUGAACAGUGAGAAAGAUCCACAACACGCAAUAUGUUAGGUAUGUUCCAGGGACUUUUAAUGGGAGCUGAAUAGGAAGGACUAUCAGCUGUUUAAAUACAUCAAACCACUGCUUAUUGAAAAAUCAGGCAGAAACAAAUCCAACAAAGCAAUCCAACAAAUGUAAGCUAAAUUAGUGAUUUUAAUAUUUGGUGCAUUUCUGUGAUUUUCACAUGGGGGGGGGCGUUAUUGCAGUGCCUGUCAGAAGACAUCUAUCUGCACAUAAACUGAUAACCUUUCUGCAAUAAUCAUAAUAACCUGAAGAAACCUGAAGCAGUCAUCCCAAGAACAGACGCAGUUUUUAAUGAGAAAUUACAAAUCAAACUAUGAGGACAAUGAGCCAUAGUAUGUAAAAAGGGGUUUGAGGACAACACAUAUGCCUGUGAUAACCUGAGCACACAAGACAUCCAACGUUCAAGUGGUUCAUGAGUACAGAUCUGCAGCAGAAAUCGCAUUAUGGUUACAAGAAGAAAAAAAAAAAUCAAGUGAAAAUCUUCAUAUAUCAGCAUUUCAGUGUUUUUACUGUCCUUCUAAAGUCUUUAUCAGUCAGGACCCGUUAUCAGGAGGGUGUCCAGUCAGGCGAUUGGAUUUCAGUGUUUGCCUUCCCUUUCUGCUGCUGUCGGCCCCUAGAAAUGCUGAUGGGCCCUGAACUUGAUCUGUACUUGUUUCCUGAGGACAAAGGAAUAAAAAUAACCACCAUAGGAAGGGGUAUAGAGAGGGAGGGAUUAGUAGAGAUAGCUGGACAGAGUCUAGUCCAGUUAAGUUAUUUAGGUGUUUGCGAGGAAAGCACCAGGUCAAACUGCUGAAGGCCGACUCAGGCUAAGAGAGAAUGAGAGGGGAAAUGAGAUAACAUGGACAGACGGGACAGCCAUGGAGGGAAAUGUUCCUGCUUUGUCUGCUGUUUGCUGUAGCUGGUUUGGAUUGUGAGACACCGCAGACGGAGAAGACAGAGCAUUUGGUUGUGUAUUUGUGUGAUGGAGAGCAUGUGUCUCCAGCUGGGACUGCUGUCUCCCAGUCAUCCUGAGAGAAGGAGCGGAUGGAGGACGAGGCUCAGCUGGAUAGCCCGGGUAAACAGAAAUAUUCACUCUGCACGUCUCUUUGUCUUUGUACACCUUGACAAGUUAUUUGCUGUCCUUCCCUUUACCUUUGUGCAGCAUCUUGAGAGAGGCUUAGCUAAACAAUCGCAGGUCUAGAGGCAGGUGAGAAAAGCAAGGUUGGCUGUGUCUUUGUAAAAAAUAUUAUUUAUGAAUAUUAGCAGUGAAAGAGUGAAGCUGUUCCUGACAGAUUGGUCUCUAGAAUAAUUCUGUGCAUUACCUUUAACACUGCAUGGUAGAAGCCUACUUGCGUCCAAAUGGACCUGAAGUACUUUGUGGCUCUUACUGACCUUGUUUCUUCUUGUCUACAUCUUUGCUUGUCUUGUUCUUGCUCUUAAAUCCACAUUGUUAUAGAUAAAAGUGUCUGCUAAUAAUCUUCGUAAUAAUAACGUGUCAAAUUUUAAAAAUGUGUUACAACUGCCCAUUAAGUUUUAUGCAAAAAUAGAUGAUAUUCAUAAUGUACAGGAAAAAAAAUGUGCACAGUAGGAUCAAGACCAUACAAUUUAUGUAUUUAUUUAUUUAUUGGGGCCAAAAAUGAAUAAUUUUCCUGUCAUCAGCCAUAACAUGUAUUGCCUUUGGUGUUGUUGGUCAUCAUACCCUUGGAUAAUGAUGGUGACUCUUAAAUAUCAUGUCAUACGUAGGUUAGUUACUAAAGCAAAAGUCAUUUUUCUUUAUUUUUCAUUCCUAAUUCAACUGUGAAACAAGCAUGUAAAACAGAUCCAGUUUUUACUUGUCAAAGUCAAAUGUGCAGUUUCAGAAUUUCUAAAAAAUUUACACAACUUGCAUGUUGUAACUAAGUUCUACUCUGAGUCUUAUUUUAGUUCAGUUUAGUUAAAUUUUGUUUGUUUACUUUCCUUGCGUUUAGUUCAGUUAAGCUAAGCUCAGUAUAGUUCGAUUUGUUUAGUUUAGUUUAGUUUGUCUAAGCUUUAGUUUAGUUACUUUGAUUUAGUUUGGCUAAGCUUUAGUUAGUUUGGUUAGUUUAGUUCUGUACAUACAUACAUCCAGACAGACACAGACAGGCAUUAUAAGGCUUUAUUACGAGCAAAACUUAAAGAUAAUGAAGUUUAUAAAGACAGUGAAAAUUAAUGUAAAUCCUUACCUAUUAACUGGUUACAGUGUUUGCUUUUGCUGUAGAAGAUACCAAGGCUUUAAAGCAGACCUGCACAAAGUGAGGGCCUCGUUGAUUCAAGGAUUGUGCAGCUUUUGGGCCCUCUAAACCUGUGCAAACUGAGAAAGAUAUCAUCUAAUCCACAAAGCAUGCACAAAGGGGUUAAAUGCUUGACAAAUUGCACUGCUGAGCAAAUAGCAGCCCUGUGUAUCAGUGUUGUUUACAUACAUUCAAAUGAGCCAUAAUACGUUUAUUUGUUGCAAGAUGAACUAAAAUCAGUACUGAAAGCCACAAGCAGUUAGUGAAAACUUUAAUUUCCUUAUGGCAGCACAGAAAAAAGCAGAGUAACUGGAAGGGUCAUAAGACAGAUGAAACUGUUUACUGGUUUCAAAUAUCCUUUCAUACUUUCCCCUCUGGUAGGAUAUUUAAAUAAUCCCUUAAAUAAAUAAAAUUUUCAGAUCACUAUAGGCUAUAUCUAUGUCCUGCGGCCCACAGUCAAAUGAUGUGUCACUUGUUCGACUGCAGUGAUUGUGCAAUGAUUUCACAGUAUGGCAUGUUGGGCUCUGCCUCUGUUGCCAACUAACAUAUAAUAUUACAUUUGAAAAACCCCGAUUUACAGUACUGAACUCUCAUAACCUCCUCUAAAUCACACUGUGUCACUAGAAUAUUUUUGCAAAUGUUGGCUGUCUCUUCCAGGUUUGUCAUAGCUGGAAAAGAUUGGUACGACGUCUCUAUUCUUGCAUCAUUUUGAGAUUCCUGCAGCAUUUAAAGGAUGCACAUGAUUUUCACACACUGUUUCUGUGAGGAGCCAGAGUAUUUGGUCUUUUUCUGCAUUCUGCAGGCUGACAGUGGAUUAUAUAAGGAGCAGUGCGGAUGGAUAAGGUUGUCAUUUGGUUUAUCUGUUAGAUUAGAAUCAUCCAGGAGACUCGCACUGGCACUUUUCUUUCUGACUCUCUUUGAAUACUCUCGGCAAUGCAGAUAAGAAUCUCAUUAACAUGAAUUGGUCUGAACAUCUGUCAUUUUCCUUAUCCCUUUAUCUUGUUUUUUUCACCACCAGUUUGGCUUUUUUGUGUUCCCCAGUUCGUUGUGUAAGCACUCGGAGCUCAUACAGAAUUUUGCGUAGAAAUACUGCUGCAUUUUGGGAGACGCUGUCACGCUGGCUGUUGUUGUAAUUUGUCUCUACAUUGCAUGCAUUUAUCACACUGCUUUUGCUUCACAGGGGGAUUAACAUGAUUUUUGGUGUGUCUAAGAUGGCACUGAAGUCUUCGCCCCCCUUUUUUUUCUGCCAAUGCCAAAAAUGUAAAAUUUCCUAAAUAAAUGUCCAAAAGAGUUUAGGUCUACAGAUGGUCUUUAUGAUAUCAUAAAGGGUAAGAUAAGAAAAGCAGGCAAUAACCAGAAAUAGAACAAGGAGCUUUAAGAAUCUCAGUCUUUUAUACUCAAUCAGUACAUCAGCUCCACAUUAUCAAAAAGCUAAGUCAGUAGGUAGCUUGUGAAUGCUUUGAGAAAUCUUUUUGCCCUUAAAGGUGGGGAAGGCAGGAUCUGAGGAAGUGCCAGUUUUUGGGAGAAAUCUUGAAUGUAAACACUACCCCUCCCAACCAGUUUUCCCCUCAGCUCCUCCUCUCCCCUCCCUCUCUGCUCCAGCAAGUCCCGCCCACAAACAGACGCUCCUGCUCUCUCGUAUCGUUUUAAUUAAAUUCAGAUAUAAUGCAGAUAAAUACUUAAGAUAUAGAUUACAAAUGGGGUCCAGUCAAUGUGAAAGUAAACAGCAUUGGUGCUACUGUAGAUGCCAACAAACUACCAGAAAACACAAUGUUUGCAGGACUUCUACAACUAGGAUAAAGUGACAUAGUCCAGGACCUGAGGUAAACAGUUUAGUGGCGCUACAACAGGCAGCAGGUCCCAUUUUACAAGAAACACUUCUGUUGCAGACACUUGGCUUUCUUUGUUAAUGCGGUUUACCUGUCCAGCAGAAAGGUUACAGGGUCUGUAAGAUCCCGAAGCAUCCUGGAAGCAUUUAUGCCUUAUUGAUGUUGACCGGGUUUUUAGCCCUAGUCCGGUCUACCUCCUUUUUAACUGCCAGUUAUUCCGCCAGAGUCUCCAGUAUUUACUUCAUUGUGGCCAAAGGAGGAUUCAGACGGUUUUGCGUACUUUCUGUUUGGUUUCUUCUGUCCGAUAUUGUAGCACACUAACUUUGUUUGGGCUCAUGCAAGUUACUCAAGGAUGUGGAACAUGCCUCACAACAUGAGGGAGCAGCGUCUGCCUCACAACCAAUCAAGUUGGGGGAGGUGGAGAAUGGCUUUGUGUACAGUCCAAAAGAGUGGGACGCUCAAAAAUGUUAAAAUGUUGACUACACAGACAUAACAAAACACAGCAAUAUCGUGAUAUUCCCAUAUUUCAUCAAUAACUAAUAGCUAUUGACUGAUAUUAAAAGCUUUUUUGUAUAUACACCACAAAAAAUAUGCUUCUUAAACGGAUUCCUGCCUACACCACCUUUAACUGUUGAAUAUAAUCCACUAGAUUAUCAGCAUUAUUUGUUUUAUUAAAGGUAGCGCCAAACUUCUUUUUUCAUUAAAAUUAAAGCUUCAUUUUUGUAAAUCUGACCAUUCUUGUAAAACCAAUACUUCAAAAGUAUUUAAUGGUGUUUUAAGCUCAAUUUAUAGUUAUCUUUAAAGCAAAGUCUUCAGUCACCAAAGCCUUCGAAAAUUCAGCUCUGUUUUUAAACUUGUUAUCCAUGUGGUGAUCUGAGUAGACAGGGAUGCUGUGAUAAUGAAGCUCUGCUCUGAGUUGCUUCCUUAAUGUUGAUUUAGGGGUUGACUAGUCAAACAUGGCGAGUGCACCAGGAGAACAUGUGCCACUACACUACACGUUCAUCCACAAUCUGACCUCUAAAAAGAGAGGGCAGCUGCAGCCACAGUUACAAUAGUAUGUCUCUAAGUAGUACAUUGAAACAUGAGUGUUUUUUUCUACAUUUGUGUGGUAUGUGGUUUUUCUGUCGAUGUUGGAGCAGUUGGAGAUGAAGAAGUCGGCACAAAUGUGAAAAAUUAGCCUUGAUUGCACAGAAGUACAACCAAGCUCAUCUAUUUUUCACAUCAGGGGACUAUGAAUACAAAAUUUGGGGUUUAAUUCAUUUAUAUUUGUAUUUAUCUUCAUAAUGUACUUUUGUUUGAGGUAUGACAUAACUUUUUAUGACGUAAUUUUUUUAUAACCUUAGAAAUAGUUCAGCUUAAAGAAACUUGUGUUUUAGUUAUAGCUCUAUGCACAAACUGGAACAGCGCUACAUUAAAAAAAUUGUAUUAUAUGUUGUCUUUCUGCAGUAUAUAUUGCUGUAUUUUGGAAAAAAGGGAAUAUUGAAGGUGCAUCAAGCAAACCAUUUUCCCUCUGCUUCACAGCCGUGUUUACACUCUCUUCCACUUCCUCCUCUUGCCAUCAGCUCUUCUCUCUUUCCCCUCAGCCCCCAUGAUCCUCCUCUUCCUGGCUGUUGAAUCAAUGUCAGGAUAAUGAAGACAUAGUAUUGAUCGCAGGACGCUUUCAGGCUGGCUGAAAGUGGAGCUUCAAAAGGCGCUGAGUUGAAAUUAGAUUUUAUUUUGUACCUACAUAAAUGUGCACAUCUUAAUCAUUUGGCAAAAUAAUGAAGCAGCUCACACAGUGGGUUUAAACUGCGGCAUCAGUCAAAAAUGUAUUUGUGGAUUUAAUUGGAUUAGAUCUAUUUUGUGUUCUAUUAUUUCUCCACUUAUUUUGUUCUGCCGUGUUUGUGAUUGUUACUGUUAUUAGACCGCACUGUCCUAUUUUCCUCACAGGCAUCAUUAAAGUUUCAUCUUACAACAAAAGCAGGAAAAGGCUGUUGUAGAAGAGGAGCAGAACUGAGUGAGAUUUCAUGUUCCUGUCAUUUAAAAACACUCCCCAGCUCAUCACAUCUGUUUUUGUCCUGUCCUCAGAUAUUAAAGCCGGUGGUUAGUCCUGAAGUGAAUCACGGGCUGGGCAACAGACGGCUCAUUAACUUUUCUCUGUCAGGUAAGUCAUCGACAUCUGUCUCUAUCCCUCCAUCUAGCCUAGUAAAGCUGGACUCCUCAUAGAUCAAUGCUUUGUCCCCAUCUGACCCUUCUCUGACCUACAGCUCUCCCUGUCAGGGUCUGUUGUUUCAGUGUUGUCUUUUUAAAGGAGGUUAUGCGCUUAAAUCAAUGCCAGCUGGGUAAUUAUAGCCACUAAACCAGGGGGGUUGAAAGUCUACAACUGCAGGCCCACUACCACACAAAACCAUGUUGUCAUGGAUGCGGAGAACUAAACUCUGGUUUCCUGAAGCCUUGUUUUUUUUCCUUCUAUUUUUUUUUUUGAGCAUGCUCAGUUGGCUGGCUAAAGCAGGUAUUAGGUAAUUAGCAGCUCCAUUUUGUGAAGCAUCCACUGAUGUAUGAAAUAUUGUCGGAUAAUGUGUUGCUACAAACCUCAAAAAGGUGAAACUUAUGUUUUCAGAAAGUGUAAGCCAUGUUUUAAAAGCUUUCUUGAAGUGUGUGUGUGUUUAGAUCCGACUCAAUUAUUACAUUAAAAAAAUAGCAUAUUUUGUGGAGCCACUGCAAGGACCCUGGAGCUCACAGCUGUUUCUUUCCCCUUACAUAACAGUAUCAUUGUUACACAUUUUCCUUCACCUCUGCCCUCUGAAAGAUCCAGAAAUUUAUCAAGAAUCUCUAACAUAUGUAUGUGCAUGUAUCUUAAAGGGAUGUUGCGGAGUAAAUUAAGUUAGGGUCAAACACACUGUAACACCAGGUUAGACACCCCCUCGAGAGAUGAAUGUUGCAGACUACUUGCUUCUAUAGUUAUAAAAACUUUAGUAACAACUGCAGGACAGCAAUACACAGCAAUCUGAGGAGUCACACUCAAACCUCAACCAAAAAGCCUCUCUAUAGCCACAAAUGAUGCUCAGAGCAGCACCUAACUUCAUCAACAGUAUAUAUAGGGUCCCAGCUAUAGCACUAGCCAUCAAACAUCUUUUUAGCCUUGCCUGAUUUCGUUAACAAAGAGACUAAACACAACUCACCUACUCUCCUCUAGCAGCUGCUUGUUUGUGGGGGAGCCCUGACGAGUCAAUCACCAAGUGCAGCGGAGUUUUUCAGCUCAAGGAGGAACAUUUAUGAUUACUACAAUCAGACUGAGACGCUGAGGCAGAAGAACUACAGUGUCUGCAGUGCAAAAUGAUUAAUAUAGUGGUUAUUAGUGCAAGGAAAUGAUCCAGUGCACUCUGUGAUCGACUCGUCAAGGCUCCCCCACAAACAAUCGGCUGCUGGAAGAGAGUGGGGGAGUUGUGUUUGGUGUCUGCUGAAGAAACCAGGCAAAGCUAAAAAGAUGUUUGGUGGCUAGUACUAUGGCUGGGACCCUAUAUGUACUGUUGAUGAAGUUAGGUGCUGUUCUGGGCAUUAUUUGCUGCUAUAGAGUAGCUCAUAUUUAAACUGUGAUGAGCCUUUUGAGUUCAUAAGAGUAUACAGUAGUUCACUGAGGCAUCAAACUGCCUUAAAAAGCUUGAGGACACUCUCAUCAUAACCUGGUGGAUUCAUUCCCUCUUGCCCUUGGUAAACUAAUGCAGUGAUGUCAUUCUACAAAAAUGGAGGACAUGAUCAAGCAAAAUAUCGUGACACCAAAACUUCAGAGAGGAACUUUGUGGAGAUAUUUUUAGACUUGCUCUGCAGAAAAUAAAAGACAAAGGGCUGUAUGUCCACUUUGUACAAAGCAGCUGUCUAACUUGUCAACACUGACAAAUUUUCGGGCUCCAACAAUGUGGAGGAGGCACCGCUGUCUUUUUCUUGUUUGCGUGGCUGUACAUUCAUCGUAUAAGAAAGUUGACACCAGUGGAAGAGACCAGAAAAGUAACGACUGGACAUUUUUUAAUAUUACCUUUAUCGACUUCCUCUUCUGCCGAAACCGCAGAGAUAACAACAUGAUGUUCAAAAUUAGAAAAUGUGCCUUACGCCUUCAACAGUGUCACCUGAAGGUCACCCUGUAUUGAGACAGAGCUCUUCUGGAGCUGCAGAUAUUUAGAGUCCCUUCUGCUAAUAUCUCACACCCCUUUGGUCACUUAUUUUUAGUCAUUUUUGCUUUAAGAGGCUUAACAAACUGCACAGCAUCAACACUCUAUCUUUAAACCGCACUCUUUUCUAACUCCUCCUGUCUCUGACAAUCCCCAAAUGAAGUGAUUUAAGUCUUUGAGAUGAAACUUCAGGAUUUGGCAGCAGUGACAAACCCAGAGAUUUUUCGGUUGUUUUUUCUUUCAGUCCAUUUUCUGUUGUGAAAGCAAACUGGCCAAGACCCAAAAAACCCACUCUUCCUUCUCCUUCCUCUUCUUUUCAGACCUCCAGGCAGUUGGCUUGAAGAAAGGGAUGUUCUUCAAUCCUGACCCCUACCUGAAGCUCUCCAUCCAGCCUGGAAAGCACAGCAUCUUCCCUUCGCUGCCACACCAUGGCCAGGAGAAACGCUCUGGAGUUGUGUGCAACACAGUGAACCCCCAGUGGAGCACAGAGGUACACACACACACACACACACACACACACACACACACACUUGGACUUACACAGCAAAGAGGUUGAUAGAUUUAUGGGCUGUAUUUAGACAUGUAAGUAGUCUAAACUACAUUGUGUCCAUAAUGCUUCCUGUGUCAUUGACAUCCUUGGCCGUGCUCAGUCUAAUGUCAGCUGCUGUUAUUUAGCUGGUGGAGAAGAGUCUCAACUUCACAAAGUAUUGUUGAUCAGAAGAAAGACAGAAAUAGGAUUUGAUCCUGAUCAAAGAUGCUUGGCAAAAUCUCGACUGCAUUUAUGUCUUUAGUCGGCAUUUGAAGGCAGAGACUAAGGAACCUGUUUACUUUGUUAUUAGGUAUUUUUGAGUUAUUUUCAUAAUAAAAUAAGAUUAAUUGGGUCUAAAAUCACUGGGACAGGACCUGUCUGUGCACCCAAUGUGUUGAGUUGUCAGACAGAUAUACGUAUUUUGACUGUUUAAAGUAUUAGUCCGUGAAAAUAUAUACACCCAGGGUUUAUAUCAUUCUGGUCAUUUAACCAUUUUUGAAUUUCCCUCUGGGAUCAAUAAAGUAUCUAUCUAUCUGUCCGUCUGUCUGUCUGUCUGUCUGUCUGUCUGUCUGUCUGUCUGUCUGUCUACAUACGGGUUGUAGCGGUAAACCAGCAUUGAUGAUAACUACUGUUUGUAGAGUGUACUUCAUUUCAUUUUUUUGCCUCAACAAUUGUGGGAAAAAAAAAUGGUGAUAUCAUCAAAACCCUAAUUCAUACUAGUAAUGUUCAGGAGCAACGCAUUUGAUGGCUACACAGCUGCUCACACCCAACUUUUGACUGCCAUUUCAGGUCCAUAACAUGGAUAUAGAUUUUUUUUUUACUCGUUAAUUUGGUACUGGCUAAUAAGUGAAAUCCAAUCCUUCUGCCAACAAAACCCUUAUAUUCUCAAAACAUCAGUGUCUGAACUGUGUCGUAUUUAUGAGAGAUUCUAUGAUAUGAAUAGUCAGCAGGUGUCAAAACUUUGAGUAAUCUAACACAGCGAGUUGUGAUGUAUGGAGGGAAAGCAAACAGUGGUUGUUAACAAUAGCAGAAGUUUAUGUCUGGGAUGCCACAUACUAAAAUUUAAAUGAUUUUUUUAUGAAUGAAAACAUGCUGAAGUUUUGGAUUUCUUACAUGAAUCCUGCACAACAGACCAGAUUACAAACAAAGGUGGUAAUUGGGUUCUCCUUCAGUUCCAACUGUAGCAUAAGAUCUAUGAAAUCAAUCAAAAUCAUGUUUCUUUUUGUCAGAAAUAAGAUAAGCAGAUUGAUUUUGUCGUGUUGUGACUUUUUCUUAGAAAACACAAAAUUUCCAGGUAUACAUGACAAGUCAAUACUUUUAUAAAAACAGUAAAAUAAAGCAACAUGUACAUUAGGUUGACUAUGAUAGGGGAAAUUGCAUAACAAAAUCAUACACAAUUGGAAAUUAAUAACCUUAUUGAGUGACUGAAGAUGUGAUCAGUCCUUGAAUCAGUCUUUGUGUAUAGGUCUCAACAGCAUUUCUCCCCCAAAUUUUCCCCUUCGGCCAAAAUAACAUGCAAGGAAAAGUAAAUGUUUAGAGAUGGAGUGUGCAUGGAGACCAUGUGUGCUUGCAGUAUUUAGUCUGUUUGCGCUUCCUAUUGUUGUGAAAUGUGGUUGUCAGCUGUUCAUGAAAAUACCUGAAAUGAAGUUUUUCAAAAGUUUGACCAGACGGAUAUUUUUUGCAGUUAUCUACUUUUCUCUGCAGUUUCUGUAUACACAUGUAUCUGUUUGUCUCUGCAGCAUCUGACACUGAAGAUGAGUCUAAGACGUCAACUUCAGGUCCAAUUAGUGGUUUUCUUCCUGGUGCUGUGUCAGUCCACCUACACUCCCCUCAGUCAGUUUAGAAAGCUGCAAAAUACUUUUCUUUGAGAAAACUUUGCUUAGACCUAAUGAGAGGAGUGUUGCUGCAGAUGACCCAGAUUUAUACACAGCUAUUGACUCAAAUAAGCCAACUUCACUUUGGCUGAUGUACAGUGUUGUCUCAGGGUCUGCUGCAGCUUCAUCAGUUUUUUUCUGUCAUCUCUUUGGUUUGCUGUUGUUUGUUUUAAGUUUCAAAGUGAAAAUGAGCAAAAUUGUUUCUACAUUUCAGAAAAAUGUUCACUUUAUUACAUAUUAAAGGAAGGCAAACAGUAGCGACUGAUGAGCCUGGCGUAUUCGCCCUAUAACAGGACAUGCGCAUAAUCAUGAGUGGUUUAGUGUCUACUGCAGUGUUUGUCUGGGGAUGCUGUAUAGCGCAGCCGUUAUGCUUUCAUACAUCCCUCAGGAGACCUCAUACACUGAUUUAGUGCAGUGUCUCUCUUGGCAGCAUCCACUCAGCUCAAAGCCACUCUCCAUUUCCAAACAGCCUCCAUGAUGAGUGGAGCUCAGCUUGCUCUGCAGUGAUGUACUGUAUUACUAAUGUGGCCCUAUAGCAUGCUAACUCUGUCAGCUUGAUGUACAUGUUACAGUCCAGCGCAGUGAAGGUUGUAUGAUGGUCCAUGGUUAUUGCUGCUAACAAAGUCAUGACAGGAAUGAUAUCAUUGCUGGUGGAAGCGUUGUUAAUGGAGCCUCAUACUAACAGUAUUUUCAAAUUUGAUGGUUGUGUAAAAACACUGAAUAAUGAGUGGAAUUAAAUUACGUAUCAUUAAUCAGGGUUUUAUUCCAUAAAAUGUGAUCAUGCCAUCAUUGCUCACUUAAAAAGUGUCAUUAAAUUAAUCCAUGCUACAUUUUUUAUCAUCAGUCCAAUUAAAACAGAAAGAAAGACCAAUAUUCAAGCAGGGAAGCUUCCAGGGCUCUCUUUAGGUACACUUGUUUGAGUCAAGGAUAAUUGUUAAAGCUUUAAUUCCCUCAGGCUAUAGCUGAUAAAAAGUCAACAACUGUCAGGACAACAGUCUUCAUCAAAGAGAGGUAACUUAAACAGACACAGGUGAGAUGUGUUGAAAACAUCAUGUUGGGGGAACAGGGAACUGCUGUGGCAUAUAGACAGACAAAGUUGACCCAGAAACUCAAAAAUAAGAAAAGAUAUAGUACUAUAUAAAUGAGCUAAACAAACAAUGUUGUUUUCCAUAAGGAAAAGAAAAGGAACAAUAAUUAAUAUGAUUUUUUAAAAAGUGUCAAAUAGCUGAAGGGGAUGAAGAAGACCAAGAAAUAGAUUUAUAUAUUGAUUUAUGUAUCUGUUUAUCUGUAACUAAUAUCAAUUUAUCUAUCGAUUUAUUUAUUGUUAUUUCAUUCAUUCUUUCUUAGAAAUGGCUUGAAAAUCUGUCUCUUCCAUCUUCCAUCAAACUGUGUCAAUAAGAGACUCGUUAGACCUUUCAACCUUCCGAUAUUAUGAUUCAUUCAGGUCUUAAUGAGGAGAUCGAUUUUAAGCCAAGCACUAUGAAUGAAUUAUAUGCAGGGGUAGUUUGAUAUGUUUGUUUGGUUAGUUGUUGAUGCCUUCAAUCUGCAGUUUUAUUCUGAGUAAUCUAAAAACUUGUAACCAUGUUUAUCACUUUGAACAUUAUUUAUUAUCUAUGAUACCACAACUUCUAUAUUGAUGUGGCGGUAUUUAAACUGAGCCAAGUAUUUUUUUCCGUCUGUAUCUGUUCCAUUAAAUAUUCACUUAAGUUUAGCAAAUGUGGUUUUAAUUUUUUGAGUAUUAUUUAAUUAUUGUAGUCUGUCAAAUUUCAUGAAGAAAACAAACCAACAAAAGAAAAGAAAAAAAAAAAAAGAAAACACAAUGUCAUCUCAGUAUUACAUAUUAGCCAUUGGUUGAUCAAUAUAAAAUUAGAGCAUAUAAAUUUAAAACUAAUUAGAAAAUAACAAAUAAUUAGGAUUAAAAUAGAAAUGGAAUAGAAGAUUGGCCACUCCACUUCCACUGCAUGUAAAUAAAGCUGUAAGAUGCUGUCAGUGACUUCAGGCAAGUGUGAGUGUUCAGAUAAAUGGCCUCAGGUGAUGUCGCAUGAGCCAGACAUGAUAAAAUGUGAAGAUGACAAGUUUUGAAUUGUAAAUCUGGAGAUGUGGAGUUGGAGGAGAGAAUUCAUAAGACCUCUGACUGUUCGCUGUCCUGGUUUGAGAUGACAAGCUCCAAGCUACAUUCGAGACUACAAGAAUACCACAACCAGAUCUAAACUUAACUCUCAGGAGUCGAGAGGAACCAUAAAUAAUGUUUCUGCCAGUUUUAAACAGUAUAAGAAUGUAAUAUUAAAGUAAACAAAUCCAUAACUUUGGCUCUUUCAUUUGUGGGAAGUCUUUUUAAACAUGACAUCUCCAUGACGGGAUUUCUCCUGAAAUGCAUGACCAUGUUAUGGAUGUUUUAAAGGUUUGCACGAUCAUGUGUUUUCUUCUAUGGUUUCUGAGCUCCUCAGCUGAAGUGAUUCUCUCAUCAAGCUUCAAGGUUACCAGAGAUAGAGCCUGAAAUUUUACUACUAAAAUCCUUCUUUACAAGUGAGAGGCAGGAUGUCUUGAAUGAUGUGGCAAAACCAGGGAGGACUCAGCGUUUGAUUUUUAUUACAGAUAAUACACGGUAGGAUCCAGAGGAUUUGCUGUUAACAGCCACUCCAGCAUCCCACGUACCAAAAUUUGAGGCUUCCCUUGUUCUAUUCGGUUUCGCUUUACUCAUCCAAUCCUAUUUUUCUCUGUGUACCACUCAUUCUCCCUCUGCCCUCUCUGUCCUCUGCUCCUCUACAGCUUCAUCUCUCCUCUCUUCCUCCCACAGAUUAACGUUGUACUUCUGUGCAACAACACACUCCCCCCUCCUCCUCCUCCUCCUCCUCCUCUCAUCAUUUCCUCUCAGCAUUUCCUCUCUCUCUCUCUCUCUUUCUCUAUCUGUCCUACGCAGUUUCACUCUCUUUAUUGAAUUUGUCCAGCAUCCUCCCCUCACAAAACACGCACUUUUGCUCUGUCUGCUCUCUUCUGGCUCGUCUGCUAAAUUAUUCACUCUGACUCCUUUUCAUCCUGCUUCUUUAUCUUCCCCUGCCUGGCCUCUCUCUCUUCCCCACCUCUGCUCAUUUUUUUCUGUUUUCCUAACACCAAAAAAAUCAUUUUAGCCCAAGCAGCAGGGGGCAUUGUUAUAUUUUUGCCUCUAUUGUUAAUUCACUCACUGUCUAACCCUGUUGUUCCCUUAUUUUACACUUCUUUGCUUAUCUAGUUAUGGGUUUUUCAAGAUGCAGGAUUUGAAGUUACAAAUCCUCACUACCCAGCAAAUUAAAAUCAGCCAAUUUUAUUGUGGGAAACCGUCCUUUAGGAUUUAAGUUGAAUAUAUGUGGAUGAAAACAUGCACAUUAAAAGUCAAAGCUGUAAUCGCUGGCCAAAACAAGUGUCCAACAAAGUCUAUUCAAUUUAAAUCCAUUUAAUUCAGUCAAAUUCAAUUCAAUUUGAUUUUGAUCAGUUUAAUUUAAUUAAAUUUCAUGUAAUUAAAUGUAGUUCAGUUCAUGUUAAUCUUUUGAAGUGGCUGUGGAAACGUGUGUGGCACCAAAAAUCAGAAAUUAUUUACCAACAUAGAGGUCAGUCAACAAAGCAAACACUUUUUUGUGACUUGGUAUAAACUAUAUAUGAUAUAAUAUAAUAUACUAAAAGUUCUCUCUUAAAGCAGUAGAUCAGAAUGGGUUGUAUAUAUUGGCCUGAGUGAUGCAGAAACCUCCUCAUAUUUCAUGUUAUCUAAUACGAGGACCGUACUGGGUUUGUCUGCUGCAGGCUUGUUCUGCACCAGCAGAGUCCAUCUGGUGUUGUAAAGACUUGUUUCAGAAGCGUCCUUAAAGCACCACCCUCAGAUGUUUACUCAUUUAUGAUGCUAUAAAUAUACUUUACCUUUCACAAAGGGUUUCGCUCGACUAUACAGUGAGCAAUGUUUUCAACUAAGCCAUGUUGAAGUGAGAGACUUCCUUCGAAAACCACCCAAAAUCAUUGAAGUCAUGAAACGGUUUUACAUUUAAAUUAGGGACACCCAAUUCUCAGUAUAUAUUGGACCAUUCAGACAGCAUCAGUAUGCACUUGUGAAUGUCUUUUUCUUUCAGUUUCACUACGAAUAACAUCCAUGCAUUAUACUGAUUUGGCAUUGGUUGCGUGCGUGCGUGCGUUUAGUGCCUCUAAGUCCACAUGCUUGGAUGAGGACACUCCUCCCCUUUAUUAUUAUGAGGCACAUCAUAGAGCCCCUGCAUUGAGUCAGCAUACACUAAAAGCUUAAAGAAUUCAUUAAUAUUGGGGGUGAAUACUCAAAGUAUCCAAAGUGAGUAGUCUUUGGAAUAAUAAAAAAAAUAAUUAUUGAAUAUUCAUGUACAAGAAACCGAUAUUUUUCCUUUGACAAUGCAAUACAGGAUGUGUUUUUUUUUUCUUAGAUCAUCAUUUUUUCACAGCAACAUAAUGGAUUGCUGAUGAACAUACAGAGUAAUGCAUAUUGUUCAAAACUCUGGAUAUUAACAUAAAAAUGUCUCUGCUAACAAUCAUAUUGCAAGUAGCUGCAACAUGAGAAGUGAACAGGAAAAUUAUUCUAAAUUUACAGUAUCCGGUUUUUCAUCUCCUUGUUUUUAUUGAGAAAAAUAAGCUAAGAGACAGCGCAUCAUCUCUUCACUUCACUUAAAGAGCUUUGGCUUUGUUUUGGUGAUAAUACUCACUGAAUAAAAUGACAUGUCAGGAAAAUUAAAGGAGCUCUUUUACUGCUCACAUAUCAUCACAGGUUGCAUCACUUAUAAAUAACACAGUCUUUUAAAUUUUUUUCAAUGUCCUAAACGUCAAGACCUGGUCUUGUACUUCAUCAUGAUCCAAACCCAGCAGUCGUCAGCUUGUGAACACUUGUGAUCACUACAGCCUCUCUCUGUGUGCUCAUUCUGUUACUCACUGAUACACACACCAGCUGCCUCCUACUGCUCCUCUCCCUGCUCUCCUCUCUCCACCUGCUGUUGCCUGAUAGUUUGUUUCACUGUCACACAACAUGUUGAAGAUGCAGCAGACCAUCAACCUCCUCUUGCUCCCAAACUUUGUUUCACAUUGAUACUUAUGAUGAAUAAGGGGAGGGGCUUAUAGAUAUUAUUGCUCACACACAAAUCUCAAACAUGUCUUUCUGGAUCAAUUUUAACAGUUUUCUUCUUUUCUCGUCAAUGUUUAUCUCCAGAGGUUCAAUUUUGUGUCUCUACCAACUGACGUCCUAGAGAUCGAGGUGAAGGACAAGUUUGCCAAGAGUCGGCCGAUCAUCAAGCGAUUCCUGGGAAAGCUCUCUGUCCCAGUCCAAAGACUCCUGGAAAAACACGCCAUUGGGUAAACUCCUCACUCAAACACGCACAUCCCUGCAGAGAUGGCUGGGUGCAACAGGGUCGUGUUUGUCGGCAGUCCAGAAACUCCUCCAGUAUUGUACGAUUCAAGUCUGUAGAGCAGUGGAAGUUUUACCACAAACCAGCCCACACUGACAGACGAUGAGAGGAAGGCUGUGGGUGGUUGUUGCCAUUUUGAAGCUUUCGAGGCCAUCUGGUUUUAGCGAUGAUAACAUAGUGUAUCUGUUUAGACAACCUGCAUCUCUGCAACUGCAUAUAUUCAGCAAGGUGUAUACUUGUCAAACAGGUGCUAUAGACCUGAAACUUGCAACUUCCUCUCUCCGCUUUCACGAAAGACAUUUAUUUCUCUGCCUCUGUCUCUCUCUCUCUGUCUCUGUCUAUCUUCCUCCACAGGGAUCGAGUAGUGAGUUAUUCACUGGGUCGCAGGUUGCCGACAGAUCAUGUCUGCGGUCAGUUGCAGUUCCGCUUCGAGCUGACCUCUUCUAUUCACCCAGGUACAUGGUGCUUCCUGUCGUUUAGCAGCAUGAAAAGAUACACUUCCAAUCCUGCUAUCAUCCUUUUGCCCUGCAGAAAUAUGUUCUCACAAUAUUCUCAGUUCUGAGCUCAAGGGUGAAAGCUUAGAGAAAUUGCCACUUCUUAAAAAAAAUCAGGCUGCGGAUGUUUAAAAAAGGAGCUCCAUGUCCUUAAGGAUCUCAGUACUCAAAGAGGUGGACUGUAUAACUGCAGAUGAGCAAUUUUCCUACAGUAUGCUCAAACAUUAUGGUACUCCAUGCAUUCUUCACAAAGAGGAAAGACAUAAAAAGCCACUUUGUGUGGAUGAUGCUUGGGAGACUGGGAGAAAUUUAAGAUAAAACCUUUCCAGAUAAGGAGUUGACGUGUAGUUCAUUUUAGCCUUUCCAAAACCAGGAGUGUUGGAAACACAGUUUUGUCAGGAUAUUAGUGGGUAGGAACUUGAUAAAUUCUACGCUACUCAUGAUAAGGUGAUUUGUUUUGGAUUUGAUAGGUACCAGGUGCUAACCUACAGAGAAUAGUUUUAAAUUGGAUAUCAGAUGAAGAAAUAACUGAAACACAGAGGUGUAAGGCCGUGCUUAGUUCCUUCAACUUAAGGGAUCCAGAAUGUGAACUGUAUAUACUGUACAACAGUCGGGUGAAACUACAGAUACCUUCUCAUUAUUUAUUCUGAUAAUACAAUCAUAUCUGAUGAAAACAACUGGUAAAAGCAGCUCCUUUUUACUUAUUUGUCAGCUGGAAACACUUGUUGCCACAAGCUGACAUGAGAGUAAACAAGUGUUUUAGAGAGAGGUGACAAUUAUCCUACCCACAAAACAAUGUCCUGCACGUUAUUUUAGUAGGAGGAAAAAGUCUUCAAGUUUACAAGUUUACAUCAUGUCAGUCAGUUUGAGAAGUGAUCAUCACAACAAAGAUGUGUUGAAGCCAAAACACGGUGCAGUUGCCAUGGCUAGCACUAGCACCGAAACACUGAGUUUAGUUGUGCAGAUUAGGGAAGUGCAUAAACAUUUACUAUAGAUGCCCCAAAACCAUAAUCAAUUAAUGACAUUUACAGCAUUUGAUGACCCGCCAGACUUAAAAUUUCAUCAGGUAAAGGCACAGUUGGAAUCACGAUAUGUUUUGUUGAGCUGCAGGUUCUGUGCAGGUUUGUCCCCACCACCCUGUAUGAUGUGAUCUCAACAUACAAUCUCAAUCUAAUAGACUGAAGCAAAGUGAUAUAUGUUUUACCAGAGACAAAUGGACCACUUACACUAUUAUAGGUAAGAUAGGUAAGAUAUCAAAGCAUUAUAACACAGUGUAAUGUUAAAAAAAGGGGGAACGUUACAUAAUGUAUGAUUAGAAGACUCGUAAUCUAGUGCAUCCUAAUGAAAUGUAAAGCAUUGUAACAUUACAUAACUCAGCAUACCAUAACUCAACAUAAACUGCAUAACCAGACGGUGCAACAUAACAAGAUAUAACUGAGGCAAGUAACAUCACUCAGCACAGUGCAACAUAAUACAUGCAACACAAUAAAUAGCAAUGCAUUGUAGUGUAACAUAAAGCAACAUUUUGUAACGUAACAUGACACUAUUUUAUUGGUAACACUUUACAAUAACCAUAACUUAUAAAUGGUAAGCAGAUAGUUUAUUAAUGUGUAAUCAUCAUUUAUGAACAGCAUAUAGACCAUUAAUAAAUUGUAAAUUUUACAAUUUUAAAAACCUAACCCUAACUUUACAAUAACCAUCCAAGUAAUGUUUAUAGGUGGUUUAUAAACCAUUUAUUAAUCAUUUACAAAGUAUUACAAACAUCAGUUGCAACUUUACAAUAAUCAUCUAAGUAAUGUCUUUAGAUGGUUUAAAAACCAAAUAUUAACCUUUUACAAAGUGCUACUGACACACAUUUUAAUCUAGAUGUUUUACAACCAACAUUUAAACCCUAUAUAAACCUUUAAUAAAUAGUCCAUUAAUAAUUAAUGAAAAUUUUAAAUCAUUAUUUCAUUGCUUGUUAAUAGUAAAGUAACUAUUAACUUACAUUGAUAAACUAUCUAUUUGUCAUCUAUUAUUGGUCUAUAUGCUGUUUUUAAAUGAUGAUUCAACAUUAAUAAACUAUCUAUUUACCAUUUAUAAAUUAUGGAUAUUGUUAAGUGUUACCAUUUCAUUUAACAUAUCCUUACAUGAAAGAAAAAAAAAAAAAAUUAUUGAUUAUGUAUUACAUUAUAUUACAUUACAUACCAAAAUAUGAUACUUUUCUUUUACGCAUAGGGAAAUCUUGUCUUGUACAGCUACAAUUAAAAGCGAGAAUGAGAGCAAAGUAUGUAUUUAUUUUACAGGAAUCACAUGCACACCAGCAGGUAUAACGUGUGAGCACACACAUUGGCAAAUGUCUUGUCAUUAUGAAAACCUGUGUUGCACAGAUAAGAGUCUUUUCAUCACAAAGUGAAACAUAUUGCCCUCUCUGGAGUGCAGCGUCUUUAUGUCAGCCUUGUGUCUAAACUUAGUCUACUGAAUGUGUUUUCUUUGAUGACCCAGGGUCUGGAUACAGCCUUGAAAAAGACAGAGACAUAUUGGAUGUCCAGUAGUGCUCUGGUUCAGAGUUAAAAAAUAAAAUGACAGUAGAAGAGUCAGCGCUGUUGUUUGUUUCUGUGUGUGGAGAUUUCAGAUUUUUAUGUAUGCAGCUUUUCCUACUAAAUCUUCGCUUUACUUUGAGGUGUGUAAAGGCAACAAAAUCAGACCUUUUGAUUACAUAUACAUACUGUAAGAUUAGCAGGACAAUAAUACUAGAGCGAUAUAUUUACUCCAUGUUUGGAUCUGAAAGUGUGGUGUACAUUUAGUAUGUACCUGUAUUUAUUCUCAGAUGAUGAGGAGGUCUCCCUGAUCAUCGAGGCAGCCUGUCCUGAGGAGGAAAAUGCAGCAGAUGAGAACCACGCUGCUGAGGAGCCUGACGAUGACACGCGAAGUGUGGGACCUGACAUGCCUGACCUCCCCUUGGAUGGGGCUCCUGAUCCUGAUCCUGAGACCUCAGUGCCACCGCCCUCCAUCGAUGUAACCUCUGCAUCUGAGGAGGUUGUUCCUGCUGGUAAGGAAGAGGUUGAGGCGACUUCAGAGGGGGAGCAAGGAGCUGUAGGGGAGAGCACAGCAGGGGAUGAGCCCCCACCUGCAGAGCCCCAGUUGGAGCACGGGGAGGGGUCCUCACCUGAACAGCAGGAGGAAAACAAUGGUACAGAAGGAGAGGAUGGAGGAAGAGAGGUGGGGCAGCAGGAGCAAGAAGAGGAGGUGCAGGAAGCAGGGUCAGCACCACCUGCAGAGGGGGAUGUGACUGUAGGAAAAAUUGAAGUUGAAGAGGAAACACAGCCAAAGCCAGACUCAGACAAUCCUGAAGCAGCAGCAACAAACAGUGAAGCUGCUCCUGUUGAGGCUCAAACAGAGGCAGCCCAGGAAAACACCGUAGAACCAGACCAAGAGGCCCCCCUGGAGGUGACAGAGGGAGGAGACAGAAACUGUGUCCCCUGCACCUGCCAAUCCAUUUUCUCAAACUACAACUCUCAAGCUCCCUCUCGCCGUAAAAACCGCCCCUGUUCCCUUCCCGUGUCUGAACUGGAGACAGUGAUUGCGUCAGCCUGUGGUGAGCCAGAGACCCCCAGGUCACACUACAUCCGCAUUCACCACCUCCUCCACAGCCUCCCGUCUGCCCAGAUUAGACCUCCCAGCCAGGAGGAGGAGGAUACCGGGGAUGGAGAGAAUACUAGUAACACAAACAAUACCACAUCUCCGACCAUUAAAACCUCCAAAGAGGAGGAGGAGCAGGAGGAAGAGGAUGAGGAGGAUACAACGCUGUCUCCCUCUCAGGUAUGACCUAAGAUGAGAUGUGUAGAGUUGACAAAAUCUGUCCUUGAGUUUAUUAUUUCCAUCACCAACUCCAGAAAAGUUGGGAUGAUUUGUAAGAAAUAGAAUUUGAUGAUUUGCAAAAUUCUUAAACCCUGAUUGUGAUUGUGUACAGACGACAUAUCGAAUGUGAAAACUUAAUAAAACAUGAAAAAAAAAAAACAUAUAUUUAUAUUUCAUGCCAGUGAUAAGUUAAAAGGAGUUGGGACAGGGACAACAAAAGUAUUGAAAAAUUGCUCUUUUAUUAUAUCCCAUUAGCACCCAACUUAUGAGUUCAUUUGCAACAGGCUAGUAACAUGACUCCUGUAAAGUGUAAAACUGUAAAAUAUCAUUUAAAGUACAAAGCUUUGUUUAAUGAUGGAAAGCGAUACAGAACCUUGGAUGGCCCUGUACUACAAACAAGCAUGACUUCAAAGUCAAAAUCACUGCAUGGUCUUGAAAUCACUUCCAAGAACUGUUGUCUGGAAUCAUAUUUUGUUCCAUCACCUAAAAAUGCAGGUUAAAGCUGGUACCUACUCAAAGCAAUCCAUCCAUACACAUGGUCCAGAAACUAACUCUUGAUCUACAUUCAUUUAAAGCUGAACCAAAGCAAAGUGCAGAAACCAUGAACUGUGUGUUGAGAGGGGGCCACCCAGCUCAUUACCACAGCACAGUUUCAAAGCCAACAACUGUGAUUGUAUUGGGGUCUAGAGUAUGUGGCAUGGGUAGUGUACACAUUCGGUAUGGCACCAAAACUCUAGAGACAUACAGGCUUUAGAGCAACUAUCCAUACAAUGAGUUUUACAGCCAUUAGAGGCCUUGGAUAUGCCAGCAAGACAAUGACAAUGACUAUCCAUUACUGUAUCACUAUAUUAUUGUUUGGGGUUAUUGAACAGCCACUUGUUUGUGGGGGGAGCCCUGGCGAGUCGAUCACUGAGUGCAGCGGGGUUUCGCAGCUCAAGGAAGAACAUUUAUGAUUAUUACUUUAUGAAAAUGCAGUCAGACCGAGACGCUAAGGCAGAAGAACUACCAGGUCUACAGUGCAAAUUGAGUAUUAUGAUGAUUAUUACUUCAAGGAAAUGAUCCGCUUCGCUUGGUGAUCAACUCGUCAGGGCUUCUCUUUGCUAAAGAAAUCAGGCAAAGAUAAAAAGAUGUUUGGUGGCUUGUACUAUGGCUGGGACCCUCUAUGUAUUGUUGAUGAAGUUAGAUACUGUUCUGAGCAUUAUUUGUGGCUAUAGAGUGGCGUCUUGGUUGAGGUUUGCGUGUGGAGACAUAGACCUCUGUGUAUUGCUGUUGUGCGGUCAUCACUAAAGUUGAUGUAAGUAGAGAAGCAAGCAGUCGGCGACAUUCAUCUUUCGACGGGGUGUCUAACUCAGUGUUUUGGUGUGUUUGACCCUAACUUAAUUUUACUCCGGAAUAUCCCUUUAAAGGAUGUAGGGCUAGGGUUUGUGUAGGAAGAGCAUUAAAUGGAGAAUUGGAUCACAGCAUUGCUAAUAUUCAUACAGCUCUCUCACGCUUGUGUUUUGUUGCUUUAAGUACAAACAUAAGAGUGAAUGUUUCUGCUCUCUGUGUGUCCCUCAGGUCCCAGAGUGCCCUGGCCCCUGCUGCCGUCGUUCCCUGCCCCGUAGCCUCUCUAUUGAACGCCUCUCCGAGCUGAACCAGCUCUUGGAAGGUGAGGGAGUGGUAGGACACACAGUAAUCAGGAGGAUUUCCCCCUCCUGUCUAGAGAGUGAGGAGGGAGACUCCAGUCAUGGGGGAGGAAGAAGAAUCGGAGGCAGCACCCACAGACAUCCGGGCGAGAAUGAGUGUGAAUUCUGCGACACCUCCUGCUACAGCACCUCCUGCUACAGCACCUCCUGUUACAGCACGUCCUGUUACAGCAACUCAGGCAACGAAGGGAGAGGCCGCUACUGCAGCCACACCCGCCUCUCCUCAGUGGACAGCAACAGACUCUCUGGCAGCACUGUGUUCUCCUCCCAGGAUGAAGACGAGGAUGAGGAGAGCGCCUUUGAGCUACCUGAUGGCAACCAUGGACUAGAGGGCCCGGAGUCAGGUGGGGCAGAAAGGAGGACAGGAAGAUGGAAGGAGGCCAGGAGAGGAGAGAAUGGAGAGCCAGCUGUGGCGGGGCCCAGUGACAGGCACAACUCAGGUGAGUCACGGCAAAACCGGCUGUAUUCUGAUUCAUGCUUAUUAAAAAAGAAUACACUCAUCACUGUUAAAGUUUUACACUUUUAUGAGAGUCUGACCUGUUUUAAUACAUUUAAGUUUAGGGGGAUACACUCUUGUUCAGCUUCAAAUGAAAUCAGGUCUGAAUCCACUGAAGAAAGAGUUGAAGUCUCCAUGCUCAGUGGAGAGCAAGAAUUCAUCAGUCAGAUUUCCCUUUUUGUAUUGUUCUAAUGGUGAAGUUUAAAAUCCUGACGUUUGGUACAGUGGAGACUAAAAAUGGGAUGUGCUUUUAAUUUCAAUGUGGAGAAGUUGUCUGGAUGGUUUGUUUUUUAAAUGCUAAUUGUAAUUAAUAUUCUGAUAUUUUUUUAGUCUUGUUUUCUGGAUAUUUUUCUCUCCUGAAAUUGAUCUGGGCUCAGAAUAUUAUUUUUUGAAUGAGCCAUUGAUAAAACCAGACCAGUACGUAGUCUUUGAAGCAACAGAAACAACCAGAGUUGUAGACCUUAUGAUAGUCGAACCACAAGACAUUGCUCUCUGACCUUGUGUGGAUUUAAAAAUGCAGUGUCUUCAGAAAAAUGCUGCUCAGUCAACACAUUUAUACAAUAAAAACUAAGUGUAUCUCAACAUUUAGAAUUAAAAUGUCAUAAAUGAUUGUGACAAUCUAUUUGCUUUGGAACCUGAUUUAAAAAAGACACACAACGUUUGCUGCUAUCGUUAAGUAGAUGACAUGUUGUAUUUUAACAUGCUUAGCAUAUGUUUUGAUAAUGUAUCAGCCUGUUACUGGCAAGUCAACAAACAGGAAGAGCAGGAAGAAGGAAUCAUGUAAUUAUGUGGGAUGGCAGUUAGUGCAGAAAGGUGAAUUCAUCUUUUAAAAACCUUUGACUUGGAUUAUUUUCAGUUUUUUUCUCUAAGUUGAACUUUAAAAAAAACGGAGCAAAAAAUAGUUUUGUGAUUAAAGUAUAUAAUUAAAAAUGUCUCACACUCUUAAUAAUUUUUCCUUACCCUGGUCCUUACACCCUUCUGAUUUAGCCUGAGACUCUUUGCUUUGUGUCUGUUAAUGAGAGUGACAGACUGAGGAGAGAAGCUGUUGUUGUGGCUUAUGUUGGCAUAUGGUUCCUCUAUCAGAAAGGAGUUGAAGUUGAAGUAGGUUGCGUCGAGGCUGUGAUGAAGCUGAUGCCUUUUUUAUCAGGAGGACUGUGGGCGCUACAAGUCCUGGCUCAGAGGCAGGUUGGCUCACUGUUUGCUCAAAUGCUUCUCUCUCUGGCUGUCUGUUGUGGUCCGUUUCUGUCUUUUUUGGUGGCUGAAGUUCAGAGAAGAAAGCUGCACCAAAGUCACCAUCUGCAGCACCAUCUUGCCGUAUUUCAUCAUGUUCUCACAUAGUGUGAGAUGAAUAAGGAAAUCUGAUAUAAAUAUUUACUUUUACACGAUCACAACGUUAUAAUUAAAAUGACCAAACAAAGCUGUCCCAACAAAGGAAACUAAGGGUCCCUAUCUGACCUCUCCAUACUCCCCAAUUGCACAGACAUUGAUUCAGCUCUAUUAUAACUCAUAACUAGGGCUUGGCGAUAUGGCAAAAAGUUUAUCACUUUUUUUUUUGUUUUGUUUUCAUGACAGUCGAUAUCAAAAUAUCAAUCACGCUAGAAAAAAAAAUAGUUGUCAAUUUUAAAUGUUCCUUGUUACUCUUAAAUGAAAUUGAACAGUGCUUAUUGGUGGCAUGUCUUUUGCAGUAUAAUAAGCUACUGCAUCUGUGAGGUCUCUGUGUCUCUUCAAUGUUUUGUCAUAAGGUGUUGCACUAGAGAAAGCGGACUGAAUGGUCUGUUGUUUGGGAUGCACAGGCGCUAUGGGCUCCUUGCUCUGCUUGGGGUUUAUAAUCUUUUGCAUUGCGCAUGCUCUGCCACGUGGCACUGCUUCAGGUGGUGAAAAAAAAAGAUUUGAGGUAUUCCCCGACUUUGCUAUAACAUGUACUCAACAUAAUUUGCUUCAUGUCCGACCUCAAAAAAACAAAAUACCUCCACACCACCGACGUUUUCGUGCCAGUUUUGUCAACAAUGUUGUCAUCUGUUGAGCCUUCAUCUGCAUUACUGCCAGGGGUAGCACUCAUUUUCUGUUUUUCUUACUGACAGUGCUGUUGGCUUCAUGUGUUAAAGUACUAUGCUUGCGUGUAGCUGCAGCCUGCUACUACUCAGUUGUUUGCAAUUGGUUGAAUGCAAAUGAGACCCGAAGCAACUCCCCUUUUCAUUGGCUUUUCGUAUAGUCUACCAAAACAUGGCAGAAUGCCCACUAUUAAAAAGCAUAUUGACCAUGUUUUAUAUUGAUAUUGAGGGAAAUUAUUAUCAUUAUUAUAUAAUAUAUUAUUAUAUAUUAGCCCUACUAAUAACCCCUAAAUGUCUCUAUAACAGGGACAACAGAAACCUUGAAUAGGGUGUGUAAAAGGGGCUGCAAAAGGGAUUCACCUUCAGCAGCUCUAAAUAUAGUUCAAUUUAUGAGUGACAGCCAUGCUGCUAUUCAUGUCACUUUGAACCCUGCCUGUGUGCUGUCAAACUGUGAGAAAAUGGCACUAUAAUUCUGUACUUAAUUAAAUAAAUAAUGAUAGAAACAUGUUGCCAAGGAGCUUUUCUUCUGCAGCUACAGAUCAUUAAUUAAUGCAGACCUAUGUUCAAAAUCCCAAAGGCCGUAAACAUUGAAGCAGCAGACGCAGUCAGGGGUGAUACAUAUUUCAUGUGUGAAAAGGGCUGAAAGGGAGCUAAGGUAAAACUGGCUUACGGGUCAAUGACAUGACGCCUCAAUAUUCUGUCCGGCUGUAUUUUCUUUAAAUUACAAAAAGUGUCAAAAUAUCAUGUGGUGCGACCGACCAGCCAUGACUUCUGUUUUGAAAACUUCUUUGAAAUUACUCUAAAUCUAUUACAAUUUAGUUUCUGCAAUGUUCGGCAUAAUUUUCUAAGUGUUUUUUUAUUCCUGUAAAAAAUUGCAAAGCUUUUGCAGUUAUAUUUUUUUUAGGGCUGUCAAUCGAUUAAAAUAUUUAAUCGCGAUUAAUCGAAUUGUGAUCAUAAUUAAUCAUGAUUAAUCGCAAAUUGAUCGCAUAUUUUUGAUCAAUUCUAAAUCGAUCUUUUUCAAAUUGUUAUACUUUUAUCAACAUAAGAAUCAACAUGAGAACAGAUCGUGGAUUUUCAUGGUAAUGGUGGUCCUACACGGUAAUUCAUAUGUCCAGUCAUUGGAUGCAAUCCGUAUGCUUUCACGCAGACCAACGUCCUGCACAAUGCUAAUCGGCCGACAAGCGGGAGCCACCCAUUUAGCGAUUUCUGUUUCAAGUUUGCAUUUAGUAGAGCUCUCCAUCUGUUUACCUUGCACAUUCAGCAUUGUUUGCUUGAGGCGGGGGGGCGGGGGGGCUCUCUGCAUCAGCUGUGUGCUUGGCCGACAAGUGAUAUUUGAGACUAGACGUACUCCGGUGGUAGCUAAAUUCAGCUCGACAGGAAACACAAAUGACUUUUGUCCUGUCAAGAGAGCCAUCUGGCAAGGCUUUGUAGCUGAACUUUCUGUUCAAAAUCGUGUUCUUAUCCAUUAUAUCCUAGUUUCUACUCACGUGGAUUUGUUUAUGUCUGCUGCGGAAUCAGUCAGUGCUCUACUUCCUGAUUCGCGAAACUACGGAGUGCCCCGAGGCUCACAUAGCUCACCAACUGUUCCUCUACCCUUUUACAACGGCAAGAAUAUCGAGGCAGUGUGUGUAUAGUUUGGUGAAGCCAGGCUAAGGCUUGCGUUAAUCGUGCGUCAAAAAAAUUUGUGGCGUUAAAAGUCACUCGAGUUAACGCGACAAUAAUGCGUUAACUUUGACAGCCUUAAUUUUUUCAUAAUAUACAAACAAUUUUUGUCCGAUCGUGUCCAUUUCAAUAAAUAUCAUGUGGUGCGACCAUCAAAAAAUGAAAAUUUUUGACACUUUUAUGCUGAAAUUUACUCAAGGUCAGGAAGUUGAAUCAUUCACCAUUUUGUCGUAGAGUUAUGGAAGCAGAAAGAGGUUUGGUGGCUCUCUCAUUUCUUUAAAAAAAAAAGACCUUUUCAACUGCUGUAAUGGUGUUGCCACUUUUGGAUAUCAUGUGGUAUGACCUAAAAAAAACCCAAUAAUUUAAGUUAUUUCCACAAAUAUGUAUUUUAAUUAUAAAUUUCAUAGUGACCUUUUGUGGGAAGCUAGUGAGCUUUGUUUAUGUGGCUAAUCCUGUAUCAGUAAGAUUUGACUGAAUUUGAAAAUGUCAUGCGGUGCGACCAAUUAUCAUGUGGUGCGACCACUGCAGAUUGUUUUCCAUCAUAAAUAUAUGCCCUAGAUUGGCAGUAUUUACGCUUUUUAUAUUCAAUUGAUGAUUGAUAAACACAAAGUACUUAAUUUUGAAUUUUUUUUGUUAUUUGAUGAGUCAUUUUGCUAAUAUAUCUGAAAUAAUGGUUAGUUCAUCUCUGUGCAAAAUAAGAAAAAAAAUAUUAAAAGCAUGCCAUUUCACUUAAGGUAUUUAUGCCAUUGUUAGCAAUUUGUUAACUUUCAUGUAUCAAUUUAAGUCAUUUUAAUUAAUUUUACCAGAUGCAACCGCCAAGCAAAGUUAAAAGCGCUCGCCAUAGGCAGCGUGUCAACUCUGACCCUGCAGCAUGGUGUUCAUGCGAGGACUGGUCAAAGAUUGGGCCAAGAUUGUUGACAUCGUUGCACAGAUAGUGAGAGGAGCGCUUCGCCGAGAGCGUUAUAUUCAUGAUUGUUCAAAUCAGUUUGAUUUACCUGAUGACGUUCUCUAUGAACGUUACAAGUUUUCCUCGGACGGCCUCAAUAUUCAGGUAGCAUGAAGUCUCAGCAAUGCACUAAUAUUUGCCAAGCUCCAGGUUCCAAUUUCAUGCAGCAUAUCAGUCAUCAUUCAGAAUUUAUUGAAGCAGAUUAGAAAACUCUCUUAACCCCAAAUCUGUCUGCAGAUGACAUGUGACCAUCAGAUGAUGGAGAAAAAAGAAAAAAAGGCAGUGUGAGGAAAUCACUGUUAACGCGUUGAAAUGUGUACAAAUAAAAUCUUCCAGUAAACCAGCUAACCACUUUGACAGAUGUUUUUAGAUUUAUUUUUAUUUGCUCCCACGUUUGUUCAUUCCUAUCGUGUUUUCAUUUUUUGUGUGAUAUGUAGGCCGUAUGAGCCUUUCAUAAAGGUGGUCAUCCAGAGAAGUAAGUGGGUCCGUGCGGUCCCUGAAAACUCUCGCACGCCGGAGUGCUCCUCGGACAAUGCGAGCACCGGGGUCUGUAGGAUCCUCCAAGAACAGACAAGCCAUUUUUUCGAGAGAGCUCAUUGGUCAGUGGGCGGGGUUUUUAUACUCCGUGAGUUCAAUCUGGAACUUAACCUGCCCCGGGGCAGGUUAGCUGUUCAGUGUAUGUUGCCAUGGAGACUCGCCUCGCUAAGAAGUGAACCUGCGUCGUAGAACAGGAAACCCCGAUCUUACCCUCGAAGUUACCUCGCUAAGCAGUAGUCCUGCUUCGUAGAACUGACCUGAUCGGCAUGCCAGGCUCAUGGCUCAGCUCAACUGAACUGAGAAAGGAACAAAUCAGUUCACGUCGAUCACUCAGCAGUUCCAUUCUUUUGAAUGAAAUGUUCAUAAACAACACAACACUAUUUACAGUUUUUUUGGAGGUCAUCAUGAGGAUGAAUUUUUGUUGUGAUUGUUAGAAAAUUUGUGUGUGUCACGUUCAAAUGAUUUUGAAGGUGACCUGUAAGCAGGAAGGUCAUCUUAGCUCUAAAUUAGCACAAAAAAGCUCAUUUAAAUCCAAAUAAACAACUCUUAAAUACAAAGACGCUGUUUGUUUUUGAGCCCAGUUUGGAGUGAAGUUAUCUCUCUGAACACACUUGGUAAAUUGGACAAUGUUAUUAUUAUUAUUUUUUUUUCCCAAGCAUGCAAGAUAAUUAAUAUCUUGUGCGCACAGAAUGAUUGUAAUGCACACUCAUUUUUCAAUCCACACUGUUAGAUCUCUCGAGAGUCAACAUGAGUCCAGCAGGAGAGAGACCAUUUUCCAGGCAGACCUUGCAAAGUGUUGAUCCAGCAGAACCAGAUCAAAUGUAUUGUCAGAUUUUCUUCAUCAGUAAAACAUCCAAUCUUAGACUGUGUCAUCAGGAUUACACCUUGGCCUUUAAGCGUCCCAAGAUCAGUCUGUAUGGAGAGCAAAAGAAGGAGGAACACAGGCCUCCGAUAUAAUAAUAAUAAUACAUUUUAUUUAAAAGCGCCUUUCUGGACACCCAAGGACACUGUACAGGCAUUAAGAACACAGUUAAAACACUGUUAAAAUAAAUAAAAACAAUAUACAGGUAUGGAAAUGGACAGUUAAAGGGAAUAUGAGCUCCAGCUCCCAUUGUUGGGAGGAUUUGUGUCUCUCUAUGAAGGUCGGCUAACAGUCUGUUUUAGAUCAAACAUUUACACUGAGACACUAAUCUGACUGAUGCUGAGUCACUAAGAUUUACAGACUUCCCUGAAUGCAUCAGAAAUGAUGGAUCUGACCUCCAUUCAACAAACAAACAUUUUCGAAGUAGUUUUCUCCUUAAGACCUGACAAAGAUGGACUUAGGACGAAUCUGCAUUAUAGUGCUGUUUUUUUAGAAACGUGAGACAUGUAAAUCACAAGAACAUCCAUUUAUUUUUUCUGGUUUAUAUUUUGCUGAAGCAAUUACGAGUAAAUUAUUUCCAUUACGUUCUUUUUACGUUGAAACUGAGACUCAGCACAAUCAGACAAACCACAAGUAAGAGCAAAGCUUUAGUGUUUCUUUAUUUUGACGGUGAAACUGAGACCCAGAGGGUUGAAACCACUGAAUUCUGCCAGCUAGAAGCCAUCAUAUUUAGUUUUGCCAACUCCUCAAAAAGGAAAGUAGCUAUUGGCUUGCUUAAUAGUCGCCAGAAAUUGCUAAAUGAUAACAUUGUCUAAUUUUCAUAAUUGGACAAAUUGUAAUGUAAGGGGGGAGGAACGUCGUGGGAGAGACAAAAAGUGAGUAAAAAACACCCCAAAUAUGUUUAGAACUACAAAUGAACUUCUUUCUGUCGAUUCUUUUUUUUUUUUUUCAAAUGUUGCAAUACCAACCCUCUUCCUUUAUCCGGGCUUGGGACCAGCAAAAAUGACCCAAUUGAGACAAUUUGGCGGAGUUACUGAGGUUUUUUUUUAUUUUAUUUUUUAUUUUUUAUUUUUUUAUAUGUUUAAUUAAGUUUUGGGGGAAAGGGGGAAUUUUUUUACGACACCUCAAUUUACCUAAUCAUAGGUGUUUUGGGCUAUUUGGGAGAAACCGGAGCUCCCGGAGGAAACCCAUGCAGACACAUCUAAUUCACAUAUUUUACAUUAAGAAACAAAGGGGGAAUUUUUUUUUGACGACGCUUCAAUUUUACCUAAUCAUACGCUUGUUGGGCUAUUUGGGAAAAACCAGAGCUCCCGGGGAAAACCCAUGCAGACACGAGGAGAACACGCCAACUCCACACAGAGUCUGACCUCCGUGAAGCCACCGUGCUGCUCAAGAGAUCUGGGAUAGUUUUUACAGCACAUCACGUCACCUGGAGGAUUUUGCACGGGAUCAAAGCCAUAAGCCAAAAACCCGCCAGAUGCAUGUUCUUUGCGCUCCAUCAGCACUGUGUUCUGGUUCUGGUUCCAACAACGCAUGCCAUCGCAGUGUAGCAGCAGCCCUAGGCAGCUGCAACACUGCUGCCAUGCUGCCAGUGAGUGAUGGCGUGUGCUGUUGGCCUGAGCUGGAAUGCAGCACUGAAAUCCCCCAGGUGAGGUGCUGUGCUGUAAAAACUAUCUCAGAGAGAUUCAGUUCACAGAGUGAACGCAGUUGCUGAAGCGACAAGACUUCUUCCGGAGCCACCGACCGAAUAGGACCACACAGUUCUGACCUUUCUUCUUCUUCUUCUUCUCCUCCGGUCUCCUCUCAGUGUCACUCUCAUCCUGGAAAUACCUGGGAAGACAAGGUCUCCUUUUCGGCUCCAAGUCUUCCCCUGAGUCUUUUUCCGAUAUAGAGAGAGGACUCAGGACGAAUUCAGGGGGUUUAGGUUUAACCUGGAUAAUUAGGGGUUUCCGUGGGGUCUUCUUCUCCGCCUGUCUCCUCUUGACUGGAACCGGGUCACCUUAACAAUGAAAAUCAAAGGAAGACAGAGAUUAGCGUUAGUGCCACGACUCUUCAUACUUCUUGUUUAUUUCAAAGUUUGAAAAAAAAAAUGUCAAUGUAAAGUUACAGUUGUUGUUUCCUACCUGAAGUGACAGUCCUGUCCUUAGAGGUCUCCCCCUCAGUGUCACUCUCAUCCUUGAAAUACCUGGGAAGACAAGGUCUCCUUUUCGGCUCCAAGUCUUUCUCUGAGUCUUCUUCCGAUAUAGAGGAGUGUUCAGCGGGUUCAGGUUUAACCUGGAUAAUUCGGGGUUUCCGUGGGGUCUGGGUAUUAGGUUUAACCAGGGUCAAUAAGGGUGUCCGUGGGGUCUGUUCAUUAAAGCCACUGCUGCCCCUGGAGCUGUGAAGGUAAAAUUAUAUGCAGUCAAUCACAGGUAUAUGAAGAUUAUACUCUAGAAAUGCACAAGGGUGUACCAUAAGGUUCUGUCCCGGGCCUACUGCCUUUUGAUAUGAACCUGACAUGUUCUGACAGAAUACUCUAAACUCUGGUAUGAAAUUCUGUGAUGAUAAUUAUCUCAUUUACUCUUGUUCACCUACACCUGCUAAAGUUCAUUUAAACUUUCAUCAGGCAUUUGAUCGAAGUAUAAGAUGAACUUUAAAAACUACAAAUCAUUUUAAACAUAUGUAGAACUUGUGCUUUUUUAAAUGAUGAUUAUUAACAGCUUUUAAAACAAUAAUAAUCCUAAAUCUCUCUGUCUAAAGGUAAUAUAUGAAAUCAGUUCAUAUGUAUUUAAAACCAUCGUCUGUAUAUAGUAAGGACAACAUGACCUAGACUGUGCCUGUCACCGGGGGAUUCUGUUCUCGCUAAGGUUUCACCUAGCGAGAAGCCAGAUGAUGUCCAUUGUAUAUGCAGUCUAUGGCAUAAACAGACACUUACUCAGAGCUUUGCUUUGCGUUGGUGAUAAAUGGAUGGGCGAGGACUUCGCUUGGGGUGAUUCUCUUGCUGGGAUCUAUCUGAAGCAUGGCCUUCAAAAGGUUGAUGCACUCCUUCUUCUCAUUGGCAUCCUCGCCAGCAAGGGUGGUUAGCUAAUGGAGGAAACAAAGUGGAGAAAAGUUAACUUUCUGGUUCUUGAAGAGCUUAAUUUAGAGCUGCAACUAUGUGGAUUUUAACACUUACUUUUUCCAGCUGGUCCAGGCUUUCAAAAGGGCAGUGGCAGGAGUCAAUAAACCAAACGUCUGUUUGAGCAUACUCGUAAGGGGUCUGAAACGAUAAAGAAUUAUUUUUAGAAAUCUCUCCAUCAUUGAUCACUAUGUGGAAAAUCUAGAAAAGGGUAAUCUUAACUGUGGUAGAAAUUUAAGAUGAAACUGUUCAGGAUCUUACCUUCAGUCUCCAUUGGCCAGAAGUCUUUUUGCAAUACAUCCUGGUUCUCAACCCGUUAUCAAAAACGUGGUUUGGAGGAGCACCGAGGACCUUGAUCAUGGAAUGCAGCUGCAAAACAACACAGAUUAACAUCAACAUGUUAAAUAAAUCAAUCAAUUAAAAUUUAAAAAAAAAUUUGCAAAAAUGUUCUUGAACCACUUAGCAACAUUGACUUAAUUCUCUAAGUUGAAUUUAGACUUUUUUCUUGUAACCUGGACAUUUUUUUUCAAAAGUGCAUGCUGAAAAUAAUAUGUCCUCCCUCUCAAGGUGUGAAUCUAGUCCGACAGCCUCAUAAAGGAGAUGCAAGCAACUUUUAACCACUGAAGUUCACUGUCUCUUUGUUAAAUGACCAGCAAGACUAAAUCCAACAGGAGAAAAGAAAUGAAAUGAAAAAGAAAUAUUUCAAAAACUUACAGCAUCAUAUUCCAAUCUUGCUGGAAAGAGCUUAUGUCCAGUUAGCAUGAACGCCAUCACCACACCGAGAGACCACAUGUCAAUGGCCUCUGAAAACGGCUGCCCUAAAAUGAUCUCUGGAGCCCUGAAAGUGACACAAAAUCAUAAUGUUAAUUAAGAAAACUUUUCAUCUCUAAGUAAGAUAUCAUUAGCCUGGCUGGGCCAUCCUGUUGUGUGAAUCACUUGCCGUUCCUUUCCACAACAGUCUGGACUUCGGCCCACUGGGAGCUUAUAUUCCCGGUCAGAAAAUAACCUGACCGGAACUACACACUCCCAAUGGGCCAAGGUCCAGACUGUCGUGGGAAGGAACGGCAAGUGAUUCGCGCAACAGGAUGGCUCAGCCAGGCUAAGAUAUCACAUCUUGCAGGAGGGAUAGAGCUUACCUGAAGUUUAAAGCUUGUUUGCGUUGGCCCUGCACCGCAGAGCUGGUUGGAAAAGCCAAUCCAAAGUCAAUGAGCUUGACCUGGAGAGGCUCCUCAUCUGAGUCCACCACCAUGAUGUUGUCCGGCUUUAUAUCCGAGUGGAUCACUUUGUAGGUCUUCAGAACAUCCAAGGCUGUAGCCAUCUGCAAAUCAGACAAAGUACACAGUCAGAGCAAAGAAAUUAAACUUUGACAACAAUAAUAAUAAUAAUAUCUAGAAAACUACCUCCCCAAAUGCCACCUGUUGGUCAUUAGAGAGAUAGCAGAUUUUUCCUUAUUUGUCUCACUUCCUGUGAGCAGUCUAUCAGCAGCCGUGACGGCUGGUUAUUGAUUGGUCUGCUCUUUUCUUACCUGAUGGAUGACGCUUCUAACGUUGGCCAGAUUUAGAGGGUCAAAGCUACGGGUGACUGUCAUAUGUUUCCAAAGAGUCUCAUCCAACAUCUCAAACACUAAGCCUUUGAUGUUAUCCUUCAGUGGAAUCAUCUCAAUAUACCUGACGAUGUUCUUCUCGUCCAAGUUGUUCCUCUUGAAGAAUUCCAACAAAUCAUACUGUAGAUGAAACAGAGAAACACAAUGUUAAAACUCAUUUCUUGAGAUGUUUACAUAUUCCUAACUUUGUUUCUUGGUAAUAAAAUAAGGUGUGUGUAUGACAAAAUUCAUAAUAAAAAGGAAAGAUGCAUUUUUGCUGAGAACACUGAUUGUUAAAAUUUGAGUAGGACCUAGGAACUUAGAGUGGUAUCUGUGUAAGGUGUUUUCUGCCUGUAACACAGACAUGACAAACCUCAGGUAUAGAGGUUUGAGCCCACCAGGUGUUUCUGUCUGUUUUUGGUUCUCUAUUAUGUGAAAACUAAAAGUGUCUAAAGCAUUGAACUUACCUCAUUUCUAAACCCCUCGGUAUCACGUAGGACCUUUAUGGCAACGAUAUCAUCAGUGUCCACUUUUAAACAUUUUAGCACGACCCCAAAGGCCCCAUGUCCAGCCUCCUUCAGCAAACAGUAGUUACUGGGGAGGAUGUUGGCAUAGUCUUUAUUCAUGGUCAUGUUAUUUUUUUUAAAGUGUAGGGAAAUGAAGAUCAGCUUAAUAUGAGCUGAGUUGCAGAAAGAGCGCAGAGUGACAAAACUUUUCUGUGUAUUGUAGUCUUUGCUUCAAUGUAAGGUUUAACCCUUGACUUACCUUUUUCUGGGGCUUUGAUGGCAUGAUGUCAUGAUGACAUCAUUACAGAGUCAUGAUGACACAUCAAAGCCCCAAAAUUCUAGAAGCAGGUUUAAAAAAUGCUGAGGAGCUUCUUGUCGCCAUAGCAACACAGUUGACAAAAGUAGAACAGCAGAGGCCAUUUUUUGACUGUAUUCAUGGACACUUUUGGAUACAAACCAUAGAUUGUUUAUAUUAUAAACACAGUUGAUGUGUCAGUGUGCGAAUUUGAGGCCUAAUUGCUCUCGUAUUUGCGGGAGUUUUCCCUAUUUCCUGAAACAUUUGCACAGUAGCAUUCAGGAUAGACUAGCUGUGAUUACACUCUGCUUACAGAGUAUGAUUGUGAGUUUUGUUUGGUGGUGGUCAGAGACCUGCGUGAAGCUUAGCCUGGCUGGGCCAUCCUGUUGCGUGAAUCACUUGACGUUCCUUCCCACCACAGUCUGGACUUCGGCCCAUAGAGAGCGUGUAUUCCCGAUCAGAAAAUAACCGGGCCAAUCAGAGACUGUGUUUUCACUGUUACUCGGACAACAGGGAAAGGCAGCCCCUGAUUGGUCCAUGUACUACUGUAACCAGUCACCGUAACCAAGCAUCUGUGAUGAUGUCAGAUGCUUGGUUACGGUGAUUGGUUACAGUAGUCUGUCUAUCAAGGAAAGUACUCCCGCCCGCUUUCAGGGCUUCCAAUGGGCCUGUGGUGGGAAGGAACGUCAAGUAAUUCACGCAACUGGAUGGCCCAGCCAGGCUACGUGAAGCUGGCCCCCCACCCUACGAGAAAUCUUGGGAAAACAGUCUGCUUCAUUUGUGCUUCGUUUGUGCUGGUUUGUGCCGUUAAAAUUUUCGUUUUUGUUUGUGCUGCUAUGGUUUUUAAGUUAUUAGAUAUUGUUUUAUAGGUCAUCCAGAGGUCACCCAGCCCCCCACUUGUUCUGAAUGGACCCGAAAUUGUGCCAUUCAUCAGUGCUUUGUUUGUGCUGUUAAAAUUUCACCAUUUCAGGUCCAUUCGGAACAAAUGGGGGGCUGGGUGACCUCUGAAUGACCUAUAAACAAUAUUUAAUAACUUGAAAACCAUAGCAGCACAAACAAAAAUGUUAAUAGUACAAACCAGCAUAAUUGAAGCAAACUAUUUUCCUGAAAUUUUGUGUGGCGUGGGGUGGGGGGCAGCUUCACCUGGUUGGUCAGAGAGGCCGUAGCAUUCUGCAAUAUUGCCAUAGAUAUGAUCAGGAGGGGCAUCCUCUUGUGGGUUCCAGUGUCAAAAUGGAGAUACAACCAAAAUUGGCUUCAUAGCGCUCCUACAAAAUUUCAAAAAUUAAGCCACAGCCCCUGUGUGUGGUCCAUAGCUAUGGAAUCACAAAGUUGGUGAUGCAACACUGCUUGGGCCUGUUUAUUUGGCCACAAUUAUAACAAUAAUAAUUAUUAUUAUUAUUGUAAUUAUAGUAAUAAUGGACUGUAAUGCACUUUGUGUUACAUCCUUUGUAUGAAAAGUGCUUUUUAAAUAAAGUUUGAUUAUGAUAAUUAUUAUUUUCAUUAUUAUUAUUAUUAUUACUAUUAUUAUUAUUUUUAGUAGUAGUAGUAUAAGUAUUAUUUUAUAUUCUGUUUGAUUUAGUAACAUGCAUUAUUAACAGUUACAGGACCAUUCCCAUUGCAAUCAUAAUGUUCUGCAUGCACUUUGCUCCUUGACCUCUAGUCACUUUACUGUACAUUUUGACAUGUAGCAAGUGUACAUAUGAUCAAUAAUGCCAAUAAAGCUUAGCUUGAUUACUACUUACAUUUUCAACAAUCCAUUGGUGAAAAGCCAGAUCAGCUGUUGCAUCAAUUGCUGUCAUACAUGCCUGUUUGUACUGAAAAGGAAUAAUUUAUCAAAGCAGAAUCAGGUCUAUUGGCCAAGUUUGUGUCAGCAUUGCUCUCUAUGUGCACAUUUAACAUGAAAUAUUCAGUGACCAACCAAUAGACUAUAACAACAAGCCAACCAUCAUUGUAAUUUACCCUAAGAUCGUUUAGUGCAUUCAAAAAUUUAACAUCAGCUUAGCUUGAUUUGAUUUUGAGGCUGAACUCUUAUUUACCAAUCUCCUCGCACUCCUCGCCACUCAUUCAGCACCAGUUCUUUCUGUAGUAGUUCCUGUUUCACAGGGUCCUUCUUGUCUUCAAUCACGGCUGUAUUGGACACCAUCUUGCCUUUCGCUUUGCCUUGGUGGCUCCUGUCCACUGCUGGCUGGGAGGAUUUCGGCCUGGUGUUGAUGUUUAGCUCUUAUAACUGGUAUCCCGCAGAGGAUACGCUCCUGUCCAAAUCCAUUGUUGAUCGCCUAUGGUACAAGGUAGACAAGGCCUGGAACUAUUAGCUCAAACUGAAAGAAUUAACAAUGACCAAAUCGCGGUUGAUGCCCAAAAAAUAUUAUUAUUAUUAUUAUUAUUAUUCAAAAAUAAAAUAUUCACAUUCACUCAAGCCUUUUAUAACUACAUUGCAAUUUUUCAACUAUUUAUCAUUUUCAAUCUGGAAGUGGUAGCAGGUGGAGUAGCAGCAAGAUAGCAGACAUGUCACUGCCCCAGCCUACAUUAAAACAUCAGGUUAGCAGAAUGCCACAUGUAGGCUACCUUAAAUUGGCACAAUAACUAUAUCUAUAUCAUCAACAACAGUAAUUAAAGUUCCAGUCAUACCAUUCUCAACUCCAACAGCAGACUCAGAAUUGCGCAUUAAUUCCAAGAGUUCUGUGGUGGGCGCCAGUCCAUGGCUUUCCUUGAUAACGUUUGCUUUGAAACUGGGCCACCUUUCUGAGAAUUUGUUGGCAGUGACCUCACCAAAAAGGAGCCUGAAAUCAUGUUCUAUCUGUAAUGCAAAGUACAUAGAAAGGAAUGAUAAAUGACACUGCAUGCUGCAUGGGAUAUUUCUGUUAUUCAACAAAUGAAGAUGCCUUACCAGUCCUGAGGCCUAUACUACGAAGCUGGAUUUGGUCUCAGCGAGAUAACUUCUGGGUUUUCCGUGCUACGAAGGUGGAUCCCUUUUGAUCCGGGUCCGUUGCCCCGGUAACCAAACCUGCUCCGGAGCAGGUUAUGUUUCAGGAUAAGAUCUCAGCAGGUAUAUAAGACCGCCCAAUGACCAGUCGGAUCUCUUGGAAAAUGGCUUGCCCACUUUUGCCGGAUCCCGGGGACAUCAUUGCACGGAUAGUGAGAGGAGCGCUUCGCCGAGAGCGUUAUAUUCAUGAUCGUUCAAAUCCGUUUGAUAUACCUGAUGACGUUGUCUAUGAACGUUACAAGUUUUCCUCGGACGGCCUCAGUAUUCAGGUAGCAUGAAGUCUCUGCAAUGCACUAAUAUUUGCCAAGCUCCAGGUUCCAAUUUCAUGCAGCAUAUCAGUCAUCAUUCAGAAUUUAUUGAAGCAGAUUAGAAAACUCUUAACCCCAAAUGUGUCUGCAGAUGACAUGUGACCAUCAUGGAGAAAAAAGAAAAAAAGGCAGUGUGAGGAAAUCACUGUCAACGCGUUGAAAUAUGUACAAAUAAAAUCUUCCAAUAAACCUACAAACUACUUUAAAGGAUGUUUUUAGAUUUAUUUUUAUUUGCUCCCAUGUACUCUUUUCCCCACUGCUGUUGUAUCUGAAAUAAUGAGGUCAAUGAUGGUGGUGAUCACACACGCUGCAUGACAACAUAUUAGGGGGCCAUAUAUUUGUUGCCAGCCGUCCCUCCCGCUUUUAACGGCUGUGGCUGUCCUGCUCCUCACUGUUAUAAUGUUGUGGUACUCCUCGUAUUUGCGUAAAAUAAUGCUCUGCUCCUCGGCUGUGAAAUAUGACGUGCAGCCUUCUCCAUUGUGGAGAUUGGUCCGGUGCCACUGACCCCACCUCCUUUACGUGUGCGCACACAGAUCUAGACUGACCACAACUGAAUUUAGUUAGCGAGUUGAUAUCCUGCCUCGUAGUACAGCUGAUCGGGAUUACGGAGAUCUGGUGAAGUUGAGCGAGUUGUGGCAGAGUUAUCCUGGGUGUGUUAAUCCAGCUUCGUAGUGCAGGCCUCUGGACCACAUAAACAAACACACACAGAGUUAAAUUUUUGUCAAAAAGGGAAAUGAAAUGUUUGUGUUCAUGUUUGAAAUGUUAAUAAAAUUUGGUUUGAAUAUAAAAUUUGCAUGAAAUUAAUUGUUCAUAGGUCUCUUUAAAUUGAUUUUUAAUGAUACAAGGUCCUCAGGUCAUUUGGCGCGACCACCAAUCAUGUGGUGCGACCAAUAAUAACAUUAAUUAUAUCAAAUACAAACUAAAAUAUCUAAAUUCUGUUACUGGGACAUUAAUACCUGAAACAAUAUGCUUACAUGAAAGGUAGUUUCAAAACAUUUUUAUCAGUAUUAUGCAAUUUAAAGAAAAAAAUAGUCAGUGAACUACAUUAGAUAUAGCGACUGUGACAUUAUAGAGCUAAUAUUUGAGAUCAUUAUUUACAAAAACUCAAAUAAAAUGCAAACGCUUUGUCCCUGAGUAUUUGAUAUUACCGACAAUUUGUAAAAAACUAUGGGUAUGUUGAAAAAAUGUAAUAAUUUUGAGAUAAAUGUUGGUCGCACCAAAUGACAUUUUUUAAGGCCACGGGCAAUUCAUCUAUAUGAAAAAACACUAAAAUUGCCUAAUUUAAAAAUUAAACUUUAGUUUUUGUAUACAUAACAUCCUUAGUGUUUGAACUGUUGCAAAAGAUAUUCUUAUUUUUGGUAUUUUAAAAUUGGCAUGUUGAAAAACCUUAUACGUCAUUGACCCUUACACAUGGCUGUAUGUAUUUUGAAACACACCAAAUUAACCCUGUAAUGCCUGGAUGUUGAAUUUGCACAAUAAUCUAAACAGAAUUUACAAAUCAGGACGUUAACCUGAUUUAAAAAAAUGCUAAAUGUGCAGAGAUGUAAAUUUCUCAGGUCCUAAGUGCAAAAGAAAGACAUUUCAGCUGCUUCACACACCGCCUGCAGUCAAAUUAGACUGACCUUGUUUCACUGGGUACGUUUUGAUGUUUUAUACUGUAUUAGAACAUUUUACAUGAUGACUCUUAUAGACUGUUGGAAAAGUAGGUCACACACACACACAGGCAGAGUUUUUCAGGAACAAAAUGAAAUUCCCUCCUCUGAAAUGCAAUCAGCGGCAGCAGCCUGCCAGGUUUGCCCUUUCAAACAAAUUUCUUUCCUUUCCUAUCUCCUGUUCAUCUCCAAACCUACUAAAACAACCUUCACCAAAUGGAAAGAGAGUUUUCUCACAGUGUUUAAAUAUUAAAAAGCUUCUUUUCCCCUCCAAUUAGAAAUAAUAGUCAGACCAGAUCUUGUUCUUUUCUGAUAUUACUAAUGAAACUCUUCAAUUCAUUACAAAUUUGGAAAAAUUUGCAUAUUUUUGCAGUCCCAUUUUUAUAGAGAACCAUGAAUAUAUCAGUCAUAUUUUAAGCCCACUAGUUUGCACUUAAUACUUAUUUUGUGUUAUAUUAUGCAUGGAUGAAUUAUUAUAUCCACUUUUAAAAACAGAUGCACUCAUGUUAUCUAAAUUAAUUCUACACAAUAAUAGAUAUUUUGCAAGUUGAAGACCCAUCACAGAUAUGAGCCAUUUGAAACAGGUAUGUACAGAACACUGUUUAAGGGUGUCCCCUCUUAUGAUGUGAGGAUUGUGGAAAAACAGAAACAAGGAGAAAGGUGAGUAAUGCUUUGUAAUGUGUGCAGUUGAAUAUAUCGGAGGAUGUCUGCAGAGAGCCAUUGUGUGAGUAUUUUUGCUUGAGUUUCUGCUUGGACAGUAUCCUCCACUAGAAAACAGGAGGGACUUAUAGCUCCAAGCUGUGUUUUGUAAACACUUACAGACUGCUAUUAUGGUUUUAUUCUUUUAUGUAUUUUACCUUUAUUUAACCAGUAAUGUCCCAUUGAGAUUAAAAACCUCUUUUUCAAGGGAGUCCUGGCCAAGAGGCAGCAAAAAAGAAAGAGUUCAAAUCAAAAAGCCUGAGUUUGAGAAAUAACUAUAAUAAUUAUAAUGAGCUGAUUUCGGGUUGAAAGUUUCACCCUCCGCCGCGUCACCGGCAUACACGAAAAUAAAGCUCCAUGCCAUUCAUGGGGAUUUUGCAGAAAACAUAAAUAAACCUACUGAGACCAUGUUUUUACACCCAGUAUUUACAUUCUAGUUGCCUGUAAAAGGUCCAUAUAGUGACUCUUAAGUUUUACACAUAACUUGGCAUAAGUGUAGAGGGUACUGUUUAUGAUACUGCAUAGUUCAUAUCAGAAGUUGAGAACUGGUUGGAACAAGCUCAAGCCAAACAACACCAUCUGCCUUUAUUCUCAGUGUCAUUGCAAAGUGUCAUUACACAUUGCAAAGGACAGUCAGCAGGAACUACAACAAAGAAAGUAAUCCCAAUAUGACACAUUAUUGCUUUACUAUAUACUACAAUAUCAGCUCUAAAGUAAGAGCUUACUGUAAAACUGACUUAUUUUGUGAGACCGGCAGCUCUCCAGUAAUACUGUAAACUUGGCAUGUUUCAUCAACAUUCAUGGGCUUUUCUAUCUUGCAGAAAAGGUCUGUGUGUUUUCAGACUGUCCACAUCCAAUCCUUCAAAAAUGACAAUAAUCAGUGAAAACAAAUGCAUUGAUUGUGACAAAGAAAGCAAAUAAAAAAAAAAGAAAGUUAAAAUGAUGUUUUAUUGAUUAAGGGCAGGUGAAUAAGCCAGUAGGAAACAGUAUUUUUAUGGGGGUUCUUUUGCUGUAGCUUAUUCCCGUCAUAUGUUGUUGGGACACAAUGUUAAAGCUCCAACUUCAUCGAAGUUUAGGAUAACUCCUUGUAAUUCUCAAUUUAAAGGCAUUGUUAGGAGUAUUUGUCUGCUUGAGAAACAGACUGAAGCUGAUACUGAUGUCUUUCUAUCUCAUUAAAAAGGAAAUAAGAGAGCUAGCAGCAAGACUUGGUAUUUCUCUGUCCUAAUUUUAAUGCCUGGACCACUAGGGGAGGGUAGGUUUCAGACCAGAUGGUUGACAGCAGAGGUCUUUUUAAACUUCUACAAGUACAAAUACUCAGAGUGAGUGGUCAACUCUGGAUGAUGUUUUUGUCUGAAAACACACCUUUGCAUGUGCAGAACGGGGAAUUCAAUCAUCACUUUGUCCACAGGGGGGCGCCAGAACCAGCACAAACCAAACGUUCCUCACAGCAGCAUUAAGCAGUUAUGGAGAGAUCUUUGUAUAUUUUUUUACUUUUUUGUUUUCUCACAAUUUAUUUGUUGGAGUUUGGUCUUUUUCCAACAUUAGCCAACAUCAUGCAUCAACUAUGAGUGUCGCCUACAGGACAAAAUCCAUGCCCUACAAUAGUGACAGUUUAAACAAACUUAGAUCAGAAGGAUACUGUGUUAUAAUUAGGAAUCAAGGAAAGACUGAGUUUUAACAUCCUAUGAGUGCAAAUAUGUAGCCUGACAGGUGAUAUGAUCCAUCUCCAGUUCUAUAGUAACAUAAGUAUAAUGUUUCUCUGAUGUCCUGUAGGCUCAGACCUCUCCCCUCCAGUUGGUCAUCUACCAGUCCUGCGACCCAGCCAUGACCUAAACCAUUUUCCUGCAGCCACUGACCCAGCCUUACCUCCAAGUAAGAUCAACACCUCCCAGUCUUACUCUGGAGUCACAUCCCUGCACCUUGGUUUGCUGUGUUUCAUUUCUUCAUUUCACUCAGUUGCAUGCUGCCAUGAAUGUCCCAAACAUCUCCUCUGUGUUUGUCAUUGCCCAUCUCACCAUCCACCUCUUUUCAUCAUCACAAUGCUCUCUGUUGCUUCUGGUUCAAGGUGGGUCUGCGUUGAGAUUUUAAUGUUGGGAAGGUCUCUGAUCUUUGCAGGAAAGUCAAUUUCUGGAAAAAGUAAACUCCACAUCACCAUCUCCAUCAUCAUUUUUAUCCACUGGAAGUCCCAAAUACAGGACACGUUUGCUUCGCCAUGAAGCUGCAGCCUUUCCCUAAAAAUGCAGAUACGUUUUUACAAGUUUUAAGGAAGAUUAGGUGCAGGAAUGAUCUCUAGGCAGAAACAUUUAGACAUGGUUUAUGUAGCUUGCUUGUCGGCACAGAGGUUGCACUGUUAAGGAACAUCAGGCCUUGGCAGAAACACACUGAAACAAAGUGGAACACUAAUUCAUCCUAGAUUCAUCCUAGAACAUAUAAAUGGUCCGUUUAAAACCUCAAAUUACAAUAAACAAAUUUCAAAGGGAUGAAAAGUAAGGUUAUUUACAGAUGUGCUUCUCUAUAAUGUUCAAAAGCAAAUGAGACCAGCAAAUAGUAAGAGUGAGUGAUAAAUGUCACCGUAGAAAGACAACAGGUGUAGUCUUUUAAUAAGCCUAAAUAAUAAUUGCUAACCCAACAAUUAGACCAUAUAAGGUGCUUAUAAACAUUCACAAAUGCUAGCAGUGUGUAUAAUAAUACACUUAUAGGCCCUUAUUCAAAACUUUUAUAUAAACAAUUAAUAUGCCUGUCAAAGACAUCUAUAGGAUGGUUAUUAACAUUAAUUAGACUUCAUAGGGGUUAAUUCAAGAUCAAUUCACAUUAGGGCCCGACCGAUAUGGAUUUUUUGGGGCCGAUACCAAUUAAUCAGCCGGUUUUUAAAAUUUUUUAUGAAGUUUAAAAAAAAUAAAUAUACGGUAGAUAUCUAUAGUACACUAUAUACUGUAAAUAUACUGAAGGGUACUGCUCUUCAUGCUGACAGGAAGACCGACUGAUCAAACUCAGACCAGAAAAACGUUUUCAACUACCCCUCCAUGUCUUAACUCAUGUUGCUCAUUUUCGGUCCAGUCUCAUCUGAGACAUGCAGCUGCCUCAGAAAGAGAAGUAGCUCGAUCACUUAAUGUGUACUGUUGUUUAUUCUACCGUUACUGGCACGGCUAACAGUGUAGCAAGGCCAAUAGCAGGUGGCUAAUUCUAACUUAAGCUUGCAUAUUACAUGGUGCUUCACCGUUAACUCGGCGUGACUGAGACCAGCACAGCGGGGAACAUCGUGAUGUGGGUUGAACUGAAACUUGUUGACUUAUUGUGUAUUUCACAAACUGGUUUAUUUACCGUUGAGGCGGACCACUCUCCGCCGUGCGUCCCUGAGCUGCCUGCUUCAGAUCCUUCACUCUGCUGUGCUGUGAGGUAGUUAGUGGAUGAAGAUUGUACUGAGAUCGCUGCACCAUCUACAGGAUAAAUCAGGGAACUUUUCAAAUGGUGAAACAUUUUUUAAGUGAAACCAAAUCUUAUUCUCCGCUUUUUAUUUCUGAAAAUAUCGAUGAAAAUCGGCAAGUUUUGGCCAAUUACCGAUUAGUCUCAAACGGGCCAAAACUGGCCGAUAAAAAAUUCAGGCCCUAAUUCACAUAUUUAUGAUAGACCUGUAAAAAAAAUUGCAGAAAACUUAGUAUUUAUAACAGUAUAGUUUUAAUCAAAAUUACUACGAAUUUUUCUCUGUUAAUUACAUGACAAGACAAUAACGUGUCCAGAUUAAUGCCUUGUUAGGAUUAGUAAAUCUGUAUUAGGGACUUGUUAACAAUUAACAAUUCACCUUUGCAGCUACUGAAUCUAAAGUGAGAACAGUGUCUAUAAAUUCUUAUAAAGCAAUUAUUAACUAUUAAUUAUUAGCUAUCUGCUAGCAAUAAGUCGCAGUCAUUCUUUGUUGGAGAAAAAAGACUUUGCUGACAACAAAGUCAUCUAGGCUUUAUACUUGUUGGUACACUUGACUUAAGAUAUGCUAUUAGCUUAAAUAAGUUAAUGUUUUGCUACCAGUUUUCAGCAGUAUGAUGUCUAAAGUUAAAGGAGCAGCAGACAAGCCAAGGAAGCCAGUCUUGUGAGAAUACUGGAAGAUGAUCUUUAUUAGUAACCCAUAGUAAGGAACUCAUAAAAAUAACACUGGCUGUUUGAAAUGGAAAACAAAAUCCCAAGCGAGAAACUGCAGCUACAAAUAUUAACACAAUUUACUUGAGAAAUGUCCAAUCAGAAAGCCAUGUCUGGUGAGAAGACCAGAUUGUCUUUCUUAACAAUUUACACUGUGACUAGUUAAAGCAUCUGUUUUCUUUUGCUUUCACAUUAUGUUGAGUCAAUCUGUGCUUUUGUAAACCUUGGGAUUUGAUGGUGACACUGAAGUUUAUCAGAAACAAAGCCUGAUCUGUACAAGAAAGUUAACACCAUUAUCUGAUUAUGCAGUCACCUAAAACCAGCCCAAACCAUGAUGAAAUGAAGCAGAGCUACAAAAAGAAAAUGGGCAAACUUUCUCCCGAACUGUGAAGGGAAGAAAAAAGGCUGUCCUGUGUGUAUGUGUGCGUGCGUGCAUGUGUGUGUGUGUGUACAGGCAAAGGAGUCAUUACAACCAGCAGAGGAAAAGUUUUCCUUUCCUGAGGGGGCAGCCUUCAUCUUCCUCCUUCUCUUUCAGCAGUUAGUCAGAGCUGAGAAAAGCUGCUGCUGUUAUUGUCUCACACAUUCACACUGAGGCCAUUUAUUAACCUAAUUAAAAUCCUGGUUCUGACAUGCAAAAUACACAAAUGGCAAGCUUUCAUGUUCUGGUUUUAAACUGCUUUUGGUUUCUGCCUUUCAUCAAUGCAUUUGAUCACAAAAUCCCCCCCAAAAAACAUCCUCAAAGCAGGCAGCAAAGGGUAAAAAAAAUUACGAUUACACACCGUUUUUACUGUAGUCAUUUUUAACCAAGAGUUCAAAGGCAAGUGAUUCUUACAGUGUUUGUACUUGUACAGUUGCUGCCAGUGGGGUAAUAUGAGCUUUUGAAAUUGUAACAAAUCUUUCUGGAUUAAAAUAAUUUUAAUGAAGAGAGAUUUAAUCUUUAACAAGAUGCAAAAAAGGAUGUCAAAUGUGCAAAGUCCGUGGUGAUUAGACCUUACUGUGACGUCCCUAUUUCUUCUAACUGUUCGCAAGGCUGACUGCAGGAUAGGAGUCUACGCGUUGGUAGUUGUUGCACGGAAAGGAUGCAAGAUAAAAAGAAGGGUUGACAUAUGACAGGUGAAAUUCAGACAAUGAUGAGGAGUGGAGGUGACUGGGGUAGAAGGACAGAUGUAGAGAUUUACAGCUGCAGGAUGAGUGGUGGUAAGAGGUUGUUGCAAAACUGAGAUGUUGGAGAGAGAAGCAGUUGAAGAUAUAAAUAUACAUUUUUAAGGAAUAAAUGUGUCAAUUUUAAUUGUCUGUAUGUUUCCAAGUUAACCUUCAGACAUUUUAUAUGUUUAUGAAGAGAGAGAAAGAGGCCAGAAUUCCUGUGAUAAAUAGGAUGCAUUCCUUUCUGGUUCUGCAGAAAUUGGAGUUCACCACCUUUGGAUGCCAAAAAAAGUGUUUUAGAAGUUUAAUACACAGCUUUAAGAGCUAGGAUAAAAAUAUUUAGUUAAUUGUUUGUUUUUCCUUUGUAUUGAUUUAUUUACUUGCUCAAUUUGGUAGCAACACUUAGUCUGUGAAUAGAAGCACAGCUUGUAGGAGUGAAUCCACUGAGAUUUAUCACCAGCUGUGCAGUUUGCCUCGACUCCACACAACUUUUUUUUUAUUCCCCAGCCUUCUGCAUCUAAUUUGAUUGUACAAGAAUAAACAUGGAAGUUAAUUUUCUAUCUGCUGAAGCGUUCAUGUUUUACUGUAUCCGCUCGAGGUGUAGGUCUGCAUGUCUUGGCUCACAGGUUUAGCGUAACAUCUUCAAAGGUGGUGUUAUGUCCUAAUGAAUUGCUGCACUAUGGCUGCAGGUGAGCUCACUUCUUUCCCACAUUCUUCCUCUUUUCUUGAACUAGUUACAGAGUUUCAGGCUUUUUUUUAACUCGCAGUUGCUGCACGCCCACAGUGUUUUAACAAAAAGCUCAUGCUCUCCAAUCCGGCAUCGAUCAGCUUGUCAGUAAAGAUCUGAAAGUCUAAGUGAUCUUAAGGGCAGGCAUCAGAGCAUGCAUGAAGGGAUUUAUUAUCCACUCAGUUUUGGUUUAUGAUGUAAAGCAUCAAAGCGGUGGGAAAAAGCCCAACCUCUCUACUUUCCUUUAAAGAAGAAACUCAGUCCUGGUGAGCGGAUGGUGUUCAAAGAAGAAAGAUAAGAGAAGUGCGGUCUGGAUACUAAAACUUUGAGCGAGUGGUAACUAAAGUAAGGAUUUGUGCACCACUCAGCUCUGGAUGUUCUUGUUUAACCUCUGGAGUUUGAGCAAUUAUUAAAUUUAAAAAAAAAAAAGGAAAAAAAAUCUGACUCUGCUCAUCUCUCUUUUGACAGACUGGGAAGCUCGCGUGGACAGCCAUGGCAGAGUUUUCUAUGUGGACCACGUCAACCGAACCACAACCUGGCAGAGACCGAGCAACAGUGGCAAGUGUAACCACGGCAUCCCCCGCUCAGGAUCCACGCAGCAGAUGGAACAACUCAACAGGAGGUCAGACUGCACUACACACAGAGGCAGCAACCAACUCAACCGAUGUUGUCAAACCAACAUCUGAUUAAACUUAAUUAAGAAAACACCUUUAAAAAAAAUGUAUUUAUCUUAACAACAACAGAUGAAACCAGCCAUUGUAGACUCUUAUCACACACUACUGGUGUCAUCAUAUUGGUCUUGCUAUUAAAACUGCAUUGUGUAGCGGUAGGCAUCUUUUCAAAUCUUUUUUAUUUUUAUUUAUAUAUAUUUUUCGAACAUGUGCGUGCAACACAAGAAAGUAAACUGAAAACAUACAAACAAAACCAAUGAGAAUAUUCAAAACAACAAUAACAUUAAUCAAAGCAAAACAAAAAAAGAAAUACUACUAAUAAUAAUGUGAACCCAACAAUCGAACAGAAGUAGUAUGAAGCAUUAAGCUUUUUUUAAACCUCAAUAAAGAGUCAGUCUCCAACAUAUUUACAUUAUAUUUACAAAGAAUAGUACAUAAAUAGAGUAAAUAAGUACAUACAUCAUUUAUAAAAACACCUGAUGGUUAGAGCCCUUCUUCCUCCCUGUACCUCGUUCACAGGAAAUGAGAAGUUCCUUGUAGAUCUGAGGUCAAAGAAAAAUUUGGCAUUUUAUCAAGACAUAUUUUGCACUUAUAUAAACCAAAAUCUUGUAUUUUUAUUCAUAAAAAAGCUCUGACAUAGUGCUGAAACAAGGCAAGGACAAAGGAGAGAGUAUAAGGAAGAGGAUGCAAUUAGAGUUAGUGCACUAUUGGGAGCCUCAUAAGAUCCGUGGAGAAAGGCUGACAUCUGGUGACUGGAGAGGAAAUUAAGUCCAGAGAGAGAUGUCCACAGUGUGUACUGCAUGAAAAGAGAGGGAUAAAUAAGCAUAAACUCAGAGUAAAAAGUGACAUUUCAUGGUCUUGAUAAUAGUGAAAUGUUUAAGAAGAUGUUUUAUUGUUUCUGUAGGUACCAGAACAUCCAGAGGACCAUGGCGACAGAGGAGGAUGGUGGAGGUCCAAGGUUAGAGAGGAGCAACAGUACAGAGAAUGAAUCAGAACCUCCUCAGACAGGUACAGCACACGGCUUUUAGUGCUCAUUUAAACAGAUAGAAAUGAGACAUACCCAUCAUGUAUGGAUGAUUUACUGUUGUACCUUCAACAGUGUCUGAACAUAAUACAUAUGUUAGCCUCUGUGAACUGCCCUGAGAAAGACACAAAUCUGCUGUCUGUCUGCAGGCCCUAGUUCACCUGUCAAUCAUCAGAAGAUCAGCAAUCUCCUCCAAUCACCUGCAGUCAAGUUCAUCACACACCCAGAAUUCUUCACUGUGUUGCACAGUAAUUAUGUAAGUACUGCUCACACAAGCAGCACUGUAUUUGUUGGUAAAUAAAGACUUCAGAGUUUUAUUUUUCAACCAAUACAGUACAGGCCAAAAGUUUGGACACACCUUCUCAUUCAAUGUCUUUUCUUUAUUUAUUUAUAAGACCAUUUACAUUGUAGAUUAUUACUGAAGGCAUUAAAAAUAUGAAUGAACACAUGUAGAAAUUUGUACUUAUAAAAAAAGUGUGAAAUAACCGAAAACAUGUUUUAUAUUCUAGUUUCUUUAAAAUAGCCACCCUUUGCUCUUGAUGACAGAAGUACCUUGUCAGGGUUACUUCAGGCACUCCUGUGAAGUAAAAACCAUUUCAGGUGACUACCUCAUGAAGCUCGAUGAGAGAACAGCUAAAGUUUGCAGCGCUAUCAAAAAAGCAAAGGGUGGCUACUUUGAGAAAUCUAAAAUAUAAAACAUGUUUUCAGUUAUUUCACACUUUUUUCUUAAGCACAUGAUUCCGCAUGUGUUCAUUCAUAGUUUUGAGGAUCUACAAUUUAAAUAGUAAUGAAAACAAAGAAAAUGCAUUGAAUGAGAAGGUGUGUCCAAACUUUUGGCCUGUACUGUAUAUCAAAAAUAUUUUUGAUUCUUUUACACGAAGAUGCAACUUCAGUAAAGCUCAAUAACUUUAAGAAAUAAAAAGUAAACCAGAGGAUGUUGCUCUUACAGGCAGCGUACCGAAUGUUCACCAGCAGCAGCUGUGUGAAACACAUGAUCCUGAAGGUGCGCCGUGAUGCCAGAAACUUUGAACGUUAUCAACAUAACCGGGACCUGGUGGUUUUCCUCAACAAGUUUGCAGACACUCAGCUAGAGCUGCCACGAGGCUGGGAGAUCAAGACUGACCCCCAGGGCAAGGUAAUUUACCUGAAUAGAAUGAUCCUAGAUUUAUUUAUUCAUGAAGACGGGUGAAUGUUUGCAGUAAGCACAGUUUAUACCUAGAAAUGCUGGCUGUGCAGAAUGGUCCAAGGACACAUACUGGACAUGCAACUAUUUUCAGUAUGACUGUGUAUUUGUAUGCAGUGUUAAAGUCACUCUGAUGUGGCUUACAAUGAGCCUUAAGAUUGUAAAACAAAAACACAAUCAGAGACAAAAUAUUGACAAUCUGUGACAUUAGCAAGGUAGAUGAUUACUGCGCCACUUACUUGCUGGAGUAUCUCUUUUCAGAUUCACCUUUUAUUAAUUUAUGCGUUAGCUUUCAAACACAAAAUGCUCCCAAUGGAUGUGCACAAGCCACAUCUACUACAUAGGCCAAAAUGUAGAACAUAUAAUGUAUAAUGUUCAGAAUACAGAAUAAGGAAAAGUAAUAAAAGCAAAAGCAGUGACGGGUGCCGUUAUAUCAAAUGUGCUCCAGUAUUUGUUACAAUGAAGAUUAUUCUACAAGAAUAUUGGACUAAUUUCAGUUUUCUGCUGUCUGUCUGUCAGUCUUUCUUCGUAGACCACAACAGUCGAGCCACGACCUUCAUCGACCCCCGCAUCCCUCUGCAGAAUGGCCGGCUGCCUGGGCAUCUCGCCCACAGACAACACCUGCAGAGACUACGCAGCUACAGCGCUGGAGAAGUACAAGCACAUGCAGUAUUGAUUAGGAGAAACAAAAUAGCCACAUAGAAGUCGCCCCAGCAGAUUGUUAGCAUUGUGGACUAUCAAAGCAUGACACAUGGCAGCAUGCUAUUAGAGAGUACCUCCUUAUGCUGUUUUGCAACUCAGGCAUAAGUUCAUAAGUAAUUACUGAGCAAAUAUACAUAUAUAUGAAAAAAUAACAACAAAAAAAACCCAUAAUUUCAUAAAACUUUCAGCUUUUUUGAAAUGGCUUUAGUUUUUUAUAAGAAAAACAAAAUAAUUCUCCAGAUUUAAUCUUUAAAGACAACACUCAAGUGUCACAGUAUGUAGGAUUUCAGUGUAAAUUUAAAUGUGCAGUAACACCAGACCAUUCCAGAAAGCAUGAUUUAACUGCUAAGAAACUGUAGAAGCAUAGAGAAGCUGUUUUGAACUUAAAAGCUUUAAAAUCAGGUUCAUGUUGUAGCUUAAGAUUGUUACUCACUAUGGUAAGCCACAGGGGAAGUAAAAAACGUGAUGUUAAUAUUUCUAAAUGCUUUUUUAUUAUUUCUAGGCCUCUGAUGUGUCCAGGAGUCGUGGGGCUUCUCUUAUGGCCAGGCCUGGAAACAGCUUAGUGGCGGCCAUACGGAGUCACCCACAACAACUGAGCGCUCCAUGUAAGCACUGAAAGUCACAGAAAAGUUCAUUUGGCCUCAACUUCUCCGUCAUGGUCUUUCCUCAUGCUAACUUAUGAUGGUUUCUGUCUGCUUUCUCUCACCAGCCUACAAUGACAAGAUCGUGGCAUUCCUUCGACAGCCCAACAUUUUUGACAUGUUGCAGGAGCGACAGCCGAGCCUUAGCAGAAACCAUGCGCUGAGGUUUGCCUCUCUUUAAGAUUCAGAAAUAGAAGGGUAGAAAAUAGCAGUUUCCUGGUGCAUAGUGGCUAAUAUUUAAGACUGGGAUUUUAUGCUGCUGUAACAAUCCAAGUUAUACACCUGGUAUAGGCUUUCUUUCAGGUAUAGAACUGCAAAUGUAGUCUCUGCUGUGACUGAGUUCGUCUCCAGUUAUUAUUGGAUUAAAUAGUGUUACAGACAUAUAUACUCAUCUUCAUAUUCCUCUUUUGCACUCCUUUCCUCAUCCUGUCCUUUUAGUUGUUGUUUUUCUUAUCCUCUUUGCUACUUUCCUGCACUCUUUAAAAAAAAAAAAAGCCCUCUGCCAAAGAGAAAGAAUUCAUACCAAAUUGCAGGACAAUGGUUUGAUAGAAAAUAAAGAAAUUAGCUGCACAUGAGACUACUGAACAGCGUAUUUCCAUUUAAUCCUUUUCACUUAGUUUUUGUAAAACAUCUGAUGAAACAUGACAAAUGAGUUAUAGUUUUAAAUAACAUAAAUAAAUAACAAAUGUCAUAAAUAAAAUGGACUGUGAAGGAAAAGCUAAAAGGAAGACAGAGCACUCCCUUAAGUCAUAUUGUCUGCUCACCUUCCUCUUAAUACAAGGAUAUAGAGGUACUUAGUGUGGUAUAUGUCAGUUACCGUGAACUGAAGCUAUGAGGAAAAACACUUUGUUUUUCUGAAAAGAGGAAAUUGCAAGAAAAAAGAAGCGAGUCAGCCCUUAUGUGUGUAAUAAAUCUCCUUAUUUUCUGUCAAAUUUGACGAUUUCUUAGCAUCACCUGCACCAAGUUACAAAAACUGACACUGCUGCACACAGGGCAUCUUCUAUAGUGGUGUUGUACUGUACAUCAACAUUGAAGUGUCUUUCUUUACAAGGAGGCUUAAGAAAACAAUGAGAGCAUGUCUCAAAUAAAAACUAAAUGUUGGGUUGUAUUUAGGAAGUUUAGGGGGAAAAAAAGCAUAAGAGCUUUGUUUUUUACUGUUUUUUUCUUCUUUUUUUUUGGCUGAUUAGGGAAAAAAUCCACUACAUUCGAACAGAAGGUACUCAGGGAGUGGAGAAGCUGUCUUGUGAUGCAGAUCUGGUCAUCCUUUUAAGGUACAAAAACAAAAUAAAAUCCUGAGAACCCUGUUUUUUAAUAAAUGUAUGUAUAAGCAUAACAUUUUUCUUGCUGUUCUGUUUUAUUUCUGCAGCUUAUAUGAAGAGGAAAUCAUGUCUUAUGCUCCGCCUCAUCCCAUCCACCCAGGCUUCAGCUUCUCUCCUCGCUGUUCGCCUGCCUCAUCGCCUCAGAACUCACCUGGUACGUCCUUCAGCCCGACAGUCGGGAAUGUCUUACAGUCACUGUUUCUCUGUAACGAUUUGAAACCUCUUUUCUGAAACAACUGAACUCCAACAGGGGAUGGUAUCAGGCCACUCCUUCAUGUAAAGAUUCUCCAAAAUUUAAGGAUAUUUUGAAAUUAAAAAAAAAAUAAUUUAACUUCUGAAAUUGAGACAAAAAUGCAGUGAAAACAAAAACAUAAUCUGUCAUAGAAACAUAUAUUUUAAAAGUAGAAACAAAAAAACAUACUGAUAAGGUUUAUAGAGCAUUUCAGAGUUGUCCAACAGAGAGCAGCAUAGAUCUGCCAACCUUUCCAAAACAACCUUGUCUUAACUGUUUGUAAAUCAAAGAUAUUUCAUACAACUGACACAGAAAUCAAAGCAAAUGUUUUUCAGUGUAUAUUCUUCGAUCUGUUUUGAUAUUGGUUUUAAUCAGGUGCUGUCAGUGAUCCUGAUUUUGACUGAAUUUUAUUCCUUUUUGUAACAUUUAUUUUAGUUUUCAGUCUAUUUAACUCACCAAAAGGAAAAUUGUUGUUACCCUUUUUAGUGUUGACUGUAAGAAGGCAAGUGAGUGGAAUUUAUCUUAUCCACAGACAAAUAUAUACACAUAUAAAAAAUCUCAAUUGUCUUAAUUAUUCUUCACUUUACAUUUUGUACUAAGUAUGAAUACUUGCAAUCAAACAAAACACUUUCAUUCAUUCAUGAUUGCAAAAAGAUGUGGAAACACUCUGAAGGCUUGUUGACACUCAUCUAGCACAGUACCACAAACAAACACAGAAACCUCAUAGUAAUCAUUUCUGUUUGAAAGACCCCGCUGUGCUGUGUUAGGGGCCACUCGUGUUGUCUUAAUGAGGGCGAAAAUAAACAAGAAUGUGUGUGCGUCAGAGGACACAUGUUUUUGGUCGGAGGUUUCAUAGAGAGAAACUGGGUCACAGCAGAUACGCCUGUCUUGGAAUUCUGUGAAACGUUCAUUAGUUGUGUUUUUGUUUUCAUGUAAAUUUAGGCUGAAAAAAAAACUAUGAUAAAUUGGUGUGGGGUCAACUAGACUGUGCUACGAUACAUCAGAAGCUGCACGCUGACUCUACUAAUGCUUUUUUUUAUAAUCCCUCAGUGUUGUGAAGUUAUUUUACUAAGUGGAAAAAAAGUAUCAUUGUAUUUAUGAAAAACGACCUCAGCUUAUACCAAAUGAAUAUCAAAAGCCCGUUUUUAGGGGUAUAAUUUCCCCUUAAAACAGGUUCAACCUCACGACUUAAGCUCAAAUUUUUUUAUGUAAUUGCAUUUUCUUUAACUCCAGUGUAUCUGUUUUCUCUUGUUUUUCUGUGUUUACCAUCCUUUGUUUGAUUAUGUGUGUCUACAUUUGUAUUUGCAGGCUUGCAGAGGGCCAGGGCUCCUGCUCCUUACCGCAGAGACUUCGAAGCCAAACUAAGAAACUUCUACAGGAAAUUAGAAGCUAAGGGUUAUGGCCAGGGACCAGGCAAGAUCAAGUAAGACAAUGCAAACAUAUGAACAUGUGAUUCUUACUGUAAUAAACUAAGAGCUUUAUGAUUUAGACACCACAUACUUCCAAAUGCUAAUACACAGGAGGCAGAAUAAAUUAUCUAUUACAUUAUAACAGGAAUAAAUACUUUCAUUUCCUGCUGAAUUUAAUCACAGGUUGAUAAUAAAAGCUCAAUUUGAAACUCCCAGGUGAAGAAAAAAAAUCUCUUCUUUGUUAUUGCAGGUUGCUGAUCAGAAGAGAGCACCUGCUGGAAGGAACCUUCAACCAGGUGAUGGCGUACUCUCGCAAGGAGCUGCAGAGAAACAAACUCUACGUCACUUUCCUGGGAGAGGAGGGGUAAGACAGACCAGCACUCACAUGCACACAAAAACCACAAGAGUCAAAAUUUGAUGCAUAACAGUGCGUGUUAUGAAAGUUUGAUCAACUUUCAAGGCCUUUAAUCUGCUAUCAGUGAUACAAAAAUGCAUAUUCUGAAUUUAAGUUGCACUUAUCAGUAGUUUUAAAAACAGAUAGAUUGAGUGGCCCAUACACAUUUAUGCCUAAUUCUGCUCCCAGUCCUGCAGAGCAUUUCAGCCUCUCCUCCUCCUCCACCAGCAUUAUAUUGUCAUGUCUUUAAUUAUUGUCCAUAGAAGUCAUCCAUAUUUGUUUCACUGACUAAAUCUACAUGUCGUGUCUCUAUCUGCUUGCCUCCUCAGGUUGGACUACAGCGGUCCCUCCAGAGAGUUCUUCUUCCUCUUGUCUCAGGAGUUGUUCAAUCCGUACUAUGGACUGUUUGAGUACUCCGCUAAUGAUACCUACACUGUCCAGAUCAGCCCCAUGUCAGCAUUUGUUGAGAACCAUCUGGAAUGGUAAGCUUCGCAAUCAAAACACACAACACAAUCACACUGAAACUACCGACUCGGAUCUAAUCCAAAAGAUCUGAGUCAUGAGAAAACAAAGUACAAAGGGUUCAGCGCGCUAAUUUCAGAUCAACAAAGGCCGGCGGCACAAUCUAUUUGAUUAAACAAUAGUCUUAAGCAGCUCACCUGGGAUGGCCAGGAUGCAGUAGGAGAGGAUGGAACAUGCUUGUUUUUUAUUAGACAGGGCUUUAAUUUUCUUGACUGUUUGUUUGUAUUGUCUAAACAGAGCAAUAUUGACUUUUAAAGGGGGCGUUAGAUCAAAUUUAGUUCAAGAAAUGUAGAUUUUAGUAUCAGGCCAGUGAGAGGAUCAUUUAUACCUUCCACAUGACAAUAUUUUACUUGGACUCGUGUAAUGAUUGACUCUUCUAUGGUUUUAUGUCUGUAUGUAUGUCUAGGUUCCGUUUUAGUGGUCGUAUCCUGGGCCUGGCUCUGAUCCAUCAGUACCUACUUGAUGCUUUCUUCACCAGACCCUUCUACAAGGCCCUGCUCAGGCUGUGAGUACACACUCACAUCUUGAACGCAUUUUCCUUCAAUUUUUAAGAAGUUAAAAUCAACAACAAAAAAAUGUUUCAUAUAGUUUAAGUAGAAGACAUGACCACUGUGAAGUCUCCAGUUGGUUUGUAAAUUGCAGAUCAAAUCCUAGAGGCUCGAACUACCGAGUCAGUCAUUUUGACUGCUUUCAAAAUGUACAAGGUCAUAACUUUUUAAAAAUAAAACCUAUACACCAGUCGCACCCUGACUUUUCCUAAAUGGGUGUAUAUUGUAUUCUAACAUUGUUUUAUCAUUAAAUUUUCAAAACACAAAAGAGAUCUGAGUAUAACUACCUCGAACUACCAGAGCAGUCAAUUUAAGUGCAUGCUUUUUACCAAAGGUGUUAUAUUUCACUAUUUGCUACAUUUUCCUGCUCUUUCUCCUGCUCUGUUGUUUGUUUUGUAUUUUAAGCUCUGUGAAGCUAAAAUCUUGCUAUAACUUUACUCAAGAGACUCAAAAAUGACAACUAGAAGAAGAAUGACAAGUUUCAGAGCUUUGAUGAGGAAGAAUCAGAUGGAUGAGCAAUUUGAGGGAAUGAUGUAUCCUGGUAUUUUAAAGGAAGGUUCUUAAAAAUCUCAUUCGUUAUGAUUUUCAUUUCGUGUACUUUUGUGUUUUUUAUCUACUCCACCAAUUUAUUAUUAUUAUUUAUUGUUGAUUAUCCAAAUUAUGUGCAAAUAAAUACUGAGCUGAAGCGUCUCAGAUAGAGGCUGAAAUGAGAGGGUAGUAGCUUGAAAUAUAAUUAGAAUUUGUUGAACUGUAAAUCAUGUCUAGCUGCUUCAAAGAUAUCAGAGGGACAAUAAGCAUAUUAGUCCCUCUUUAAAUAUCCUGCACUCUAUUGCGGUCACUCCAUGUGAAGUUUAUGUGACCUCAUUUCUUCUCCAGGCCAACAGACCUGUCUGAUCUGGAGUACCUGGAUGAGGAGUUCCACCAGUCUCUGCAAUGGAUGAAGGACAACGACAUCACUGACAUCCUGGACCUCACCUUCACUGUCAACGAGGAGGUCUUUGGCCAGGUCAGCAUGUGUGUCUGUGGGUGUUUGAUUCUGCUGACAGCACCAGCCACAUAUCCCAAUUUAAAUACUUAUAACCUGAGGUGCAUGUGGACCACAAUAUAGAGCGUUCACUGUUCACUGUAAACCGGAUUCUUUGUUUCCAGGUCACAGAGCGAGAGCUGAAGUCAGGCGGCUCCCACCUCCAAGUGACUGAGAAGAACAAGAAGGAUUAUAUUGAGCGAAUGGCAAAGUGGAGGGUGGAGAGAGGAGUGGUGCAGCAGACAGAGGCACUCGUCAGAGGCUUCUACGAGGUAAACAAAGUUGUUCCAAUUCUCACAUUUUACAUGCAACCAGGAAAUAACUCUAGCAACAUAACUUUGUCAUAAAUACCUUUUUAUUUUCAUUCAAACAUUGAACACUAAAGAAGGUCAGAGGGUCUUUCUUUGUCGGGUGCUGUUUGGAGCAAUAGCCAGCAAUUAAACAAAGGUGAGCACAUGAAAUAAACCCCAAAGACUAAUAAAACAUGUUGUUUUUGAUCCUAGGUGGUUGACUCCAGGCUUGUGUCUGUGUUUGAUGCCCGAGAACUUGAGCUGGUCAUCGCUGGUACAGUGGAGAUUGACCUUGGCGACUGGAGAAGCAACACUGAGUACAGAGGAGGUGUGCAUAUGUUUUCUAAGACCUAAGUAUCGCGUCUAACAUGAAAGAUGAAACAUAAAAAUAUCUGAUUCAAGUUAAAUGUGAUGACGUUUUAGGUGUUGUGGAAUUAUGCAUGUGCAGUCCUGCAGGUACUCUCCAAUUUGUCACACUUGGCACAAACAGAGGACAAGAUUGCAGAUAACUCAGACAACAGUUGAAAAAAAAAAAAGUUCAAAAAGUUUUACCUCAAGUUGAAAAAAAGAUUAGGCAAAAGUACAAAAUUCAGCUGGUAGAAACAAGUCCAAACUAAAGAAGCCGGUCUUACAGGAGGAAUACUAUUACUAGAAAAGGCAGGCUCUGGUAAAAGACAAAACUGGCGCAGAAGGAGGGUAACACAGAGACUAAAUACUCAAGGUGAGUAGAGACAGUCAGAUGUAGGUGAAACACAUCAGCGAGGGCCAGAUAUUCACAAACUGAGAAAGACAGAGGUGAGUAUCAAAAUCAAACUGGAAACACAAGACUUGAAUCAUUAGGACAACAAAGGUAACUUAACUAUGCGACACAAUUUAUGCACAACUUUUAAAAGAACUAUUCAUCAACAUUGUAUUCAGUAUUUGUGUAAGCAAAUUCUAAUGAUAUUGUCAGCACUAGAUUUAAUCCUGACAUCACUCGCCUGAUUCCCCAUCAUUAGGUUACCAUGACGGUCACAUAGUGAUGCGGUGGUUCUGGGCCGCUGUGGAGCGCUUCAACAACGAGCAGCGUCUCCGCCUGCUCCAGUUUGUCACCGGGACUUCCAGCGUGCCCUAUGAAGGCUUCGCUGCACUGCGGGGAUCCAAUGGCCUGCGGCGGUUCUGCAUUGAGAAGUGGGGCAAAGUCACUUCACUCCCCAGGUACUUUGAAAAGACACGCUCACUGUCCCCUACUCUCAUUAGCAUGUUCCUAAAAAUAAAAACAAAGGUACAGUGAAGAAAGUCAUGCAUUCGCCCUUGAACGAAACCGAAGACUUUGUAAAUCCCUGCAAACCUGAGCAUGUCUUUUUCUGUAAAGACACACAUAGUUGUUCUAGCCAUUCAAAAGCAUGUAAACUUAGAUAUUUGCAUUUUUUCAUACUUUCUCACCUAUUUAGUCAAUCAGAAUGGAAAAGUUUUAAACUGCAUAUCUAUAAAGGCUGCAUUCAGCAAUGUGCAUUUUUUAUGCAAAUGUGUAGCUAUUUCAAGUUCGACCUGUUGUCACCGUUGUGCCAUUGAUUGCGAGCAGUGGGAUCAUACACACUGCUAGCAACCAAUCCAAUGAGGCGUCGCCUUUGUCGCCUUAGAUUAAAGUCAUUUCAAUCACACCAGCAAUCCAUGAGGAUUAUUCAUUUCAUAGUUUACCUCGACUAAAAAGCGGUGCCCCUUCACUGGUUCACCUCAUUAUGUUUCCAGCAGGCUUUGCACAGGGCAGCAUAUGAGCAAUUGCUUCCUCCAAGCACCAACAUCUGGGUUAAAUACCAUAACCCCUCUCUGCAUUUUAUGCUGGCAUACUGGUAACACUGGUGUACAGGAUGCGGCUCACUUUUACAUGACUAAAAAGGAACAUACACUGACAUUUGCUUUAAUUAUUAUUAUAUUUAUAAUAUUUUAGCACAGGAGUCACCACAGGCUAUGUUUGUGGUUAUGUGAUUGAGAUUAAUUCUUGAACUUAAGGUUAUAAGUUGACCACCAAAAUAAACACAUAAAAAAUACAUAAACCUCCCCCCAGUUUGAGUACAGAUGUAUUCCUCAUUACUGACAUCAGCAGCUUUACACGAACAUAAAAAUAAAUGUUCUGAUAUCAGCGUUAUCGGUUUUCUACCAUCAAAGAGCUAUUUUGACACUCCUCCACCUUUGUAGUGUAGGUUGAUCUAAUUUUGUGCAAGGUGUGAUUACCUGACCUUCCUGUAGGACACUAAUUUGGCAGGCAGCAGUGAAAAGCUGUGCAUGCUCAACACAAACAAAGAGCCGGGCUCAGGUUUCACUGCAGAGCGUGGAAAAGUGCCAGAAUUUGAUUCUGUAGCAUCAGCAUUUAUACCAGAGGUUCAGUAAUAAUAGAAGCUUUGAUGAUGGUGGAGAAUUGGCUGCUGUAUAUUUGUUUCUAACACAGAUCAGAGAUUGUUGGUAUACAGCACAAUCAUUUUUUUUCUGUUUCACUGCUGUUACUCUGUAUUUUACAUUUAACAUUUACAAGCAGUCAAAAGGAAAGUGUGAAACCAUUGUAGCGCUAAAUAUCAUUCUGUCUGUGUUCAUGCCCACACAUUAGUCCUUGUGUGUUUGCAGAAGACCUACAGAAAAAAGCUGCUUCUUGGUGUUGAUAGUAUCUCUGAUGAAGUGCAAAAAAAAAAUUGGAAGCAAAAAACCUGCUUGACAAAGUUGGGCUGCAGCCAGUCUAUUUUUGCCUUCACUUUGCGAAGGUCCAUUCUGGCGCUGCCAUGCGACAACACAUACUCCAGGAACUUAACAGUUGGGGCACAGAAGACACAUUUCUUUACCUUUAAGUAGAGUUGAUGCUCUAACAGCCUCUGCAGCACCAUCUUUACAUGGGACAUAUGCUCCUGAUAGGUUUUAGAAAUGAUGAGGAUGUUGUCAAUGUCCACAUACACCUCCAACAUGUCCCUCAGAAUGUUGUUUACUAGGGUGGCCAUAUUUUGACUUCCCAAAAAGAGGACACGACUACACGGGGGCAGAGUCACGGGUUGCACAAAGUUAAUUUAGAGAGUUUUUCAAGUCUGAUAGAAUAUCUUUUACCCGCUUCUAACUCAAUAAAUCCAAGUGAUACAAAUUUGAAUCUUACGCACAAAAUCGCAGACAUUUAAAAGAUAUUGUAAAUUUUCCCGGACAAACCUGGACAGCCUGAACAGCCCAGAAAAAAGAGGACAUGUCCGGGUAGAAGUGGACAUAUGAUUACCCUAUAGUUCACCACAGCCUCAAAGACUACUGGAGCAUUAGAGAGUCUGAAGUGCACAACAAAGGACUGAAGACAUGGAAGCAGCUGAGCUUGAAGUAACAGGAGGCUCAAAGCUUAAAGGGCCGAGUUGUAAAGACUUGGAAUCAAAAAAUUGAGAUGCACACUCUGGGCCCCGAAUUUUCAGUUGAUAUGGAGAUUGUGUUUAAACAGCCAAGGGUGUCCCAAAAUCAGAGGCAAAUUUGAGGCAUCAAUAAGGAAAAACUGCAUUUUCUCUAUGUGGCAGCAAAUGCAAAUCGAACCCUGGCCUGUGAUUCUUUUAACCCUCCCAAUACCUAGGAGUCUGUUGUCCACAGCAGUGAUGGCAAGAGGACAAAGGAGUGUAAACAGUGAAAGUUUCAGUUUUAUGGCCAGAGUUGCAUCAAUAAAACUACCAGCUGCCCCUGGAUCAACAAAUGCUGAGAGGAUUAAUCUCUUCUCCCCUCAGUAUAACUUUAGGGACAGAAAGGUGUGGUCAUUGGCUGUGUAGGGGCGGGUGUUGAGACUUGACAGGACCUCCAGUUCUAGCGAGUCUACUCCUUUCUCUGUUUUGAGGGUCACGCAUGUAUAAAUUGGCCUGCCUUCCUGCAUUGAAGACUUACCUCAGUGCUCAAAAUCUCACUUCAUUGAAGAGGGCAGAGUCAGCACAAAUAGGAGCAUGCCUCUCCCACCAGGCUGUGGCCCAUAAAAGAGCAGGAAUAUAAUAUAUGCAGCCCAGGCUCAUUCUGUGCCAAACAUGGAGGGUUGUAACUCAAUCACCAAGCUACAUUGAGUGAUGAAUCCCUUGUACCUCCCUCCCAUGGAUGCCCAUCAUACCAUGCUGAAGUGGACAGCCUGGUCUCCUGAUCUGGAACAAGGCUGGGAGGUGGAGUGGGGGUGCUUGGUGGACUACUGGGUUUGGUGCUUGGGUUGCGAUUGACUCCGCUGCUGCCUGCAAACGGUCAAGAAUUUCCUUUAACAUACAAUACUACACUGUCAUAGGUAGCCUGUUGCUCAGCAACGGUACAAAGAGUCCGCUCGUUAGACCCCAAAAGGACUCCCUGUGCAGUUAUGGCCUGCCCUUGAGGAGCUGGUUUUUAUUUAAUUCUGAGUCACCGAAAGCAGGGUCUGCUGUGUCCACCUGUCAGGUAAAGGGGGAGUUAGACCCAAAUGCAGACCAUUAAACUUCUAAAGUUACCCCGCAGGGAUAACCACCUGUAUGAGGAAAUUGAAAGGUGCUUGAAAAGACGGAUAGAGCUAACCUGCUGUUUACAAGAAUUUAUGGGGCUGGAGCCAGGAGUGAAGCAAACCAGAAGAAAACAUAAUCAAAACUGACCUUAAAAACAUCAACCAAGCGCGACUCCUCACCCAGUGAUAAAUACUGCAGGCGCCCAAGCUAAGAUAAUAGACAUCUCCAAAUAUCUGUAUUCAUUAAUAAAUAAACCUGCUGCUUAUUUAAAGAAAUAUUGCUUCCAUUCAUGAGGGUAGACGAUUUCAAUGCUGAGCUUACAUUUACAAAUUUUUACAUGCUGUUCAAGCAUCAGACAUGGGUUGAGUACUAAAAUGUGAUAACUAAAACUAAAUUUUCCAAUUCACCUUAAAUCAUUCACAAUUGUAGCCACUUAAAAAAGAUUGCUCUAUGUCAGUCAUAUGGAAUAUGGGAAUCCCAGGAUUAUCCUAUUAGGAUUCAUGUCAAUGCUGUGAAAUGAAAAUUAAAGAAGUGAAACAUAUCUCAUGAGAUUUGGACUACCCUUCAGUUAUGAACUCUUUCCUCUCUCGAACCGUCAAUCUCUCUUUCUGUCUUCUAGGGCUCAUACCUGUUUCAACCGCCUUGACUUGCCUCCGUACCCUUCAUACACCAUGCUGUAUGAGAAACUUCUGAUCGCAGUGGAGGAAACCAGCACAUUUGGCCUGGAGUAAGACAGACAGCACAAUCAGAUCGUCAAUGCAUCUCUAAAGUUACCUGGAUUCUCGACCAAGUUUUUGGUUUAGUGGAUAUAUGUACUGUACGUCACUGUUCUGGUACUAUAGUGUGUGUGGGUUCUCUCUUAGAUAUGAGGUCCUUAAUGACUGCACCACCACAAAACAAUGAUUAUUUUUAUAUUUAACACAGAGACUGAGAAAAUAUGGACCACUACAAAAGCAUUUUUAAAUAACAUCUAUAUAUUUAUGCAUACAUAAGGCAAUGUUAAAUGAAAUAAAUUCAUUUGAAAUUGCAUGUAGCAGAAAGCAUCAUGUCUAAUCUAAUGAUAAAAAUACUGAACAUGCAAAGAAAGACAAACAGUAAUAACAAAAAAUAAACAUACAUAGAAUCACUCAAUAUAAGAAUUUUACAUAGAGUAUAAGAAGUUAUUAUGACAACUGAACAUUUUUAUUUCUGGCAAAUUUAUUUCCUUUAAAUUGAUUCUUACUCCUGACUUGACAAUUUUCAAUCGAAGAGAAGAUUGACAUUUGAAAAUAGCAGUGACUAAAGAGUUAAAGAAUUUUUAUAUAUUUAAAAAUUGACUUCAAUCUCCUGUAAUGAGUCUUUAGCUGGUUAUGAAGCAUAUUGAAGUGAAGCCUCCUUAUUUACUACAAAAGCAAAUAAAACUCUAAACAACAACAAUAAUCACAUUUCCAAAACUAAUUUUGAAUGCAAUUUAAGGGGGAAUGAUCGAAGAACAGGCCUGUUCAUUCACUUUUCUGUAGCAAAUGAUUUGAAGUUUGUCACAAGUUGAAAAGGUUUUGCUUAAAAAAACACAUGUAAAGAACAAGAUAACAAAAGAAAUCAGACAUCACUUUGUCCACAGAGGGCGCCAACAACAACCCAGUAAGUUCCUCACAAAAGCUUUUGCAAAAAAUAAAGGAUAUACUUGAAAAACUGUUGACUAUUCAAAAGUAGGAAAAAAAAUAUACUAAUCAAAUAUUACAAAUUAUGCAGAACAGAAUUCAGAUAUUUAUGAAAAAUUUGAUAGCAUCUCUGUGAAUUUAGACGAGGGUGGAAAUAAUGCGUGCAAUUACUACAUGCUGUUUCUCAGGUGUGCUGUUUCUGUGGAUUCACAUAAAUGUAUGUGGCUUUAAGGAAAAACUUCAAAGUAAAAUGGAGAUUUAGAGGAUAACAAGUCUUGUAAGCCAAAGGAACAGUCAUGUCUUUUUUUAUUCAAUAUGAUUAAAGAAUUACUAAGUCAUUUAUGUAGACUGUUAUUGACUAGGAGAAACUCAUCAAUGGAAAUACAAGCUAUUAAAAGAAUAUAAUGGAGCUUGAUGAUAGAAAUCAACUAUUUCAAAGCUUUCUGUUUGAGCAGAGUAACCUCCAAAGCUAUUUAUCAGAGCAAAAUAUGAUCUGAAACAGGGCAGAAGUGUUUGCCCAAAACCUGUUGUUACUGUUGGUUUGGUUUGUAUGUUUAAGGCAUGAGACUGGUUAUGGUAAUAAUGACUCCACACAGUCAUGCCUCACACAAUAUAAAAGAAUAUUUAAUUCCAGAAAAGCCAAGAUCUGGAACUCUCUCUUCAGUUUCCCUGUCCUCUUUGGCUCAGUCCAAAGUGACGACAACAGCUGGAAACAGACCUUUAACUCUCUCCUUUAACUUCCUCCUCUGAAUGGACAGCAAUGCUCUGGACAAACUCUAACAGUAUGCUUGACGGUACUUAAAGCAUGAACAAUGAUGUCACCUCUCCUGUCGAACUGCUCUCUCUCUCUAUCAAAGUAGCCAUCAGUUCCAACUUAAGGGCUUCUGUGGAGACAGAGGAAGAAACUGUCAACCAAGGAAAAAGGUAGCUUGAGAUCCCUUAGUAACAGAGAGUGUGGGUGGAUGCAUGUCCGGCCAAAGUUCUUUGAAUCUGGUUGACAAGAGUGGUGCUUCAACUUCAGCAAGUUUAGCUCUCCAAUUCAGGGCUGCUUGUGAACUUCUUCUCUCAGACUGUGUUCCUUUAUCAAAGUGUUGCUCUUUGCAUGGAGCAGGUACUCCAAUAUCUGAACCUUCACUGUCAAAGAACCUUUACAGACUCAUGACUGGUGCAAAGCAGGAUGUAGAUCUCCAAGGGCCUGGGAUCAUUGGUUCAACUCCUGAGAAGAACUCUAAAGGUGUACAGGGGCCCUUGGUUGAACCAGUGUAUUAUAUGCAAUAGUUAAGAUGUUGAACUACAAUCUCUUCCACAGUCUACCAUGUUUUCUCAGACCAUGACUGACUGCAGUGAACUCUCAGCAUUCCCAGCCCCUCAUCGACAACUCUAGUCCAGUAAUGAAACUGUGCCUCAGUUACUUACUGCCUCAUGUGUGACCUGUGGGGUUCAGAUGCUAAGUCUUUUGACAGAAAGAAAGUCUUUCUUUAAUAUUUUGCCUUUGUUUUUUUCAGUUGAUUUGUAUUUUUGUAUUUGUGGCUUUGUUGCAACUCCCUACAUAUAAGCCAUGCUAAUUCGAGACUCUGAUACCCCAUUAAACAUCAGGCCCCAUGAUGCAGCUUGGGGAGUCAAGAUAUCUACUAUGAAUGCAUAACCUGAAUACUAUUCCUGCAGUACUACUCUGAUGUUGAAAUGGUAAAAAAAAAAAAAAAAAAGCAUUAUCUCUCGUAGCCACAUGUAUAAGUUUAACUUUAUUGUUUCAACUAUGUAUUGUCCACUUUUACAAUCCAUUGUGAAAAUUUGCCACAAGUGACAAACUAAAGCAUAUUUCAUUUGACUGCUGUUGGUUACUCUAAGCUAAUUUGGUCUGAUUCUUUGUUUUAGGUUAGCUGUAACACAAAUGUAAAACUGUGUGCACAGCAACACAAUUAGUGCUUCCAACUAUUUCUAUCAUCAUAUCUGUUAAACUCCAUGUGUCAGAGCAGAAACAAAACACCUGAAACACCAAACCUAACAAACAGUAAAAUGAAGUAUAGCAUGUAUGUAUUUAUUUGUUUAUAUACCUAUUUAUUAUACUUUUUUCUGCCAUAGCUUCACCGGAAUCAUAGUUUCAUUGCCAUGACAAUUAUGUGUCCCUCACUUUUGUCUAAAGAUGCUUUGUACCAAUAUUCCCCCGAGCAAGACUGUUUUUACAUGCUGCAUGUAAUGACAACCUCAACUGUAAAAACAAAUGUGGGAUGCUGUAUAAAAUGUUGAUAAAAACUGCAUUUGAUGAUUUUCAAACCAGUUAAAUGAUACAUUAAUUGAAAAAGUGCAAAAACACUGAACUGAAUGUUUAAUUUUUUUUUUUUUUAUUUUGUUGCAGAAAGUGAAUUGGUGUUGUCUUGUAGAAAAAUGCAAGACAGGUAUUCUCUAAAUCGCUUAACGAUUUUAUGUUCCUCAAAUUUUCUGGAUUUACACCUGGAAACAUAAUCCCUGAAAUUGUUGAACAUCUAUUUCCCCGCAGAUUGGCUAAACUCUUCCCAUCUUUACUACUUAGGGACUUAACAUUUCUGAAUGGCUAUUUUACACUCAGAUAUGUUAUUUCAUAUGUCGCAAACAGCAGAUGUUCCUGUUAGUGUUUUUGUUUUGCAUUUCAUACAAUUUUUACAGCAUUUUGUUGUUUUUGCUCCAACUUUUUUGAAACUUGGUAUUACACUUAAAAAGAGAAUAUCUUGAACAAAUCCAAUGGAAUUUCUUAGUUCCAACAUUUCAACAACAUUGUUGUCUUUGCACUAUUAGCAAUUAAAUGUGGGGUUUAAAUAAUUUGCAAAACAUCAGAAUCUUUUUAUCAACUUUUUCCCUCUGUGUCCAACUUUUUAAGAAUUAGAGUUAUUCUUGUGUUCUGGAUUAAGAAUCAAAUAAGAUGAUAUGCCAAUGCUUGGUGAGUUGGCUGGAGUGUUUCAGUGGAGCAUAAGAAGUGUUUUGUUGUAGUACAGGAUUCUUGUACAGGGCAAUUCUACCACCCUGUGAGAUUCAGUAAUAUGUUCUUAUAUGUUUGUCUCACUCAAAGUUUGAGUAGUAAUAGUUUUCUAAUGAAGGACUACUGGGAUAAACAUCCCAAAUGUGGUGUGAUGUCAUCUUGAUAUUUUGUGCUCACCAUGCUCGUGAUAAAGAAGGGGCAAUAAGCCCAACAAGAUAAAUACAGCUAAUAAAUUUAGAAUCUCUGGUCAGCAAAUUUAAGGAUAUGUUAGGGAUGGAGAACUUUCCCUUCAGGUUCAUUCAUUCUACCGGCUGUCAGAUUAUUAUAACCGCACUCAUCCUCACAGUGGGGAGACCUUAUUCGCUCAUCUCUACAUCCAAGAGGACAAGGCUGCGAUUAUGUUGCAUCUUCUCUCUUUUUUAUCUACAAUCUUUUGUAUUGUGAUUUAUACUGUAUUAUAUUUAUUGUUAAACAGAAGUUUGGGAGCUUCCUUUGAAUGUUUUGGGUUUUUUAAGUUAUUUUACGAAGUAUCAGUUGAAGAUAUUGCCUUCACUUUUGGAGCCUCUGCGUUUUGAUAUGCGUCUUUUUUGUAAGAUGAUUAGCUGGUUAGUUAUCUGUCUCUCAGUGCAGGAAAUGUGCAACCUUACUGUCUGUUUUCUGUUACCAUUCAGCUAUGCAGGUCUUCUUCUGUUCACCUGUAAGGUGGUUUCACUAGAUACAGAUUUAGGGCCCAUCAAUAUCUUCAGUCAUUUAUUUUUUCUGUCUUUUUCAUGUCACAGAUGUCUGACUUUGUUUGAUAUUUCAGAGUUGCAUGUAUCCAGCAAGUACUCUGUGCUUUUGGCAGUUAAAGCAACAAUCAAGACUUUUGUAUGUAAGUUGCUGAAAAUGUAUAAGCAGUGUACAUAUGUCUUGUUUUUUUAUUAAGUUGAUGUUAAAUACAAACAUUGUACAUCUUGAAACUGACACUCAUUCUCGAAAAAGGAUGGGGGAAAAUCUAAGUGUAUUGAUUACAGCCAUUAAAUAAAUAUUUAAGUGAACUUUUGGAAAAGUGAAGAAUUGUGGGAUAGACAGAAAGUUAAGAUGGUGGAAAUUUGUAGCAGCUGUUUAGUAUUUAUGUUUUUUUUUUUGGAGUAUUUAUUUCUUAUGUUCAUUUUUUUAAAGGAAUUUAACAAAGGGAAUAUGUGAACAACUGUACUACUGAAUGUGUCAACGUUCACUGAAGCAUGCUUGUUGUUAUAUGUUUUGCUUCUUUUUGUGUAUUGGUUGAACACAUAUGUAAAUACUUUUAAAAAAGGUACAGUUUUGAACUAUCUGGGAACAGGUUGCUAAAUGCUCAGGCUGUGCUAUCACUCCACCACACAAUACAAUGGCUCAAGAAUCUCAAUAAAAGGUCACUUUGUUA